AUGGCACUGAAAGGGUUAACGGUACUAGUACUGUUCAACCCAUUGAAACCUCAGCACUUGUAACCGCAAAACCAUUUAGUAAACAGCAAAAUGGCAUUGCAGUUUGUGUAUUUUCCUAUGACAUAAUGUUGUCCCAUUCCGAUUUACUGUUUAUUUAUUACUACAAUAUUAGGUAGGUAGCUAAGAUUUGAACAAGUGCAUUGCUAAAAUUGUUACUUUGUUUCAACAUUAUUUACUUGCUUGUUCCUUGUUCUUAUGAUUAUUGAUAUACAGAGCUUACAUGCUAGUAUAGCAUGUUUUGUUUAAACGUUAUUGGUUGGUAUCAUUUGGCUUUACUUAUUGCAUAACAUAUACAAAAUCUGGCUGUCUUAUUUACUAAUCAGGAAUUGGUGAGAAGCUUGAAAUUGUAGGCCAAAAUACCUGAAUUCAUGGCUAUUUUGUUCUAAAAUUUGUAAUUCCCUGAUCAAUUAACAAUUCCAAAUUUAGUUUUACAUACGGUGUAUAAUUAAAAGGAUCCAUCUUGCUUGUAAGAUUAAUUUGGAGUAAAUGUAUUGCUAUUAAAAGGUGGUCUAAUGAAUAUAAGUAAUUUUUUUUUUCUUUUCGUAAUCCUAAUGUACAUUAAUUUGCUAGAUAAUUAAGAUCCCUACUCCACGAAGUUAACGUGCAGUCAUGAUGUCUAUAUUUUUUUUUAAUUCAAACUGAAGGCUCUAUUUUCAUAACCCCUCAUUUAAAUCAUUAUAUGUCAACCGUAGCAACUUUAUCUACUGUUACAAAACCAAUAAAAAAAGAUUAUAUCUGGAAAUUUAGUUGCAGAAAAAAAAAGACAGCAUAAGCUGCCAUAUAUAACUAAACAGAAUCAAUUACGGAAAUAAUUAGGUGAUAAUGUCCACUUAAGGAAUAUUGUUGCCUCGAUUGAGCUGAUAGUUAAUGUCAUUAUUUCACCCAAUCCCAUGAGCACCACAAAUAACUGUAAAUUAUAAGGGUUUUAUGAAUUUGUUAUGUAAUAAAAUAAUAUAAAUAAUUCUUAAAAUGAUACAUCCAGAUUUGAUUUAAAUAAUUACAUUUGAAGUAAUAUAUAUUUUUCUCUUUACAGUCGGCAGAGUUUUUUGAAAUGUUGGAGAAAAUGCAGGUAAAAAUAGAUAAUUAAUUCAGACUAUCUUAAUUGAAAUAAUCACAUAAGGCAUUAAACUAUUAGUUUAUUCCAAAAAAUGAUAACUGUAGUUCCCCUCCCUGCUCAUAUGAAUAGAGGAUUAUAUAACCAGGCUUAAUCUCAUUUUACCUAGAUAUUACUUUCUCUUGCAAAUCCUAAACUCAUAGUCCUCUAUCAAAGCACAAAUCAUUUUUCCACGAUAGAGCAGAAUUGAAAACCUUUACCAUUCACCACUACUGCCACCUGGAGGCAGCUAGGAAGAUAGUACUUGCCCUUUUCUUAAUGACUUUGAAUUCUCGAUAAUGAAUUGCCCCUUGGACCACUUUAAAAGCUAUAUUUAUCAAGUGGAAAGAGUGCUAUUAGAGGAAAAGUGCUUAGUAAAAAAUAAACAAUCACCAUGGAAACCAAUUAAGUGUUUCACAUCAUUUAACCCAUAGUGGACCUUGUGCUUUUUCUGUUGGUCUCCAUGGGUUGGCACAUCAUGUAACCUACACGUUUGGUAGCUGUCCACAUUUUUUUGCCAAAAUUGCUAUGCAACCACCUCCCUUUUGAUGCUGGGAAAAGUCUAAGAAAAGUAUUUUGCAGAUCUAACUUUAGUAUAUAUUAUGGUUGAUCUUAUGUCACUGAGAUAAUCUUGUAAUUUUGCCAUCACACUUUGUAGAUUAUGUGUAUACUUGAAACUGGUUUAAAUCUGAAGCAGGUAGCUUAAAAGUAGAGGUGUGUCCAUAUUUUCUAUAAAAUCCCAUUAAUCACCAUUCAUUGUUUCUAUCUAUAAUAAAAAAUCUAACUGGUAUAUAUAUGUUUUUUUUUUAUUUAUUUUUUAUUUUAACUUAGGCUCCCAAGCUGGAAGAACAGAAAACUGGAAGUCAGAAGAAUAAGGUAAGUCAAAGGUGCAAACUAGCCUGGUUAUCAAAAUUAAUAGUCAAUAAUUACCCAAAAAUUGAACAUUUCUCUAUUCAUAAAAUGUCCUGAUGAGAUUUUUUAUUUUUUUUGCAUUUAAUUAAUAUCUAUCUUAAUUAUUUUUAUUAUUUCCUUUUCCCAUGAUUUUGGUAGGCAUACCCCACCAUUUUGAAGAACUUGAAUCUAUGAAAUUAACUUUUAUCAUAGUAUUUUUAUAUGUAUAAGCAUCAUUUCAGGCAAUGCUAUAAGCUUUAGAAUUCUCUGAGAAUAUAAAUGUUCUAACAAUAGCCGAAAUAGACUGAAUGUGAAAUUACAUUCUAGAUAAUAUCCCCUCCACACACAACCUAUUAUAGAAACAUUACAGGCAGCCAUACAGCAUUCCACGGCCAGAUACUAAUCAAACGUCCAUUAUCUGAGAUACUUGCAUAUAACUUGGAAAAAAAUCCAAUUUGUUUUUGAAAGAAGCAGUUUAUAAUAACAAAUAAUUGAUGUAAUGCCCCUGUCGUGUUUGUCCAUGCACCAUUUAGUAUCCCAAGAAUUAUUUUGUAUUGUACAGUCAAUACAGAUUUGAUACUGAUUUUUUUGCGGAAACAUAUCUACUUUUCAUAUUUAAAGUCAUUUCCACAUUUUUUCUGUUUCUCUUUUUGGAAGUAAACCACUAUAUGUUAGCAUACCAUUACCUAAGCAACAUCCCACAAUUGGACAAUUAUGUUCUUUACAUGACUUAUGUUGAUGGUAUGUUUCUACAUUUAUAGAGCGGUUUCCCCCUUUACUUGACUUUUUUGAUGUAUUUGUGUCUAUACUAGUUUGUCUUAGUAUGAACAAAAAAACCAAACACUUCCACUUUUACAACAGUGUAUUAUAAGAAAGUAUAUAACUUUUCUUCUAACAUGACUCUAAUACAAUAGAUUUGCAAAAUAAAUAUAGAAAAUUAUUUGGUGAUCAAUGCUUCAUCUGACAUAACUCACACAAAUAUCUAAAAAAUAUAGUCUUCUUCAAAAUCAAAGUUAGCUAAAAACAGGACCCGAUUAAAGUUUUUAGUUAAACUGUAAUAUUGACAAUAAAAGUUGCGCACACACACACACACACACACACACACACACACACACACACACAAUCACCAAGCAUCAUAAUUCUGCAAAUUUCAGCUGUAUAAAUACUUUUCUCAGCAUGGAUAGUGAUGGCUAAUAAAGUCAUGGCAAUGAAUUCCAAAGGGAAUGAAGUAUGAGUCCAUCAUGCCAUGUAGAAUUUAAAUUAGCAUGUGUCCUAGAUAUUGUAAGUCAAUUUGCAAAUCCUAUUAUAUCUGUAGUGAAUUUACUCCUGAGCUCAUUUGGUUUUGUUACGCUAUUCGAUGUUUUCACUGUUAUUUAAAAUUCAGAUAAAUGAAUCAUUUGUCACUAAAUUACCCUGCAAAUGCAUGCAACUCAAAUUGUUUAUGAACAUGUAGUCUGUCUGGCUGAGAAGUUCUGCUAAUUAUUUAUCUAGUUUAUUUAUGAGAGACUCUUGUUUCAAAGUGUUCAGCAUAUUGUAAUCAUGGCAGUAAUUGAGUUUUGAAAGGGAAAAUGGAGUUGGGACUUAAGAGCCUGCAAGCUUUAGUUUUAAAUUUAAUAUAAUGUUUCUUAGAUAGGUAGAUAGAAAUAGAGAGAUAGAUAGAAUAGAUAGAUAGAUAGAAUAGAAAGAUAGAUAGAUAGAUAGAUAGAUAGAUAGAUAUUGAUAAAGAUAUGCAUAUAUAGAUUUUUCUGGGACAUUCAAAACCUUAUUUGAAUGGGUUUUCUUUAAAAAAAAAAAAGGACAUUUCUUAAAAAUGGAAACUAACUUAUUAUAAAAAUGCAUAUAAUGGUAUAUAAGAAAUACAAGUACUAAUACUUAAUCUAAUAUGAUACUGGUACUGUAUUAACCCUAUACCACACUGCAUUUUAAUCCUGCACCCACAGCAAUACAUCCUGACUACUUCCUUAAAAGGACAGUCCAGACUCCUAAAGCACUUUAGCUUGCUAAAAUUCUUCACAUGUAAAGGGCGUGCCAUCUUUAUGUCAUUUUACAAAAAGUGUAACUUUUAAUACAAAUUAGCACUUCUAUAAAUUAAAAAGAAAGGAGAUUGGAAGGGAAAAUCCACCAUCAAUCUCCUAAAUGGAGCGCUAAUAUUAAACACACUUACCCCUAAUUCUUAAAUAAUCCCGUAUAUGACAUAGAGUAAGAAGGAGAAAAAAAUCUAAUGGUGUAACAUGAACAGGAUUAAUUGGUGCUAAAAAAUAUAAAUAAACAAACUCACAAAGAAAGAGUCAUAUGGGAGGACUAGCUAAAAUUACAGGCACAUUGGUGUACUAAGGUGACACCUUUCCCUCUUCUUGGUUCUUCCUAUAAAACUCGAGAUAAAACUCAGGAGAUAAUAUUGUGUAGGAUAUUAAAAAGCAAGUGAUAAAUAAUCCAGAUUAAAAAACUACUCACCUUGGUCAGAUAGGGAUACCCCCCUGUGGUGGGUUAACAGCUUAAUACCCAGAGCCAGGUUUCUUUUAUUGGCUCUGACCAAAGUGAGCAGUUAUUUCAUUUGGUUUAUUUAUCACUUGGUUUUUAAUAUACCACACAAUAUUAUCACCUGUGUUUUUUCUUGCGUUAUCUCGAAAAGCUGAGAUCAAGGGUUUUGUAUAUACUCAAACCAUCACAUCUGGCAACAAAAAUCAACCCAUGGUCAAAGCCAUUUAGCCAUAGCCAAAUUAUCCAUAAGGUGGCAUAGGUUGCCGCCUAGGGCACUGGCUCAGAUAGAGACCAGGAAUAGGGACUGUGUCUGGGCCUGAAGCUCUGGUUCAGAUUGUGGGUUCCUUCCUUGAGACAGUAUGGAGAGCAACAAAUCACCCCAUUCAGCCCUGUACUCCUUUAUCUAUUCAAGGGAGCAGUGUGGUCUGCACCUCGGUUUGGCGCAUAUUAUUUUAAGAUCUCCCUCGUGGUCUCCUGGUUCUUCUCACUGACUCAGACCACUGCAGCUGGCAAUCAAAGUCAUUGACAGAGUAAGGGACCAUGAGGGAGCUCAUAAAGUGAGUUGCAUUCAAUACUAGUGUAGAUCUUAAUGCAUCAGCACUGGACCACCUGUGACCUAGUCCAGAAUGUUCUCCAUUGGGCGACCAGGAAUAGCAACCCAUCCAGCCAAAAGGUAAAGCAGUAAGGGUGCAAAAUAACUACUUCCUCACACACUUAGACACUAAACACAGAUAAUACCCAGACUCUCCCACACACGAAAAACACUUAAACUCCUUCACAUACAAAACUCGACUACCACUCACAAAACACUUAGCCAGAACACACAGGCACACUCAGCUUAUCCCCCUCCACAUACAGCCACUACAAGCACACCCAUCACUCAGUCUACCUCACUCACAUACAAUACUCAGCCCCAACACAUACAAACCAUUCACAGAACAGAGCUGGGAGCUCUAGACGUUCUGUCAUCCUGCCUAGGGCCUUUGGGUAACCUUAAUUCAGUUCUGCAUUAAGAUCACAUUUCUACCACAUGAUUAGCUGAUUAAAAACAUUUCAUUAAAGGACCACUAUAGGCACCCAGAAUACUUCAGCUUAAUGAAGUGUUCUGGGUGCCAGGUCCAUCUAGGGUUAACCCUGCAGCUGUAAACAUAGCAGUUUCAGAGAAACUGCUAUGUUUACAUAUGGGUUAAUCCAGUCUCUAGAGGCUGUCUCAUUGACAGCCACUAGAGGCACUUCCGUGUUUCUUACUGUGAUUUUCACAAUGAGAAGACGCCAGCGUCCAUAGGAAAGCAUUGAGAAUGCUUUCCUAUGGACUGAUAUGGACUGACUGAAUGCCGCGUAUGCACAUUCAGCCGAUGACGUUGGAAGGAGGAGGAGAGUCCCCAGCGCCGAGGGAGCCUGGCGCUGGAGAAAAGUAAGUGAUUUAACCCCUUCCUCUCCCCUCAGCCCAGUGGGAGGGGGGCCAUGAGGGUGGGGGGGGGGGGGCCCUAUUAAUACUAUAGUGCCAUGAAAAUGAGUCUGUUUAUCCUGGCACUAUAGUGGUCCUUUAUUGCUCAUUACAUUAAUUAGCAGAUGUGCAAGCAUACUUAAUAAAGUGGCCAUUGAGUGUAUGAGAUGCAUUUCAGGGACAUACUAAAUGCCAGUUAAACUUUUAUUGUCAACCUUCACUUGAUUUAUCUUCUAAACUGUCCUGAGGUCAUGAUGCUGCAUGGAAGAGAGUCAUCAUGUCUAGAGCAGGCCUAUAGUCCCUUUAAACCAUUUUAGCAUCUGCAAAUCUUAUUGUAGAUGAUCAUUUUGCAGUAAAGUGACUUCUUAUCUUCUGGGACUUUCUUUAAUAUAGGUCUAAAGUAAAGUUUGGUCUAGCUUUCCCUAAAUACAUUUUAUAACAUCGCAGAUAUGUCCUUGCUAUUUGAGUUGUACCAGUUUAAUGUGUGCAUGAUGCAAAGUUAAGAGUUCGUUUGUGCAUUGGGAUUGUGAUUAGUUCUCCAUAUCAACAACAUAUUUAAUAAAAACAAAGUUUAUCUUCAUAAUCUCAGUCAUACAGAUCUUAAAUGUCUGUCCCUCUUGCACAAUCACUCACCUCUCCCAAACUGUAAACUGUGUGUGUGAUGUUCCCUGAAACCUCAAGAGAGCAAACCAAUAGACAGGCAAUAGUUCUUUCUCUUCAAAUGUUGCACUGCAGAAACAAUAUGAAGGCGAUAAAUUGUAAUCUUCAUUAUAUUUGACAAACAGACAGUUACACCUGAGUUCAUCACAGUUUUCAAGUUUUAUCUGGAUAUCUACGUAUCUAGAAAAACAACAGAAAAUUAGAACAAGAGGUAAGCUUCACUUUUAGGUAGCACAGCCUAAUAACGAGCUUAUAUUAGAAGAUCAUGGAUAUCUUAUCUUUCCUAUGUGCUUUGUUAUCUGAUCUUGUUAAACACAGAUAAUUGUAAUAUCUUUCUGGAAGAUUCUUGGUUGUGCAUAGUAUUAUUUUUUAUUUUUAUAGCAAUGCAUGCAGGGUAAUAAAAUGGGAAUAUUUGGAUGCAGACAUUGUUGAGACUCAAGUAAUAUGGGACGAGUAACUAGCUCAUAAAAAAUAGAAAAAAAGAGGAGGAGGAGAGUCCCCCGCUCGGCACUGGAGAAAGAGGUAAAUUUAACCCCUUCCUCCGCCUAGAGCCCGGCAGGAGGGGGACCGCGCUAUAGUGCCAGGAAAACGAGUAUGUUUUCCUGGCACUAUAGUGGUCCUUUAAGUCACCCUGUGUUCAUCGUAGGCACAGGGUGUGUGUGUAAUGAGGUUGUUUGGUGUUAAAUGUUAGUGUGCUCUUUUGUCUUGCUAAUGCUUGCAAUCAACUAGGUGGAUUUGGCUGUGGAGCCUGUACAGCGCCACCUGUUGGCUGCAAGGAUCUAGCAGCAGCUAUAUGCAAUAUGCACUACCUGAAUAGCAAGACUUGCUAAUUUGCAUUUUCAGGUAGAUAUGCAUAUUGCUAAUUCUGUUAGUUGUUGUCUUCCCCAGCCCUUUAUAAAUAUGAUAUUAUGCUAUCAUAAUGUCCUGUAUAUUUUGUGACAUGUUUUGGUUAUUUGAAUUUUAUUAUGCUUGUCACAUAUGUGAUGAAUGUAUGGGCUAGUCCCCCCAAAAAAGUAAUGUAUGUUAGUUUCAUUUGGAACUGGGUGUCCUGUGGGGAUUUUUAGAGGUCCCAGUGACAGAGUCUUCGGACCUGUUGGCUGGCUGCAUGAUCCCUCUAGCCCUGGGAUAAAUCAAUAGACCUAGGAGAGACGAAAGUCCCUUUGUAAAGGCAAUAGCAAUCAUUCCUAGCAGAGCUGCGGAGGAAUAGACAGUUGGGACAAUACCUGCCUUAAAGAAGGGCUGCAGCGGAAUAGGCAGAUGGGAUGAUACCUGCCUGGAAGCAGAGCUUCUGCCUGGUCGAGCAGAAAAGCUCCAGAAGGACCCUAGUCAAGCUGCGGAUUGGGUGGAGGUACUCGGUCAGAGUACAGGAGCCCAGUCACAUUUAUGAUUCCCAAAGUAUUUUUUUAUGAAUGAUAAAUUGUAGUGGAUGAACAAGGGAAUUAAAACAAAGGGCCACAUUUGCAUAAUGAAAACAAGGUUCACACUAUAACAGUUUACUUACAGUAAAUGAGGAGAAUUGAUCAGGAAUUGCAGAGUUUAGAGAAAAAUAUUUUUCAAAAUAGCUGAAUUUUUGAUUUUUUAAAAUUUGCUUUUAUUGGCUUAAAUUUGCAAUUCCCUUUUCCACAAUCAUCCACUUAUUGCGUAAACCAGUUUCAUGUUUUCAGUUUGAAUAUUGUGUCCUUUUAUAUAUUUUCUAAAUCCUUUAAUUUUCAGUCCAGAAAUCUGUGCUUUGGCUAUAGUUUUUCAUUAGUAGUCUCUAAAGAGAUUUUUUUAAGAGUUAUAAUGUUUUCACUACUUGCAUCAAGUCGUAUAUAUUAAAUUCUCAUUGAUCAAAACUAAUUUUCGAUAGUAUUACAUUUUAGCAUUGUCUUUAAGAUUCAGAUAUCAUCUCAAAAUAGUGAUUUCAAUUUUGUAUCACUAUCUGGUUUAAUAAAUGUGGCAUUGUCCUUUUACAAUGUGUUUUACACUUUCACAAUGAGAGUAAGACUGUGCCCCGUGGAGUUUUUAUUUCUGUAGAAGAUAUAGUAAGGCAUAGUGAAAUAACAUUCACAUCUUCUUCGCAGUAAGUCUGUUUGCCAUAUAGUUUAUUAAAGCUGCUGAAGUGCUAUCCCCAUUACAAAAAUAAAAAUAAUUUAUUCCAUUGAGAAUCUCAUAAAAAUUUGUACAGAAACAGAGAUUAUUUUUAAUGUAUUAAAAUUUUGCAGAUUUAACAGAUUUUUUUUGCUGUGCUUUUUUUUAUUAUUUACAUUUUUGUUUGGUUUUAAACAUAUACAUAGACAUGUGUAGCAUUUAUAUACUUUGAAUGAAAUUCACAAAGUGCAUAUUUUGUUCACAAGAUAGAAAAUGAAAUUCUAAUAGUAAUAUUAGGCGCAUAAAUGACUAGCGUUAUGACAAAAAAUAUUCAACAUAAAUUAAAAGCAUAUAAUAAUAACAACAAAAAAAAACACGAAAGAAAGAAGUAUAAACGUACAUACAUUUUUUUACAUUGCUAUGAAAGACACUAACAUUGAAUACCUCAAAGGUAGUGAGACACCUGAAGGAAGAACUUGUCCUGACCUUAGAAAAAAUAAUUUAUAAUAAAAGUUGUUCUUAUAGAAGUUCUUAUAGGGGACCAGCUUCUGGGAAGUUACAGAGAGUAGUAUUAUAUACCAAUGCCAGGAUUAUACGUAGUACACAUACGGAAUUUCAGCUCCUAUAAUAUGCAAACCAAACAUCCCAGAUCGUAUUGUAUGUCGAAAUAUUGUGAUUUAGAUCAAAGAAAACUUUGAUUAUUUGUCUAUCUACUCCUUCCAAAUUGAUUAAUUAAUGCGUGCACACUCUUCCUAGAAGUAAUUCACACCGGAGACAAAGUUUCUGAUUAGUGAAAAACCUGAGGAAUCCUUUAUUCCCCGGAGUGGGAGCCCCUUUUAAAGCAGAAAUACGUCAUGUACAGAGUCACAGUUAACAUACAGUAUUCAUUCAACAAUUGGUUAACAGUCUAAGGGGUCUUGUCAUUACAGAGUUCUCCCACCCAUAUUCCAGCUCCAUCUUGGUUACACGAUGGGAGGGGGAGUGAGUAGUACUUACUGAACAGAGAAGGGCUGAAGAGGAAACAGUUACUUUAACAGCGAUUCUCCAUUUUGUUACACGUGGCACAUAGCUGUUAAUUUGCACAAAGGAAGUGGGGGAGGAGUUUAAUAAAGGAAGCUAUUCUUUUAACACAGGAAUUUGUUACACGAGGCUUGCUCGAUGGGAAGGGGGGAGGCUAGCAGGAUGGGAGGAAUUUGCAGAGAAAAUAGUUACUGAACACAUUGUAGGGGGGGAAGGGAAGGUUUACUCUAGCAGCCAGUUUAACAUAGUGAACAAAGAAUAAAUAGACAUUAGUAAAUAGCCAUUUUAUUUUAAUUCUUUUGUCCAUAACAAUUGCAAUUGCUAUAAUAAAUAGCUUUUUCUAUUACUUCUUGCUAGUUAAUCUGAGCCCUUAUUUCUUCUAUAUUGGGGGACUCCUCCUUUCUCCAAUAUCUAGCCAUACAAAGUUUUACUGGCAUUAACAUAUGAACGGCUGGAUAUAACAUUGAUUUAGAUAGAGAAGGGAGAUCAAGAUGGAAAAGAAACCUCUGUUGAGUUAGAGUGAUAUCUAGUUUCUAGUCUAUAAAAACUUUUAGUAACUUCUGAUUUAGGGUAAUAAUUAUCAAAAUUUUAGACAAAAAUAGCUGAAUUUGAAAAAUUCUCCAAGCCAGCUGUUUCCAUUUUUGUUUCUUUGGCCUUAAAUUUUAAUUUCAAAAUGAAUUCUCUUUGAAUUCCAGACAAUUGUCACUUUCAGUAAAUAACCCUGCCAGUUACACAGUGAUGGAUAUUUGUGUCAAUGGCACUUCGGAUAUUUGUGGGCUGCACUUCCCAUAAUUCUCAGCUAGCUUUUAAGCCAUACAUAUGUGUGGGUUUAAUAGUCACCACUGUUUUUUAUAUUCCUAUCUCAGCACAUAAUGUAGCUUGAUUUGAGCAUAUAUUAUUUAGUUAUUUUAAUUAACAAGUGUUAUAAAUUAUGCAUAAUUAAUAAUGAGAAAUAAUGUUUAUUUUUAUAUAUUUUUUCCUCUAUGACAGGAUGAUUACAUACCGUACCCCAGCAUUGAUGAGGUAACUUUAUUUCUAUUAAUCUUUUUUUUAUAAAUAGAUUUUCUUAUCAACUAAUUUGUCAUCAGCAACAUGUGUAACUAGCACAGUGCAUGUGUUUCAUAAAGUGCAAUAAAAGUAAAUAUUAACAUGAUCAAAGGUUCCAGUCAGAAGACUACCAGUUUCAGGAACUUAUGCCAAAAUGUUAAAAAAUCCAAUGACUUAAAUUUUCCGGUAACUAAGUAAUGGACUGAAUCAAAGUGAAUAAUCUAUUAGUUUCUACGGUGAUUGCGCGAUGCUUAGGUAUUUCCGCUGAAUUGCUACAACUUUGUCUUAAACUCGAUAUGGGUCCUUAUUUACCAAUGUUUGAAAACUACUUGGUCUUUACCAUCAAGGCAACUUUGGAAUUACUGGAUAAGUUACAUAGCGACAAAUAAUGUAAAUGUUACCAGUCUGAGUAUCUCCUCCAAGUAUUCCCUUUCCCUGGUACAGAGAAAAGGUUUAUAGUUUGGGUUGCAAUAGCUAUAAAAAAUGUAGUAAAGGCAAAGAGGAGGUUUAUAGUGAUUGUAGCGAUGAUCCCAAACAUCAGCCAAGGCUUGAUGAAGGGUAAAGCAUGAACAUUCUUUAUUCAGCAACAGGCCAGUUUAUAUACACCUGUCCCCAACAAGGGGUCAUCACGGCACACAAAACAUUCCCCAGUGCCUUGGUGUCUGGAUAUAGCUGAAUCACAACCACAUAAUUUAAUUAACUACAAGACAUCAGGGUGCCUUACAGCAGUAUCCUCAAAAUGAUACAAUUUCCUCCAGGUUAUCCCCAAACAGUGCAUGCAAACAGGAAGCUCUUGACCUGAGAGGCAAACUGUCCAAAAAGCAAUCAUUAUGGGAAUUUUGACUGGGCCGUGACCAUUCUCCAAUUCAACUCUCAGUUCCAGGCCUUUUGAGUGGAAGUUGUGGUCACAGAUGGGGUAGGAAGCUCCAUUGAGUCCUCAGGUACAUUGGAUGCCUUGUCACCUCCCUGAUUACAUCUCCAAAUUGUGUCCUGUUUGAUGAUCGUGGGACCAAGUACUACCCAAGUAAAGGAUUUCACAAGACUGUGGCAUCUUGAAAUCUGAAACACAGUUCUAUGCUGUUUUCGGUGCCUAAACAAACCUCUUGCUAGUUCUCAAUGGUAGAGGGUUGACCGAUUGAACUCCAAAAUGUCCAGUAGAGUAAAGGUACAGUGUGGAAGGGACACAUAGGACUAAAUAGUACUAAAUGGCUAUCAACUGGAGGGCUUUCCUUGCUGUAUUGCUCAAUGAUGCUAACUCUUGAGCUUGGAGAUGAGGUACCAGUAGAGUAAUAUUAGUGUUUUAGCAAUAUUAGUAUGUACAUUUUACUUGCCAUAUGUUUCUUGCUUGACUGCUCAGUAGAGAAGCACACUCAGUGUUGAUAUGUUUGUACAGAAUCCUUCAAUAUCAAGUGUUUCACUAUAACUGUAUUACUUUUGUUAUAACAACACAUUCAGUCAUUAGUUUAGCCAAGAUAAGGUUGCCUAUCAUACAGAGAUUUUAACCCAUGAUUCAUGGCAUACCAAGACUGUUGUGAUAUACUAACCACUGUAGGCUCAAGGCUACGUACAAUAUGAAUACCGAUACCUAACCUCUUGCCAUCACAAAGAGUUAAAAGAUUGACACUAUCCCUUUAAAAAGAAAAAAUAUAUGUUUGCUUCUACUUAGUAUUUGUACAUUUUAGUGUAUUGUGCAUUAUCAUUAUUUAUUAUUAAUAUCUUCUGCAAGUAAUUAGUAUUACAGCUUACUUUUAUAAUAUUAAUAUUAUAUUGUUUUGAGUACUACUGAGGUAUAAAUAAUAUGCAAUUUAUAACGAAUAAGAACUAUGAGAUCUAAAACACCAGCUUGGAUUGCUAAAAAUACCAUGAAAACUCAGUUUUAUCCCAUGGAAAUAUGUAGACGUCUUCCAUAUUGUUAAAGUCUCCCAUGUACUCAUGAUUGUUUUCUCUACAGAUUUUAGAGAAAGACACAGUUUACCCACUGAUCAUCCUACCACAGUUUGGAGGAUACUGGAUAGAAGAUCCUGAAAAUCUAAGCACCCCAACAUCUUCGGACAGUAGCAUUUGUGAAGAUGAAGAGCCAACAAGCCCGAGCACGUAUGGUUAUAAACUGGAAUAUAAAGGCUCUGCUAGGGCCUACAGAAAACACUUCUUGGGGAAGGUUUGUUUAUCUUUAUUUCAAAUUAUAUAUAUUCUAAUUCACUGGUGGUAAUGUCUUAUUAUUUAAAAGAUAAGUGUUUGAAAAACCCUUCCCCUGCCAAGCCUUCUUUCUUAAUGAAAAUGUAUUUUAAACAUUAACAUUUCCUUGAGACCAUAUCAGCAGCUUUUUUUGUUGCUAUGUAUGGUUGUACGAAUGAUUUGCUUAAUUCUUUAUAAAUCAGACAAUAUAAAAAAGUAAUGAUUACCACUCAAUAGGUUGAGUUUUACUAUUAUUAUAAAUACGGAAUUCUGUAUUCCCAUCUUAUAUGUAUAAUGUAUACACUCAGAUAGAAAUAUAGUAUUCUGAAUGAUUUUCUGAAGGUUAAAAGGGCACUCCAGACCCAUAAAGAACUUCAAACUUGGCAAUGCGCAAGCGUAAUCUCGCCAUCAUGAGUAUGGCUGUGGUUUCAAAUGAACUGUCAGCCAGUCUCUAAACUUCAGAAGAACUCUUAACAUCUUGUACAGCCUGUCAUAUUUUAGAACGCAAACUGCUCCUACCUAAAGUAAACUUAUAUGUAAAUAUCUUCACAGUACACAAUCCUGAUUCUGAUUUCUGAGCAAUUGAAGAGAAAUUAUUUGUUUUUUGGUAGUAAAUGCUUUUUUGAGAUAAGGUGAUUCUGGGCUUGAAUAUAUGUGUAUACACCUAACAGCUGGUAACCCAGUAAAUCCAGAGAAUUGUUACAUAAAUCCAUCAGAAAUAUAUUGCAACUCACCUCCUUCUCUCAAAAAAACAAGACAGGUUGGUGUAAAUCAAGCUCAUAUAUCAAUCGGCUUCAUUCUAACUGCAUGUAGGAUAACAAAACUAGAAUUCCGUAUUGCCGUGUACCCAUUACAGAAAAGUAAAUCUUCUAUCUUGUGGAUGUCUGAAUAACCAUGAAUUAUUUUCACUCUCAUCCUAGGAUCAUCUGAAUUUUUACUGCACUGCAAGUAGCUUGGGGAACCUAAUCCUAUCUAUUAAAUGGGAAGAAGCUGACAGCAUUGAAUAUUUGAGAAUUAUACUCAGGUGUGCAUAAUAAAUACAAUAAUCCUUGAACAUUUCUUCAGCUUUGAUGCAACAUUCUGAUUUCUGCUUCAAAAUAUAUUUUAUAAACUUAUAUGUUAUGGCUUACUAUAUAUCAUUUUAAAGAGGAACUGAUUUGUUUUCUAAAAAGAGGUCUUCUAAUUCUCACCCCAACAUUUACUGGACUUGUAUAUGGAGAGAAUUGAAAAUAUAAAAAUAUAUUAUUUCCCUGAUCUCAACAUGUAUAGGAAGCAAACUCUCUAACACGCCAAACUAUCUCCUACUGAUGUCCCUCCUGACAGACCUCUCCAAAACCCAUAGAUAUUUAGCCUUUCAUAUCUAGCAGGUUUCACAUUGAUAGGAAGAAAAUGGGCGGCAACCACACCACCAGUGAUACCUGACGUUCUUUAUCUAAAAUCUUUAAUUUGUAAAUAUGAAAGCAGGAUUAGGGUAGUUACGAACACUAGGGGCUGCUGGGAAGAAGCAGGGGACAUCUGGUCAACUUAAUCUAACCUCAAAAUUUUUUUUUGAACCCAAUAAGCCAUGUUGAGCUUCUGAUCCAUCAGCUGUGCUCGCCCAGAAAACCAACACAUUUCAUUUGCCUUCAAAUGUCUGUGGUUGACUUGUUUUACCUGCAAUCUACAUACAUGACUUGAUAAACUUGAAAUUCAUGUAUGCUUCCUGAUUGCCACUGUACAAUGAGCUGCUUCCUGACUCGCCCGCCCCUCUUCCCCUUCUUACCUAUCCACUUUCUACUUUACUCAUUUUUUGUACGUUCAUCACUUUUAUUUUUCUAGUUCUCCCUUUUCCUGCUACAAAGGAGCGUAAUGAUAUUCAGUAAAUAUCACAAUACUGUAUAAAACUUUCCGUAACUCACACAUUUUACAUCAUUCUGUAUAACAUUGUUUUUCUGCAGUCAUCUCCCCAAUAAUUUGUAUUGUGAACUACGACCUGUCAUGUUGUAGCAUAUGCUCCUAUAUGAAACUGUUUUAAAAAAAUAUAUAUACAUUUGAUAAAAUGGCGAAAAAACAAACAGAAAAAAUGAGCCGAAAAUGGACACUGGUAUAACAUUAUAUAUUUUAAAAAGUGACAGUGCUGUUUUUUUAUUUUAAUUUUGCUGCACGAUCUUGAUGAAGAAGCCUAACUUUGGCUUUGUUUUAAUAAGCUUCCCAAAUGAUUAAUACUGUUAGGAAUGUUACCAAGUGAUUUAUUAGCGUCUAUGGGAAUUUUUGUAGAUAAAUCACUUGGAAAUGUUUCUUGCAGUAUUGAUUCAUUUGGAAAGCUUUGUAAAUUGAGGCCUUUGUCAUAUUGCGAUCUUUCUCCUUGAAAUGUCCUAGAAAUGACAACACCAUUUUUUCACUUCUUACAGUAGAUUUAUGUUUAGAAGACUGGUUUUUAAUUUUCAUAGUGGUUUCACUAACAAACCGCAUUCCUAAAGGGCACUUUAGAUGAUAUAUCACAAAUGAAGAAUGUUGUGUGUAAAAUAUCUUACCCUGAACUGUUUGCCAGUUCUGAUAAAAUAAAACACAUGAUUUCUAUUGAGGAAAUAGCAGAUAACACAUGUAGAGAGAAAAGUUCCAAACUUUAAAACUUCUGAAUAUGAAUAUAUUUAUUCUUUAAAAUGUUUUUUUCCCAUAAAAUUUUAUUUAAGGGUGUAUAUGUGAGAUAUAAGACAACCUCCACCCCCCCAAAAAAAUAAAUAAAAAAAACAUAAUCGCAACAUUAAACUAGCAUCAUUUUAAAGAAUAAAAGCACAAUUUUAAUAAUUGUAUGUUUUCGGAACAGCUUCACUUGAGAGUAAGGGCAUUUAGAAUUUUCGGUAUGUUUCGGUAACUUUGUUCAAGACAACGUGUCAACAAAAUCCCCUCAUUAUUUCAAUUCUUUAGAACAUUCUGUUUUUAAAAUUAUACAGUUUAUUAUUAGUAUAUUAAUUUAUGUUGAAGCAAUGUUUUCAUAUUACAUGAGAAUUAUUUUCCUGCACAAACUAAAUGAAAAGGUUCCCUAUUUGAAUUCAACCAGUCUAUAUCAUAAAUGUCAUAUUACACCAACUUAAACACGCAACGUGUUCCUGUUUCAUCUACGAGGAAUAAGAAGUUGUGGUGUAUCUAUUUCAGUUGUGUUUGGAAUAUGUAAUGACCAUGUAAUAACCUGUUUUGGAUCAUGUGAUAUUGUUUGGAUCAUUUCAGUAUUCAGAAUUGGGAACUCCGUACCACGCAUGAUUCGGGUGACUAUAGUGUCCCUUUAAGUAAGGGUUGUCCAUAGUGUGGUCUGCCACAUGUUGCUGAACUACAACUUGCAUGAUACUCUGGCUAUUUAUUUCAUUUAGAAGUAUUAUGGGAGUUGUAGUUCAGCAACAUCUGAACCGUGGUUUAAUUAAAUGCAGAGUGUAUCCCAUAAGCUUCUGCUUAACUAGAGUUUGUCAUAUAACAAAACAUAUCACACAAACAAACAAACAAACAAAAAAAUGAAUGAAACUGGCAGAAUAAGUUAACUGAAGACUGAUAUGUGGUUCUGUCAGCAUGUGACUUUAUUUUGGGAAUAGAGCUUUCGAAAUCUAUACUGCAUGCAACUAUGUCACGUUCUCCCUUAUAGAAAUCUAUGUGGGAACCCAACCUGUGUUUUUAAACCUGCAUUGCCAGGUUUAAUUAGUGAAUUCAAAGUGAAUCACAAAUUUAAGGAAAGGUUGACUUAGACAAGUUUUCCAUCUUCACUUUAAAUUAUCACCUUAGUAAAUACACCUGUAAAUGCUCUGCAGGCCCUUAAGCCUUCCAGUGAAAUUCUGGAUUCUCACAUGUGAAUGUGACUAACACAAGAUCUGCAAGUUUUUUUUUUCGUUUUUUCAUUGAUGUUACUUUCAUUGCAUUGUUUUAUGGAAAUGUAAAUUCCCUUUCAUGUAUGUUCCAUUUAGAACACAAGAGUUUUUUUAUUUUGGAAACUAUGCUGAACUUUUUGUGCAGUUUUAUAAUUUCAUCCACCUCCGUCUGACAUCUAAAAUGAAAUAUGGCUUCUUUAAUUAUGAUAUUGCUUUAUCUUUACACAUUUAUCUAUUAUUUUUUUAGAAAUUAUUUCUGUUGUCACUGUUUCAGGUCCAAAGCAAAAACACUACAUGAACGAAUACCACUGUCUGGAUUUAGUAAGCUCCCCAGCAUUCCUCAAAUUGCAAAGGUAAGCAAUACAGUCAUAAUAAGCUCUGCGAGGGCUUAGGGACACAACCAUUAAAUAUCAGCUGUCUCUUGUCACAUAGCCAUGGGCAUAACCUUUAUUUUUCUAUAUAUAUUAAAUCCCUUAUAGUAUAUUUAUAUACUCAAGGUGAAUAGCGUUAUCCUUAUUUUUCAAUGUGCUAUGGAAAUAAAAAAUAAUUAAUAUGUAUCUCAUCAUUCAACAAAAUGAUUUUCAAAAAUAAAUGUAAAAAAUAAAUAAAUAAAUUAUAUAUAUGUGUGUGUGUUUAUAUAUAUAUAUAUACAUAUAUAUAUAUAUAUAUAUAUAUAUAUAUAUAUGCCUAGAAUUUAUUUAUUUUUUAUAUUUAUUUGUGAAAAUCAUUUUGUUGAAUGAUGAGUUACAUAUUAAUUAUUUUUUUUAUUUCCAUAGCACAUAUAUAUUGUAUUAAUUCCUACAUAUUUCACUGUCCCUUUCUUUAACUGUUUUGUACUGCCAUGUUUUGUACUGUUCCCUUUUGUUUAUUGGAAGUUUUAGUGAUCUCGGUUAUUGCGGAGCUUUGCAGAAGAAUCAAAUAAUUACAUAAUAUCACAGGGAGCCUGGUUGCUGCUAGGGGAAAGCUGGGUAACUGUAAUACUGGAAAUGCUCAUGAAAUACAUUUCUCUUGAGGAAACUGAGGAAAUGUAAUUCACAGAUAUCUUAUGUGUUAAAGGAUAGUCAUUGCUGGCAUAGAAUGGUUGGGUAUUCUGGGAGAGAUGCUUCCAUAUCCAUGUUUUAAUUAACAAAAUGAAAUGAAUCUUGGGUAUCUUUAUUGCACUACACAUUGCCCUAAUGUAAAGCUAACUUCAAUAAUAUAUAACUGUUUAAAUACCCGAAACAUCCAAAAAUCGGCUAACUGUUUUAUACAUUACCUGUGUUGGGGUUGGCAAUGCCACGUUCUAUUUAAUUCUAUGGAUUUGAUGAAUCAAUACCAAGCACCGCCAUUUGAAACUAUUUCAAUAUGUUAUUCACUAAACUGAGAAUUUUCAGGACUUAAAAUUGAGUUUCAAAUUGGAUGUUGAAGAAGCCGAAUUAGAAAAAUAAUUCCUCUAACUCAGAUCGGCUUCCAGUUUAGCUAUUUCGGCUUUAAAUUUGAAAUUUACUUUGAGUUCACUUUGAAUUCCUACAAUUCUCAAUAUAGUGAAUAACCCUGUUUACCGAUCACUUUCAGGGUUAUACCCCUAACAAGCUGACAUAACUAUUAUUUAUUAUACAAAUCAGUCCGCAUCUUUUUUUUUUUUUGCCUUCCUCAGAAAAAAUGUGUUAAUAUAUCUCAUGUACAAUACCAACCUGUGAGUGUCAUUAAAGGGAUACUUCGAGCUUGGCUUGCCCCAUCAUUUUUAAUGCCUUAUAUAGAUAACAUACAAUAUAUAUGCAAAAUAAUAUAUUACAAUUAGGAAAAGAUUAUCACAUUUAACUACAUGUGCUGUAAAUUCACAAAUUUUGCAUCAUCUGCAGUGAGCAAUAAUUUAUAAAUUACAGAAAAUAUAGGGGUAGAUUUAUCAAUGUUCUGUAAAACAGAUGUUAUUCUGGGUACAAAAUGCUAAAUGCUGAGAGGCAUUGGUUUCUAUGGUGAUUGCACUUGGUAGCAGUUUGCCCCGAAAUAGCCCCGAAAUUUUUUACCUUGAUAAAUCUCCUCGAGAAUGUAUGAUGCAAUAUUUACUCUUAUUGAUGACAAUAAAGUACCUUUGUCUUCCUCUCUAGGCAUUAUGUGAUGAUGCCACUGGACUUAAAUUUAAUCCUGUUCUGUACCCAAAGGUAAAGUACAUUUUCUACAUUUUACAAAUUCAUGUAUACUUUCUUAUAUUUAUCACAUCAGGAUUGACAGUAUAGCUUAACUAGAUGUAUUCCUUAAUAUGUACCUUUUCAGUUAUUUGGACCUAGAAUUUCCAGGAAGAUCAGCCGGCCAUGUGCACUCUACUUGUCUUUUAAGAUGAUUGCUGAGCAUCAGGGCCACCAUGCGAAAUUUUGGGGCCCCUAACUCAGCUCAGUGUCUGGGACCCCGGGGCCACACUCCAAGCCCACCUCUAAAUCACGCCCACAGGAGUACACACACAGACACAAACACACACACCAAUACAAAAGGACACAGAUACACACACACACAAAGAUACACACAUACUAACAAACACACAUAAUGAAACAGACAUGCAUACAUACUGACACACACAAUCUGAGACAUAAACACAUAUACAGACACAUACUAACAUACAUACAGACACACACACAUAAGGACAUACAGACACAUACAUACAUACGAUAAAAGUGUAUUUUAGCAUAUUUUAUUAUCGUUUCGUUUAUGUGUAGGUUGUGUAAGGUUUUGACCAAAACAAAACAUUGAUAAAAAAAAUUUAAUAGUCAAACAAUCAGGUGUUCCUUCUUAAUAGUACAUUCUAUUACUGACAUACAUACAUACAGACACUGACAUACAUACAGACACAUACGGUAUACACUACAGCCUGGUCACCUAAUACAGAUAUAAUAUAUACAGUACAAUCUGGUAACCUAAUACAGGUAUAAUAUAUACAGUACAAUCUGGUCACCUAAUACAGAUAUAUAUUGUAUAAAAUAUACAAAAUAUACAGUACAGUCUGGUCACCUAAUACAGAUAUAAUAUAUAAUAUAUGGUACAUACAUACACACAUUCAUAUAGACAUACAUACUGACACAUACAUACAUACAGACUGACAUAUAUACAGACUGACAUACAUUCAUACAGACAUGCAUGAAUACUGACAUACAGACUGACAUACAGACUGACAGACACAAACAUCUGAUUUUUUAGCCACCCUCCUGUUUCUUACCUUUUCCUUGCAGGAGGGUGGUUGGGGCUGAUGGGAGUCGGCAUGGCUUUCCAUCUUCAAGGCCUCCACGCUGUCUCUCCUCUCACACAGAGUGAACUGGGGGGAAGUGAACGGCCGUCACUUCCUCCAAGCAGCAGUUGCGUUGCUGCUGCAAUUUUUUUAAAAGGGAUCCGGUCGCGCUAUUACAAGGCCGCAGUGCUGAACGGGUGACCCUAAGUGCAUGAGCUACCCAAUGGGCCCCGUCAGCGUGCGGGCCCAUGUGCAGCUGUACUGGUGGCAGUUCCACCGCUACAUGUGGGGCAUGAGUGGCUGAGCCCUGUGACAACCGUCAACGUUGUCACCCGCUGAUGGCGGCCCUUCUGAGCAUUAUGGGACUUGUAAUUUCCCCUAUCACUGGAUAGGUAACUAAUGAAUUCUCCAGAUCUAAAUCUGUACUUUAAAAAAACUUUUUUUUCAAUCUGUUUCAGGCCUUUCAAAUGAUUGUUGCUUAUGAUGAACAUGAAAUUAAUAAUACCUUCAAGUUUGGUGUUAUAUAUCAAACCUUUAAGCAGGUAAGUAACUAGUACAAUACUUAUGGUUUGCUCAAUAACAUGCAUGAAAGUUUUUAUUUUGAAAAUAUGUAAUGAUGUAUAAUAAAUGAAUUAAGACAUAGUUCAUCCAAAUAUCACAGUUUUCUGAUACCCUAAGCCUGACAACAUCUGUAUACAAAAUACUUUUUUUUUUUGUAAUUUCAUGUUAGUCUAGACCAGGGGUUGGCAACCUUUGGCACUCCAGAUGUUGUGGACUACAGCUACCUUGAUGCUUUGUGAGCGUGAUCCACAACAUCUGAAGUGCCAAAGGUUGCCUAACCCUGCCCACAGUACCCAUGCAGCCUCUUAAUAUUUGUUUCUCUAGACAAUGUUGUGCCCCUAAGCCAGUGUGUGGCCCCAAUUUUCAUCCCACCAUCUAGUUUUGGGGCCUGUUUUCCCUCAACUUGUGCAUGUUUCUUUCCUAUGUCCUUAGACAGGUCUAAUUUCUAUCCCCACCCUGCAAGCCCCGAGGUACAGAAUUAGCCUGUUCCAUUCAGUAGCUUUCCAAACAGAAAGUUCAUGCUUCUAUAUAUCUGUGGUCCUACCAUUUUGCCCUCAAAUAGUCUGUGUCUCUAGUUUUUCCUACUCAGUUAUUUCAUAACCCACUCCUAAUGAAAACAUCCAAGCUCCUGAAGUGUUCCAGCUUUUCCUUCAGUGCACAUCACUUAAACAUAUCUAGACAACUGUCGCUGAAAAAUAGGCAAUUGGAAUACUAGCCCUCUCAAUGCAAUACCGAAAAAAAGGCGGAAAGUGUAAAGAAAAGAGAAAAAUCUAAAACUGCAUAAACUUUUUUUUGGUGGAACAAUCCCACCUAGGCUUUAAUAAUUUUAAUGUAAUCAGAGUAAGAAAGGGUAAAACUAAUUAUUCAUUGAAAAUAAAGUUAUGUUUUUCAAAUUGUUAAAUGUAUAUAAAGUACGAAAACCAACUGUCUGAAUAUAUAGGAGAAUGUUGAUAAAAAAUAAAUAAAUAAAUAAAUAAAUAAAAAAAAUCUACUAACACAUUUCACAAAGUACAUUCCAAAGGAAGCUUAUAUUUUUGGUCAUUUUUUUUUUUUUAAAUCAAUGUAUAAUACACCUAUGUAUAUGCAUAUAUGUAGAUAUACUUUGAAUAUAUGUUUCUGAAAUAUAUGAGCUAAUGUGUGUAAGAUGUACACUUUUCAUUCAUUUUUUCCUUUUUAGGCUUUUAUUGAGGCCACAUUGAAUGUUUAUAACUUUUACAAUUCUCAUAUUCAUAUAUCUUUUCUAAUAAAAUAUAAACAGAGCAAAUCUGCUAAGAAGGGACUUUCCUUAAAUGCAUGUAAUGGCAUUGAGGCAGGAUGGUGCCAUAUUGUUCAUUAUUUUAAACAAUUCCACAUAAAAUUGCCUAUAUUCUAAAUAUGAUCAUUCUGUGUGACUACUUGUAAAUGCCACUUGAUCUAUGAAUCUGAUAAACACUGAAUGAAGUAUUUAAUUUUCCUGCAAUCUACUUUCCCUGAUACUUUAUAGAGUGACACGAUUGGUGCUAAGAAGGAAAUUGUUGCUGUCAACUGGAUGGCAUGUGUCAACAUAGUGAAUUUGCUUCCUUAUAUUUGCAAGCCAGGGGACAUCUGCUUCCAUGCCUUAGACAAACAGAUAUGUUUUACUGUUAAAUCAAUUAAAAAAUUAUACAAGUAUAAUUUCUGUGAUAUAAAAGGAUACCUGGGAGCUCAAUCAACUUGUGAACCCUGUAAAUAUUUUCUCUGGUUACUCCUAAAGGGCUUGGCCAUUUCAGUCUGCAACAUUUUUUAUAAGUGUAAAGUCUGAGUUUUUAUUGUUUUACAAAGAAGAAGGUUCCAGGCAAUCAGCAUACUUUACACAGCAUAGAAGACCCUAUGAAGACGCACAGCAUCUUAGUAUAUACUUUACAUAAACGGACAGCUUCCCUUAGAAUCUUCCCCUUCAUUCUACUAGACAUGCAUAUACACAUUGAAAAAAGAGGGGAUCCAGCCAAUCCUAUAAGGAAAACAAUUGCAAAUAAUAGUGUCACACCCCUCCCCCCAAAAAUGGAUACACUCACAACAAUUGCGUAAAAAAGGGCCUUGAAUUUAAAUGACAGUGUAUACUCAACUCCAUUCAUGGGUCUUGCAGUUUCCAAGAGGGAACUGAUUGGAUAUACUUCCAAAACAUGGAAAAAAAUAUAAUCGUGCAGGGCACUUUUACAUUUUAAAGCCAAGCCAAGACCCAUUCCGGAUGCCAAUAGGAUCAGCUCUGGGUAACAUUAUCUGUGCUUAUUAAGGCAGACAGACAAUGAUGAGACAGUGUGUCAGUGUGUGUGUGUGUGUCAAAGUAAUAUUGGAAUGCCAUCUUCCACAAUCCAUGCCAUAUUGGAAUGCCAUCUUCCAGAAUCAGUAAGGAGGAACUGUCAAUCUUUUGGGAUUUUCUCCCCACCCCGUGGGCUGUUCUAUUGUUACCCCAAAAUAUUGCUGUUAAUUUUGUUAUUUUUGUAUGUUAUGUGUAAGGCUGCAAGGAUACAGCCCUGCAAACAGUAUACAUUUUCUGGUAUUUCAUGAUGCCCUGGGUGUAGCAUUCAAGCAGGUUUGUACAUGGUGCAUCACUGGCAGAAACAUGUGCCCUUGUGCAUGCAUAAUAUAAUAACAAAAUUAUGUCCAUGGUAAUACAGGAAGAUAUUGUAAGUACAACGGGGGUAAGAGAACUGCAAAGGUGUCAAUGUGUUAAUUAAUCUUUCUUAAUUCGUGGCAUGUUAAUCCCAUAUAUCAUUACCAUCACAGAGGUAAAAUAAAUUGUUAAACUGGCCUAUUCUAAUUGAAACCAUGUUCAGUAUAAAGAUUGAAUUUCAUUUAAUUCUCUCUGAUAUCAAAUACUGUUUGACCUACUUAGCUGUAAUUUUAGGAACAGAAUAUUAAUUAUGAGAAGAUAAAGACAUUUUUGGAGCUCUUUCGGACAAAUUGUGCAAGAUCUUUAUUAACGUUUAAUAUCUGGAAGACGUUGUGUUUGAGUCUCACUAGGCUUCAACAUCAAGAUUAUAUUCUUUCUAAAAAUAUUACUUGAUAAAACCAUACAUAUGUACUGGAAAUGUAAUUGGAAAAAGAGUUCAGAUUGUGAAAGGAGAGAAAUGAAUCCACUAAUUUAUCACACAAAAUUCUGACAGGCAUCUUAAUUAUCUGGCCAUAUUUUGUGACUCUCCAUGGUGCCAGAACUGUUUAGCUGCAAAUUGGGAUAAUGUGUAAAUAAUGUGAAAUGCAGGGCAAGAAAUAGCAAAAAGGAUUCGAACACCAAUUUCCAAAUAACUGCGCAAUUACAUUCGGUUCCUUUUCAAUGCUAUUCAUUUUCUUUUUGUUAUCUUAUCAUUCUAUAAUUGUUUGUUCUCGUUGCUUUCAGUUAUUUGCAGAAUAUUUCUUAUGGGGAUAUUCACAUAUAAAAAUGACCAGUUCCUCUUUAAAAAACUAUGGUAGACAGCAUGGGAGAGUAUGUCUACUAAUUUAAGCCUAUUGGAGCAUAAAUUUUCCAAGUUAAAGAAUUAGUUAUAUAGUUAUAGUUAUAUGUAGAUAUAUAUGUAAUAUCUGCAGCAAAAGUGCAGUUAGAUUUUUGGGUGGAGUUAUGUUUGGGAAAUCAAAUUACAUAUUAGUCAUAGAUAUUGGGGCUUUAUUUAAUAAUUUGUAAGUAAUGUCAAACCCUUGUCAAAAACAUUAUGCUACAGGACAUUUACAUUUAUAAAGUUGUUUAGACACAGCGAUGGCUACUAAUUCAUAUUCUAUGGUUAAACUCAAGACAUGCUACUGAUCCCCAACAUACUGCAGACUUUUACGUUUGUGUGUCUGUGUGUGAAAUGUCUGCUUUUCCUUUUCUUGGCCGAUAUGACAUACAUUUGGUUUUUAAACCAUGAUGUAUACAUUUGUUUCAUUGUGAAACCAUUCAUGGUUCUGGAUAUCUUGCAAGCUGGUUUUUUUUUUUCAUAUAACCCCCAAGAAAACACAUAAGAAAAACAAAAAUGACAUGCAUGUUUCUUUUGGGGUUAAAUCUACUAAAUAAUAGAAACAUAUUUUCAAUGGAGUUUUCUUUUAAGUAUAUUUUAAAAUUCAUGAUAAAAAUAUCUUACACUUGUCAGCUCUGCCAAACCAUUUUUACUGGAAAUAAAAAAGAUUUUUGGACCCCUAAAUUUCAGCCCUGUGUUUGUAUGAAAACACUACUUGGGAGCCAAAUACGAUGAACCAAAAAGGAGGAAAAAAUGGCUCAAUCACUGCAAAAUAUAUUCAUAAUAUAGAACAAUAUGUAUAUAUUUCCCACCAUUUGGUCCACAGAUCAAGUGAGAAAAGUAACAAGUAGAGGGAAACAGAAGGAGCAGUAAAAAGUAUUUUGCUUAUCUAUAGCAUAUUUAUUAAAUAUAUGUUUAUAUGUAGAUUUUUUUUGUUACCUCUGUUCCACCUCUAUUGGUCACUUCUCACUUAAUCUGUAAAAAAAAAAAAAAAAUGUAGUAACUAGCCAUCAAUCAUCUUUUUAUCGCCCCAUCUCUUUUUUUUUGGUACGUUGGGCAAAAUCUAAAAUCACAAACCGAAGAUGCUUGACUAUUCUUAAUUUUGGUUGGUUUGUGAUUUGGGUAUAUUUUGUAUUGGAGUUUGAGUAUUUAGCCAAUCACCAGAUCUGCCUACAUUUGAAUGAAUUUCAGUUUGAAACAAAACAAAUCUCCAAGGCUAGCAUUUAUUUUUUUUAUCAUAUUUAUAUAGCUUCACAAAUAGUAUGUAUGGGAUUUCAUUUCAAUACACUUUAUAUAUCUUCAAAAAAAGAAAGCAAAAUGGUACAGACUAGCUAACAAAACAUACUUAAAUUAUUUAAAUGAAUAAAUAUAUCUUAUAUAGGACCAUUGAUGCUGUAGGGUGAAGUAAUGGUUAGGGAGAUGGUUACACAGCUAAGGAGCAGCGAAUAUGAAAAUAAAGGUGUGUUUGAUGCAGAAGCAAACCUAGGUUACCACAACAAGAGGACAUCAUCUUAAAUUAGAGGGGCAAAGGUUUAAAAAUAAGGAAGUAUUACUUUACUGAGAGGGUAGUGGAUACAUGGAAUAGCCUUCCAGCUGAAGUGGUAGAGGUUAACACAGCAAAGGAGUUUAAGCAGGCGUGGGAUAGGCAUAAGGCUAUCCUAACUACAGGGAGUGCAGAAUUAUUAGGCAAAUGAGUAUUUUGACCACAUCAUCCUCUUUAUGCAUGUUGUCUUACUCCAAGCUGUAUAGGCUCAAAAGCCUACUACCAAUUAAGCAUAUUAGGUGAUGUGCAUCUCUGUAAUGAGAAGGGGUGUGGUCUAAUGACAUCAACACCCUAUAUCAGGUGUGCAUAAUUAUUAGGCAACUUCCUUUCCUUUGGCAAAAUGGGUCAAAAGAAGGACUUGACAGGCUCAGAAAAGUCAAAAAUAGUGAGAUAUCUUGCAGAGGAUGCAGCACUCUUAAAAUUGCAAAGCUUCUGAAGCGUGAUCAUCGAACAAUCAAGCGUUUCAUUCAAAAUAGUCAACAGGGUCGCAAGAAGCGUGUGGAAAAACCAAGGCGCAAAAUAACUGCCCAUGAACUGAGAAAAGUCAAGCGUGCAGCUGCCACGAUGCCACUUGCCACCAGUUUGGCCAUAUUUCAGAGCUGCAACAUCACUGAGUGCCCAAAAGCACAAGGUGUGCAAUACUCAGAGACAUGGCCAAGGUAAGAAAGGCUGAAAGACGACCACCACUGAACAAGACACACAAGCUGAAACGUCAAGACUGGGCCAAGAAAUAUCUCAAGACUGAUUUUUCUAGGGUUUUAUGGACUGAUGAAAUGAGAGUGAGUCUUGAUGGGCCAGAUGGAUGGGCCCGUGGCUGGAUUGGUAAAGGGCAGAGAGCUCCAGUCCGACUCAGACGCCAGCAAGGUGGAGGUGGAGUACUGGUUUGGGCUGGUAUCAUCAAAGAUGAGCUUGUGGGGCCUUUUCGGGUUGAGGAUGGAGUCAAGCUCAACUCCCAGUCCUACUGCCAGUUCCUGGAAGACACCUUCUUCAAGCAGUGGUACAGGAAGAAGUCUGCAUCCUUCAAGAAAAACAUGAUUUUCAUGCAGGACAAUGCUCCAUCACACGCGUCCAAGUACUCCACAGCGUGGCUGGCAAGAAAGGGUAUAAAAGAAGAAAAUCUAAUGACAUGGCCUCCUUGUUCACCUGAUCUGAACCCCAUUGAGAACCUGUGGUCCAUCAUCAAAUGUGAGAUUUACAAGGAGGGAAAACAGUACACCUCUCUGAACAGUGUCUGGGAGGUUGUGGUUGCUGCUGCACGCAAUGUUGAUGGUGAACAGAUCAAAACACUGACAGAAUCCAUGGAUGGCAGGCUUUUGAGUGUCCUUGCAAAGAAAGGUGGCUAUAUUGGUCACUGAUUUGUUUUGUUUUGUUUUUGAAUGUCAGAAAUGUAUAUUUGUGAAUAUUGAGAUGUUAUAUUGGUUUCACUGGUAAUAAUAAAUAAUUGAAAUGGGUAUAUAUUUGUUUUUUGUUAAGUUGCCUAAUAAUUAUGCACAGUAAUAGUCACCUGCACACACAGAUAUCCCCCUAACACAGCUAUAACUAAAAACAAACUAAAAACUACUUCCAAAAAUAUUCAGCUUUGAUAUUAAUGAGUUUUUUGGGUUCAUUGAGAACAUGGUUGUUGUUCAAUAAUAAAAUUAAUCCUCAAAAAUACAACUUGCCUAAUAAUUCUGCACUCCCUGUAUAAGAUAAGGCUAAUGAAAGUAUUUAGAACAUUGGGCAGACUAGAUGGGCCGAAUGGUUCUUAUCUGCCGUCACAUUCUAUGUUUCUAUGUUUCUAUGUUACCCAGGGCAAAACUGUAUGUUGGCUAACCCCCUUGCAAAUGUCAUUUUUUGUGCCUCUUGUAAUCCCUUUGCUCGUCUCUCAAUUCGCCUAAUCCCUUUGUGUAUUUCAACCCUGUCAGUUCUUUUGACCAUUUUAGUGCCAAUUACCCCUUGUCCAGUUUGGUUGUCAUCCAACUUGCAGUAUAAUUCUCAUUGGUAAAGAAAAAAGAAAAUAAUUUGUUACGUCUUACCGAUCCAUAAAGUGUCCGUGCUUCACAUGCAAAUCACAGAUAAUAGCAUAGAGAAAAAUUAGCAAAAGUCAAGGAUAAUAGAAGUACAUGGAAUCAAUAAUCUAUCUGAAUUAAGGUAAACAGAAAUUAUAUUAGUCGAGACAAGCCAAGAUCAAUUAUCCAGGAAACAGAUAAGCAAAAUAACUUUCGGAUCACCAAAAUGGAAACCACAACAGAGCAAGGACUGGAUCAAGAGGGGGGGUUUAUAUAGGCAACAGACACCUCGCCUAGCGUUGAGCCAAUGACAUCAUCUUGCUGGUAGCAAUGCUCACACAAUCAGAAGUGGCAGGGCCGCAGCGUUUCAUGCGUAUAUUGAUGCCAGAAGGUACAGAAGAUGCCCUAGAGGCUUGGGGCUUUCAAAGAUGAUGGAAGACUGGCACAACUAUAACUAAAAUGGGGGAAGAGACAAAAGAAGGUAUAAGAGCGGCUAAAUUAUGUAAGUUGGGCAAGAGUUGGGCAAAAUGUCUCUUCCCCCAUUUUGUUCUUUCUAGAGCCUAGUUAAUACCAGGUGUGUGGUUUUACUCCAGUGUUUGAUUUGACACACUAAGCACAUCACUUUAUCACCAUGAGUUCCUAUUAUCCACAAUAAACUGGGUCAUAGUAUUAAUAUCCUACUCUUCUCUCUCUUCUUUAGAAGUGGGCUGGCAGGAACUAAACUAGUAAAUAGUCAAAAUGCAUUCUUCAUGAUAGCAAAAUUGAACUUGCUGGUUCUAAUACAGUAAAACAAAAUAGCAAUUCAUCAUUGAGCAUACACCUACAAUAUCAGCCUACAUACACAGUGUGAAUCUGAUUCUUGUGAAAAAAAAUAAGAAUUGUAAAUUGAUUAUAUUUAGGUAUAUUCAGUAUUAGAUACUGUACAGUAUUUAGAUAAUCAAACACAAAUCAACCAGCUGCUAUGUUUACAAAGUUAAAGCUUUUUUUUUUUAACAACAAAAUAACAUUUAAAUAAACAGAAAGGUUUAAAAAUAGAAUAAAAGCAGUACAGGGCUGAUUUAUCUCUCCCGUUGCUCCUCUCACACCUCGCCCCUCUGUCAAUCCUUACAUUGACUUUCAGUACCUUAUAGAAAUCAAUCCAAAAGACUAAUCCUUGAAAUUAAAGAUGAUUUUAUUAGAUGGAAUUUACCACAACUUUCUAUACUCGGACGUAUUAAUAUUAUAAAAAUGAUGGUUCUCCCGAAAACAUUAUAUUUAUUUCAGACGUUGCCUAUCCUCCUGCAACAUUCAAUAUUUAUAAAGUAUAGGAAAAUCUUUGUAUCGUUUAUUUGGAGUAAUAAACAUUCUCGCUUGGCCUAUCAAAUUUUAACGAGUUAUAAAGAUCACUACCCAAUUUAUAUCAUUAUUAUGCUGCAGCAUUAUUGAUUAGAUUAAGAAAAUGGACCAAUAUGGAAAUGCGACGAUCUUGGUAUUUCCCCCAAGCAAAGUUGUUCUAUCUAUAAACUUAAUCCCACAUACCACCCUCUCUUAUUAAGUGUAUUAAAUUUGUGGAGGAAAUAUAAAAAUAAGUGGCAUCUAUCUCCAGGAAAUUAACCUCUAUAUCCAUUGGUAGGAAAUCCUGACUUCCAUAAGGGAGAUGGAGGUCCAUUGUUAGCUCGUCUGAUAGGUGAAUCUGGGUAAAAUUUAGAUUCAUUAUUAUGAGAUAAUAUAACUCCAACUCUAACUGAGUUGCUAGGCCCCUCUAUAACACCAUGUUGUUGGACAUUUUAAUAUAUUCCCCACUUGUUAAUUUCUUACAAAAGGAAGUUUUUCCAAAUUGGACAUCGAGAAAAAAGGUUUCUUCUUUCGAACAUUUUUGUAUUUCAAAUUCACAAGGUGCCCACUCCCUGUCUAAGAUAUAUGCUAUGAUUCAAAUUUUUUUUAAUGGAUAAGGCACAUGCCCAUUUUCAGAGUAAAUGGACAGCUGUCCUACAUAUACAAUUAAUGGCUGAUGAUUGGUCUUAUAUUUUUCAAAAAGUUAUGAUGAACUUGGUUAGUCAGAUUAAAAGGAAAUCCUUCUAUAAAUAGGUAACACGGUGGUACAGAGCCCCAUCAUUAAUGCACCACUAUUUCCCAAAAGUAAAUAUUAAGUGUUGGGGAUGUGUGUUGGAAGAAGGCACCCUUGGACAUAUUUGGCUGUUUUGUUCAAAUAUUCAGCAGUAUUGGAAACAAAUAUUAUAUAUUUCUAUCAAACAAUUUUUACCUUUAUCAUAUGAUCUAACCCCUUUGCAGAUCUUACUUGGAUGGCUUAAUGCCUUUACUGUUAUAAAUCAACAAACAUUAUUGUGUUUUUUAAUUAAUGAGACUAAUACACUAAUCCCAUUCUUUUGGGAAAAAAAACCAAUAUAUCGACGGUAGAAAAUUGGGUAGAGAGGUUUGAAGAUACCAGGGUUAUGGAGGAAUUACAUUGGGGAGCAGAUAAUAAAAAGGAAAAAUAUUUUAAAAUAUGGAAACCUUGGAUAAACUAUUGGUUAUCGAAGGUAGAGGUUGUAUGAUUUAAGUGCAAUAUAUUUAGUUGCUUUGUUAUAAUUAAGAUGUUACACCGCCAUGCAGAAACUGAAAUUUCAACUGGAAUUUUUGCAGUAACUGAAAACUUAAUGAAACAAAUUUCAUUUACAGUCGGUCUAAAGAUACUAAUUUAUCUUAAUUUGAAUUAUGUUUAGGCUUAUCUUGAAUACUAGAAGAAGGGACUGAUUAUUAGUGGUAUAGUGAUACUUAAGAACCAGAGGAAUGGUACAUUCAUUUGUUUUACUUUAAAAAUGAGGCUGUUUGUUCUCUCAUAAGCACCUAUUGCCACUCAGUAAAAUUAUUUCUCUAUUUCACUGCCUCUUCUCUUCCUUCUCCUUUUUAUAACAGACCUGAACGAAUUUCUAUUUAGAGCUGAUGCAAUAUGCUGUUUGUUUUUAUUUAUUUAUUUUUGUAUAUUUUGUGUUUUCUUGAGCAAUUAUGGCGAUUGGAAUAUGUUUGUAUAAAUGUAUGCUAUAAGUUUAAGAAAUAACUUAACUGGGAUGUUAUAAACAAUUACAGAAUAUGAAACUCAGAAGUAGUAUCUGUAAUCUGCUGUAUAUAUAAAAAAAAAUAUUAUAUAUAUAUAUGAAAAAAUAAAAAAAAGACUAAUCCUUACCUAUAAAGCAAUAAAUAACUCUAGCCCCCAUUACAUUUCUUAACUAAUUUAUAGGUAGGUACGCCACUUCUCGGUUUCUCCUCUUUGUGCGAGAUUACAGCAUAGAGGUCUAUGGGGGAUCCCUUGAGACUGUGAGAUCCUCCAUAGAUAAAGCCAAUUCCCUGCAGCUCCACCCAGUGUCUAGAAGUGUCAGGCAUAGGAAAUAUACAGAGACAAAGUAAUCCCUACUUUGUCUCAGUAUAUCUCUUGACAGGGUUGGAAUUUCAGUGAAAUUCCAACAAAGUUAAAAUGAGUAUCUUAUAAAGAUUCUAUCUUUAUGAAAUACAUAUUUUUCAGGAGAGAAGGGGGGCCAGUGCUGCUUUAAGAAAUCCCUCAAAACACAUCUCUUCAGAAGAGCAUACGGCCUCCUAGAGUGACUUAUUUCACAAACCUAUAUCUUGCUUGAUCUUAGGGGCCACACUUAACUCCACUCUGCCCCUCCUGGUAUAUUCAUACCUCACAUCCUCUAGAUUGUAAGCUUGUUUGAACAGGGUCCUCAUCAACCUAUUGUUUCUGUAACAUUUUUAUUAAAUUUCCCCAAAAUUAAUAUUGUAAAGGGCUGGUGAAUAAACUGGCACAAUGCAAAUUCAAAUAAUAAUCAUAUUCUAAUAACACUAUAAUAAAGGUUCCCACCAAAUACCACCAACAUAUCAUUUUAGAGCUAUUUUAAGGCAUUCAUUGGGGUUCAGUUGUUUCCCUACAUACAAUGAAAAUUCUACGGAGGAGCUGAGAUCUCUUCAAAGUCAAGAGUCUCCAAGCUAACAAACUGUCUUAUUCAGGGAAUUACGUUUUAAGCCAAAACAACUACACUGGACAAUAGUUAAAUAGGCCAAUUCUAUACUAUUGAUGAUUUAGUCACUAAAUCAUCAAUAGUCAGGAAUUAGCCUUUUUUAGCUAUUUUCCAGCUUUUUUUGGUCUAUAAUAUAACUCCCUGCUGAAUGCUAGGCUAUACCCAGUUCAAUCAAUAAACUAGGCCGAGCUUCACUGUGCCUUUUCAAAAUGCAAGUAUGACGUAUCUAGAGAGAAGGGAUAAAUACCCAUUGAGUUCAAAUUAUGACAAAACAUUAUUCAAACUAAUCGGAAAUGUCAGCUCUUGGUGACAAAUCAGAAUAAUGCAUUGAUAUUUCUAUACAAUAGUAUAUAUUGAAAGAUUUCAAGGUCUCGUGAAUAUCAGGUUUGCUGCGGAUUAUUAUUCUUCAGUUUAUAAUUCAGUGCAGCUGAACACAUGGGCAAUUUAAUGUUUACAAAGUACCAAAAAUGAGUAAUGCAUUGGUUGCUAACGUACUUUGUUGGUGUUCCUAAAUUUACUUUCUCUUUCAAGCAUCUACAAGACUGAUCUAAAUUUGAAUUACAAAACUAAUCCAGCUUGCUUUUUGUUGUUUGUUUUCAGACGUUAGAAGAAGAAUUGUUUAGCAACAAUGAAGAAAGUGCUGCAUUUAAAGAGUUCUUGGCUUUACUGGGUGACACUGUCUUGCUCCAGGACUUCAAAGGGUAGGACAUCAAAAUGAUGAACUCAUACAUUGAUGUGCUAAGCCACAUAUAUUUUAAUAGCUUAUGUGCAGGCCCUACAAAUAGCAUUUUUUAGGAUCCUGUAAAACACAAACUCUAUUUCACAAUUAAUUUCAUAUCAAUCUGAAACACAUUUCUUUUUUAUCACUAAGAAGCUGUCACUGUGAAAUAAAAUUUGAUAAAUGAAGAAUUUAAAAAAUAAAUGAAAAUGAUUACAACUUUUAUGUAAUCCAUCCUGCAAAGUCAGUAUUUCUUAAUUGUUAUAAAGUAUCAUCAGCAAAGUACAUUUAAAGAAAUGUAGUUAAAAAUAGAAAGACUUUCUAUGUGUUCGCAACCUCUCCCACUUGACCCUUGGUCCUUCCUUGUACCAAAACCCAUUGUGGAAUUUAAGCCUUUUGAAAAAAAAUAUAUUGUUUAGAAUUAUAAUCUCUAGAAAAACCAUGACCAUGUACGGUAGCCCCAUGCUCAAAAGGGGUACUAAACCCACUAAAAUAUAAUGUAUAAAAAGAAACACAAGAAUAAUAAGGUUAGUCACUAAAUACCAAAUGGCCCCAUACUAAAUGACUGCAAAGUCUGGACAUUGAUGACGGAUUUUGUAAUUCAGGCCUCGAACUGGUUUGAAUUUGGACCAAAUUUCAGCCAAGCAGAUCUCUACUGGAUGGCAGAAAUCUGGGCUGAAUGAAUCAAAUCUGGGCCUAUAUUAAAAAAAAAAAAAAAAGACCAAUUUGCCCACUGGCAGCGCUAACAGCCAACGGAAUAUUAGUGGGGAAAAAAACCUUGACAGCACAGGGGUUAUAUAUGUGGUGGCUGGACUAGUCAGCCACCACAUUAAAAAAGUAAGUAAAAAAAAAUAAAAAAUAGAAGUAAUUAAAAACCUAUGGGCAUUAGCAUAUUACUGUGAAGAAGAUAAUGUACCUCCAUACUGGAGGAAAGAUGACAAUUUUUUGGGAUUUGUCUAUGUUUGAUCUAUAGAUCAUCUUUAUACAUACAUAAUGUAAACCUUGAUAUUCACACAUUUUGUCCCUUUUAGUGCAUUACACUAUUGAAAUCACAUCCCAGGAUCAUUCAGUGUCUUGACACUUCUUGCUUCCAUCACAAAGAGCAUAAGGGACAUUUUAAUUCAGUUGUGCAAUAUGUACACUGUCCAUUCUCUCUGUUAUUCAUAUGUUGAUGCAUUUUUUGUAGGUUCCGUGGGGGACUUGAUGUUGCACAUGGCCAGACAGGCACUGAAUCCAUUUACACAGUUUUCAGAGACAAGGAGAUAAUGUUCCAUGUAUCCACCAAGCUACCAUUUACUGAAGGAGAUACCCAGCAGGUAAAGAUGAUUUUUUAUAAAUAAUGGAUUUAUAUAUAUAUAUAUAUAUUCCACGUGUCCUGCACUCACUGCUCCCGGUCUUGUUAAUGCCUCGGUGCAAACUCCGACCAUAAGUAUAUAUAGGUUCUUGUUGAAGUGCACUCACAGGACUCAAUAAUAUUUCUAAUCGUGCUGUUUAUUCAAGCAUCAAGUAAUACAAAGAAGUGUCGAUGUUUCAGUCCUUGCCGGACUUUUUUCAAGAAAACGUCAACAAGAACAUAUAUAUAUAUAUAUACAUAUAUAUAUAUAUAUAUAUUAAAAAAAUUAUUUUUUAUUUAUUCUUCUUUCUCAUGCGACAUAUUUAGCAAUUAGUGUUCAAGUAUACUGAAAUAAAAUGGGAAUAUUUGAAGAUACUCUGAAGGAAUGUGUUUACGAACCCUUAUCCUCAGCAAUCAAAUAUUUAUUUACACUAUCGACUCUUGUAAUGAAAGAUAAUUUGUAUCCAGUGUAGAACAGGUGUGAUAGGGGAUGAUAUUUCAAUUCAAAAUGUAUACACAUACACAUAGAAAAUGCAAAAAAACUCGUUAUUCAGUAAGUAGACUCUUAAAUCUUUGCAUGAGAAUUGCUAUUUAUAACAGUUUUGUUUUAGGUUAGUUUGACCAAAUUCCUUGGUGAAGUAACUGUAAUACUACAAUAUUGCUGUAACUGUAAUAUUUAGUAGCAUUGGGAGUCUAGCACGCUGUGCUGCACCAAUCAAAUACUCCCUAUGAGCUGCAAUUGAUUAAGAACUGAAUCUGACUCAGUCCUCAGGAGUAGUGAUGUCACGAACCGUUCGCGAACUUGCCGUGAACGGUUCGCUGCGGUUCGCCACGAACCGUUCGCGGCGAACUCCGGUCAGCUGACACAACCCUGCCAAUCUCCGGCAGACCCUCCCUCCCAGACCCUCCCACCUCCUGGACAGCAUCCAUGUUGAAGCUGCCUUCAACAUGGAUGCUGUCCAUGAAGUAGGAGGGUCUGGGAGGGAGGGUCUGCCGGAGAUUGGCAGGGAUGUGUAAGCUGACCGGAGUUCGCCGCGAACGGUUCGUGGCUAACCGUGGCGAACCGUUCGCGGCAAGUUCGCGAACGGUUCGCGACAUCACUACUCAGGAGGACCGCUACUACAGUUGUGUUUAACAUUGUAGUUCCUACAAAAUGACAAGGUUUUACAUUGAAGGGGCUCUGCACCCAGACCACUUAAUUAAGAUGAAGUGUUUUGGGUACCUUUAAGGGCAAUUGUUUGUUUUUGUCAUAAGUUUGAAUUAAAGUGGUUCUUGGUGAUUGUCAGCGAUGGUAAUAGACUGCGAGUGUCUGAUUUUUAACGAAUUGCAUAUGAGUGAAAUAUUUUUUUAUCAUAAACAUAUUUUACAAAGAAGACAACUACUAUGACCUAGGACAAGCAAACAAUUCAAUCUUCUUACAAGUAUGCAAAAAAUAAUCAUAGAUUUGCUGUCACAACUGAAGGGCACUUGAUGCCCCCCCAAUGAAAUAUAUAUAUUUUUUUAUAGUUUUGCUUUGAUAUGCCUAAGAGGGACCGGGUCGAUAAACUAAAAUUAAGUGCAGCUGUUAUAAAGAAGAUAGUGAAAUAAAUAAAUGAUCAAAGUAAAAUGAGUGACUGAUAACAUGGAACAAGAGAGUGCCAGCCCAUCAAUGCUUACUAAUGACAUUUACUAUAUUGAUGAUCACAAAUUGUUAUCUGCCCAUAGAUAUAUGUGAGAUAUUGAAAGGCUAUAUUCAUGCACAGAGCAGAGGGCUAGGAAGGAAGACAUUUAUUAUAUAAGAGUUUGUGAAACAAUGGGAUUCUAAGGAUUUGUUGCAAAUGCAAUCAUCAAGGGAAUCGGACUUAACAUGACACCCAUAUUCGGAGGUAUGCUACUUUGCAAUGGAGCUUAAUGGCCAUGUGAGGACACGCUGUCUGGCACUGCAAAGUUUUUCAGCUUAAUUAAUUUCCUGACAUGUGGAUCUUGUUAGGGGGCAACUGCAAUUCUCAGCAGGGAGUCACACUCUGGCUUUUCAGACAUUUUGGUACAUGAAUAAGUUGAUUUUAAUCAACACCUGGACAGAUUUAUAUGUUUUCCAAAAGUUAGAGUUAGCUGGUAAGCAGUUUGCUUUUUAUAACAUUGCUUGGCUCCCAAAGGUAAAGAUAUCCUGAAAUGUGUGGUCCAUCACGUAUAUGUCUUAAUAAGGACAACACGAUAAAUAGCAUGGCAAGCGACCACACAACAAGCAGUUUUGGAAUUGGGUUUUUAGGAGACAUUCUCCUGUAUCAGUAAAAAUUUUUCUUAUUUUGCUUAGUUAAUUAUUAGACAUGAUUAAUUGCUUCGCUAACUUGCAAAUGGAACUUGUGUUUGCCGCAUAAAGUCAUUACCUGCCAGUACCCCUGCUGUGCAGGCCUGAUAACGAUAUAUAUAUAUAUAUAUAUAUAUAUAUAUGUUGGACUUAUUACUUGUAAUUCUAUAUUUUCAUUUCAUGUUCGACUUUAUCUGUCAUUUAUAGAUUCUAUUUUUGAGAUGUUUGUCAUUAUAGUCAUGGAUUUAUAUCACUUGGGGUAACCCUGUUAUGGGUUAAUGCCAUUUGCAAUCCCUUUCUUUCCAUAUGCUUGUUAACUUGUUACUGUUAACUCUGCAUAAAUAUGGACAUACUUAGCAAACUUGAAAACGAGAGAAAUCUUAAUGUAUCUAUUCUGGUAAAAUAUUUUAUAAAUAAAUAAAUAAAAUAACAGUUUAUGUGUAUCUUUAUUUCGAUGUAUAUGUCUUAGUGUAUAAAUCUAUGUGUUACAUGUAUCUAAAUAUCUGCAUGUAGCACACGUUGUUGUAGAGCACAGUUCAUGCACUGUUUAUUAUCUCUGCUUUUCCUGUUGCAAUAGUUUCCUAAUCUCUUAUUUAUUUAUUUAUUGAUUGAUUCAUUGAUUGAUUACUGUUGCCGAUCUUACAUGGAAACCACAGGCAUCACAAAUUCCUAGCUCCUCUUUCACUAUAAUUUAGCCUCAGUUUCACAUCUUCUUGGCCUCUUUUUUACAUCUGCACUCUCUUUUUGAUCUCUCUAUUUUACCUGUUCCUUGUAUAUUGUACACUUAACCUGAUGAAACUACCUGUGUGUACUGAAACGUUGAACCCACUAUUAUAUUAAAAAAGGACAAAAACUUAUUUAAAGCAUAAUCCGGCUGAGGUUAAGUGAAUAACUGAUUAUAUUGUUACAAAGUCACCUGUUAAGGGAUCUGGUAUAUUAGGUAGCAAGUGAACAGUCAGUUCUUAGAUUUCAUGUCAUGUUUUGAGAGGAGGAAAAAUUGACUAGGGAAAUGAUCUGAGUGACUUUGACAUGGGCCAAGUAAUGAUGGCCUAGACAACUGGGUCAGAGGUUUUCCAAAACGGAAGUCUUGUGGGGUGUUCCCGGUAUACUGUGCUUAUUAUCUAUCAAAAGUGGUGCAAGGAAGGACUACUGGUGAACAGGCCUCGUGGUCAUGGGUGCCCAAUGCUUAGUAAUGCACAUGGGAAACAAAGUCUAGUCUGUCUGAUCUGAUCACAAAGAAGAGCUACUUUGGUUCAUAUUGCUGAGAACCUUAAUGUUGGCCAUAAUAAAAAGGUGUCACAAGAAAAAAGUGCAUCCCUGUAUGCUUUGUAUGGGGCUGCAUAGCUGCAAACCAGUAAAAGUAACCAUGGUGAGCUCUGUCCGCUGCUGAAAGCGCCUUCGAUGGGGAUGUGAGAAUAAGAAUUGGACCAUGGAGCAAUGGAAGAAGGUUGCCUCAUUUGAUGAAUCACAUUUUAUUUUAGAUUAGGUGGAUGGCCGGGUGUGUGUGAGUUAUUUACCUGGGGAAGAGAUGGCAGCAGGAUGCACUAUGGGAAGAAGGCAGACCGGCAGAAGCAGUGUUAUGCUCUGGGCAAAGUCCUGCUGGGUAACCUUGGGUCCUAGCUAUCAUGUGGAUAUUACUUUGACAUGUACUACCUAGCGAAUGUUGCAGACCACAUAGACCCCUUCAUGCAAAUGAUGAUACCUGAUGGCAGUGGCCGUUUUCAGCAGGAUAUUGCACCCUGCCACACUGCAAAAGAUUCUCAUGAAUGGUUUGAGGAACAUGACAGAGAAAUCAAGGUUUUGCCUUGGCAUGCAACUUCCCCAGAUCUCCAAUUGAGCAUCUGUAUGAUGUGCUGGAAAACAAAUCUGAUCAAUGGUGCCCCCAUCUUGCAGCUUGCAGGACUUAAAGAAUCUGCUGCUAAUGUCUUUAAGCCAGAUACCACAGGACAUUGUGGCUGUGACUGAUCAGUGUAUUCAAGUUGUGAGACUGUUGACCGGUCGAGUGCAGCAACCCACAGAAUGUGUAUGUGUAUAUAUAUAUAUAUGCACAGAGUUGAAGGAAGGGAGCACUCAGUGGUAUUUCAACGAUAAUUGUAGUGUUUAUUGAAAUAUUACAUCGCAAAAGUGCUGGUCGACCUUUGUCCCAUGCAGGUCUUUCUCAAGAUCCUUGAGAAAAACCUGAAUGGGCCAAAAUGUCAAUGAUGUUUUGUGAUGUAAUAUUUCAAUAAACACUACUAUUAUCGUUAAAAGACCUCUGAGUGCUCCCUUCCUUCAACUUUGUGUAUAUAAUCAACCAAGGCACCUAUUCUGGAAGUAAUGAUGAACGGGUGAGUGCCAAGCAUUUAUGUGUAUAUAUAUAGUGUAGAUUGGAUUAGCCGUAUUAGUCCAGUAUAAAUGCCAAAAUACCAGCGUAUUGCAGUAUGCUGUAUGUUGUAUAUGUGAUCUCUGCAUGAAGCAAAAAAAAAAAAAAAAGAACUGUUAAUUUUCUAGCGGUUACCUUUCACUCCAUGCACAUUUUUGGUGGGAAUAAACAAUAUUGAGAUGUUACUUUUAUUUGAUUUAAAUUGGUUAUAUUCAUCAUGUACUGUAGGUUUACUUUAAAAUAAAUGCAUUCUAGCAUCACUUUUUACAAUCAUUAUAUGUGACCAUCACAGUGAUUUCUUUUCACUCAGUAGCCCCAAAGAGAGUGCUUUAUAAUGGGUGUAUGACCUUUUCUAACUCUGAGUUUGACACAUCAAAGACUAGAGAGAGAUGUUUCUAUACAUUAGGAUCAGCCCUUGUUAAUGGCUGAGAUAUUUCAGAAAUGUUAUUGGUUUUGCAACCUCACAAAGUGAUCUAAAUUGUUCACUUUCUUUCCAAAUUUAUUCCAUUUACAACCCCAGCUCAGCAAUCCAUAGAAAAUAUAUAUGUUCCAUAUUGAUUCUGACACUUUACAGUUGGUACCCAUAAGGUAUGUCCUUUAUCUCAUCUUUGCCAUGAGUAUUCUAAAUGACUCACUGUAACCAAAAUAUUUCAUAUAUAAUGUAUGUCUACAGGAGCACAGGAACACUCACCCUCUCCCAAACUUACCAGACUUCGGCUGACUUUCUUAUUGAUGCUUCCUCAAUGCUCUAAUACAAUGGGGACAUGCAUACCAUUGAAAAGAGUCUGCGGAUGGUGGUGUAUGGAAUGCAUUUUAGUACAAUUAAAGAAUGGCUCACUGAACCAUAUUUUAUGUUUGAAGAAUGCCAAUGCCACCCUAAUGCCAGAUACAUAAUAUAGGUGUCUGGUUUAGGUAAAAAUGUUCAGAACCAGUAGUUUAAUGUACUCUGUUUGUGUUAUUCUGUCAAAUACAAGUUAAUCUUAAAUGUUAAUCAAAUUUCAUCUAUACAUUAUGCUUGCUAUUAAAUGUGUCAGUUUCUCUAAAUUCAGAGGGUAUACGACAGCCCUUUCCCCUCCUCUCAGUCCAUUCAGCCUGUGCCAAUCAGUGCAGAGAUAAGAAGGUUGUGCAUCAUGGAUACUCUCCACUAGGCAUCUCUCCCGCUUGAAUUCAACCUAGAGGAAAGCAAUACCUGCAAGAAGGAGUGUCAGACAGUGUGAGAGCAACAGCAGUAGCAGCUUGGAGAAAGGAAAGAAACAGCAAUAAUAAUGUAUUGCUGGAGCUUUGAACAGACAAUCUAAGAAUGGAGAGUGUUGGAUACAGUUUACCUUUUAUGUGAAGCAGAUUUUUACCUACCAAACAGGGGUAUGUAGGAGAGGUAUGUCUUACAAGAGAGGUGUGUCUUAAUUGUAUGACACGAGUCAAGCCAAAUGGCUUGAAUACUGCAAACCUAUAUCUGUCAUGGCAGGCUCACUUUAAAAUACACAUGGGCUAUGCAAAUUUUAAUGUAAUGAGACAAUUAUGUUGAUCUUGACAAAUAUAUUUUUAACACAUUUUGUUCUUUCAGUUACAAAGGAAAAGACAUAUUGGUAAUGACAUUGUGGCUAUUAUCUUUCAAGAAGAUAACACCCCCUUUGUCCCAGAUAUGAUUGCGUCAAACUUUCUGCAUGCUUACAUCGUCGUUCAGGUGGAAAACCCAGGAACAGAUUGCACAACAUAUAAGGUAUGGAAGGAAUUGAUGUUUAAGUGUGUAUACUGUAUAUCUUGGCUAGUAUAGAAACAUAGAAACAUAGAAUGUGACGGCAGAUAAGAACCAUUCGGCCCAUCUAGUCUGCCCAAUUUUCUAAAAACUUUCAUUAGUCCCUAGCCUUAUCUUAUAGUUAGGAUAGCCUUAUGCCUAUCCCAUGCAUGCUUAAACUCCUUUACUGUGUUAACCUCUACCACUUCAGCUGGAAGGCUAUUCCAUGCAUCCACUACCCUCUCAGUAAAGUAAUACUUCCUGAUAUUAUUUUUAAACCUUUGUCCCUCUAAUUUAAGACUAUGUCCUCUUGUUGUGGUAGUUUUUCUUCUUUUAAAUAUAGUCUCCUCCUUUACUGUGUUGAUUCCCUUUAUAUAUUUAAAUGUUUCUAUCAUAUCCCCCCUGUCUCGUCUUUCCUCCAAGCUAUACAUGUUAAGAUCCUUUAACCUUUCCUGGUAAGUUUUAUCCCGCAAUCCAUGAACCAGUUUAGUAGCCCUUCUCUGAACCCUCUCUAAGGUAUCAAUAUCCUUCUGAAGAUACGGUCUCCAGUACUGUGUACAAUACUCCAAGUGAGGUCUCACCAGUGUUCUGUACAAUGGCAUGAGCACUUCCCUCUUUCUACUGCUAAUACCUCUCCAUAUACAACCAAGCAUUCUGCUAGCAUUUCCUGCUGCUCUAUUACAUUGUCUGCCUACCUUUAAGUCAUCAGAAAUAAUCACCCCUAAAUCCCUUUCCUCAGAUGUUGAGGUUAGGACUCUAUCAAAUAUUCUGUACUCUGCCCUUGGGUUUUUACGUCCAAGAUGCAUUAUCUUGCACUUAUCCACAUUAAAUGUCAGUUGCCACAAUUCUGACCAUUUUUCUAGUUUACCUAAAUCAUUUGCCAUUUGGCUUAUCCCUCCUGGAACAUCAACCCUGUUACAUAUCUUAGUAUCAUCAGCAAAAAGACAUACCUUACCAUCAAGACCUUCUGCAAUAUCACUAAUAAAAAUAUUAAAGAGAAUGGGUCCAAGUACAGAUCCCUGAGGUACCCCACUGGUGACAAGUCCAAGCUUCGAAUAUAUUCCAUUAACUACAACCCUCUGUUGCCUGUCACUCAGCCACUGCCUUACCCAUUCAACAAUAUUUGAAUCCAAACUUAAAGAUUGCAGUUUAUUGAUAAGCCUUCUAUGUGCAACAGUGUCAAAAGCCUUACUGAAAUCUAGGUAAGCACCACCCUGAUCUAUAAUUUUAGUUACCCAAUCAAAAAUCAAUAAGAUUAGUUUGGCAUGAUCUCCCUGAAGUAAACCCAUGUUGUCUCUGAUCUUGAAAUCCAUGUGUUUUUAGAUGUUUAUCAAUCCUAUCCUUUAACAUGGUUUCCAUCACUUUCCCCACUACUGAAGUAAGGCUUACUGGCCUAUAGUUGCCCGACUCCUCCCUAUUACCUUUCUUGUAAAUGGGCACAACAUUAGCUAAUUUCCAAUCUUCUGGGACUACUCCUGUUAACAAUGAUUGGUUAAAUAAAUCUGUUAAUGGUUUUGCUAGUACACCACUAAGCUCUUUUAAUAGCUUUGGGUGUAUUCCAUCAGGUCCCAUUGACUUAUUUGUCUUUUACUUUUGACAGUUGAAAUAGAACCUCUUCCUCUGUAAACUCACGUGUAAUAAAUGACCCAUUUAUCCUUUUUCUCAACUGAGGUCCCUUUCCUUCAUUUUCUUCUGUAAAUACAGAACAAAAAUAUUCAUUGAGGCAGUCAGCCUGACCUUUAUCCUCUUCUACAUACCUUCCUUCUUUUGUUUUUAAUCUAACUAAUCCUUGUUUUACUUUUCUUUUCUCAUUUAUGUAUCUAAAAAAUGUUUUAUCCCCCCUUUUUACUGACUGUGCUAUUUUCUCUUCUGUGUGUGAUUUGGAAGCUCUUAUAACUUGCUUAGCCUCUUUCUGCCUAAUCUUAUAGAUCAUUUUGUCUCCCUCACUCUGGGUUUUUUUAUAAUUCCUAAAUGCUAACUUUUUGUUUUUAACUAUUUUGGCCACAUCUGCGGAGUACCACAGUGGUUUCUUGAAUUUUUUGCUUUUACUGACAAGCCUAAUGCAAUUAUAUAGAUAAUGUAUUGCUUUUAAAUAAAAAAUGUAAAAUAUAAAAAAUUAUAGCAACCAUUGGUGAAUUGCAUCAAGAAUAUCCAUCAAUUUGCCAAAAAUUCCAUCAUGUUAGUUUUACAGGGUAAUAAAGUAAUCCAUUAAAUGCCUAUGAAAUCUGUAUUGUGUAGGAAACCAAAUUAUAUACAUACGUAAUUUCAGCUUUAAAUACACAAAGUAAAGUUACUCUUAGUCCAGUUAAGGUCUGUGAGGAGUUUUCUUUUUAAAUGCCAUGUGACAGCAUAAUGGAUAUGGAUCAGAAUUUAGGUCCACUAGUAAAUUAUUCAUAUAAAUUACUUACAAGUCCGAUUUCUUUUUCCACAGUACAUCGUGUAAGCAAGUGCAUGCCUGCUGGUGCAUGUACUUUGAGAACUUCUGAACAUUUGCUGAUAAUGUUCAUAUCUUUUCUGUGAAAAAUGUGUCGAUUUUAUUGACUACAUAAGUGUAACGCAGGACAAUAGAGUGGUCCCUGAACUUACCCUUAUGUCAUCCAUGAAGUGAGUGAUGGAUUUGCAUCCCUGCUGAGAAUUUUUUUUUUAUUGCAUCCCUGCUCAAUAAAUCAUGGUGGCAAGUGCCAUAUAUUGUGAGAUGAGGCAAAUCCAUCUAAAUUUAAAUCCAAUUUUUUUUACUCAAAAUUCAAACAGCAUUUAUUCACGUGUUAAACUAGGCUACCUUUGAGAUCAGGUCUAUAAUGCUUUUACUUUACAAAAAUCUAUGGUUGUAACAUAUGUUUAGUUCAUACUAUAUUAGUUAAGGCAGCGUUUAAAUCAGCAACUAAUGAUACAUAUGGUUACAGUGCAAUAUAAAUGAAAGUAGUUAUGGUCCUGAUAUUUAUCAGUUGUGUAAACCAUACAUUUGCUGAAAAAAACAUGUUAAUCUAAGUGACUUUCAGAAUGUUAGAAACUGCAAAACUUUCUACAAUUUCUACUUAUUUUACAAUAUAUAAUAUAUAUAAUAUAAUAUAUAAUUUUAUGUACCACAUCAUCUAUAAUUACUACAAAACUUGCCUUUAUCAAUACAAAUUAAAUAUCCUAUAGUUUAAAAUAUAAAUAUGAGAUAGGAGUGGUGAUGUUGGACUAGUCAACGUCAGAACCCCCAAAUAGGUUACAGGAGUCAACAAGUCAAAUAACUACAAACUGAAAGAAUGGGAUAGGAAAAGACCACUCACUCAAAAGUGAAUGGAAUUCGAUCUCAUUUUAAAAGAUUACCUUCUAAAGUACUUAACUUAACAAAGAAAAUAGUAAUAACCUUUAUUAAACUAGAAAUAAGCAAAAUAUAAUAAAUAGGUAUGAAAACUACCCUGAAUAGAAACACCAUAGAAAUUGUGUUAGUGAAAAUCAUGUGAAGGUAAAGGGUUAAAAGCCUGGGAAUAUGCUCCUUAGUGUCAUCGAGAAAUAUAUAUAUAUUGUAUAUGCACAUACAUGUAAAGUCCACUAAGAUAAAUAGUAGUAAAGCCUCUAAAGAGGACAUAGUUAAGCUAUAGGGACAUACAAUAUGUGAACCAAUAUAAAAGAGAGAAGGAGCAUAAGUGCAGACUGUUCCGUACAGAAAAUUAAAUGAUAAACCAAAUCACGCUAAAAAACGGUAAUCACACUAAACAACUUGGCUGGGACGGAGAAUCCCAACAGGGACUUAUGUUUGUGGAAAAUGUGUGGCCUGUAAAUAUAUCCUUAGGGAUUCUAAGAAAGUGAGUAAUCGCGAAGGUACACAAUCUUUCCAUAUAAACCAUUUCUUCAACUGUAAUUCUGCAGGGGUAGUUUAUCUCCUUACCUGCAGUUGCAGUUUGAUAUAUGUAGGGAAAACCCUCCGUCCCUUCAAACAACGUAUUAAGGAACACCUUAGAUCCACUAAAAAUCGUCUCGAGACUCCAAUCUCCAGGCAUCUUAAGGAAAGACAUGGAGGGUCCUCAAGGGACAUACGUUUCUGUGGACUGGAGUUGGUUCAACGACAACAAAGGCAGGUGACAAAAUCCUGCGUCAAAAAGAAUGCAGGUGGAUUUACAAACUAAAUACUUUAAACCCCAGAGGCCUUAAUGAAGGUUUCUCUUUUUCUCCUUAUAUUUGAAGUAUGAGACAUUCCCUUGCAACCUAUGUAUAUAUCUUUCUGUAUAUAUUUCUCUGUAUAUAUUUCCCUGUUUUUCUGUACAUAAUUUUUCUGGCAAUAUUUAAUAACAGUGAUCAUUAUAAGUACACAAUUUCUUGGUAAAUAAUAACCUGUUUGUUAAAUUGACCCUAGGAGCCUUAUACCGUCAGAAGCACAUUAGACAGUGCGAUCACAAUACUUGUCUUAAUAUCUUGGCUGACCUCUUCACUAUAUCUUCACUAUAUUCUGGUCACAGUACAUAAUAUCUACCACUUAGUUUCCAUCUAUUUAUACCAAUUGCUAAGUAUUUCGGCGUAUUUACUAUUGUAUCUAAUAUCCCCUAGCCCACUUUCAUUGCUGGGCUAGUGAUACACAUUGCCCGAUAUACAGACACCUAAGUUUUAUGAUUCUCUCUAUCAUACAAUGUUCACCCCUUGGAUAUUUAGCUUUAUAUCUUAAUUUAUAUCGAUAUGGAUAGAUUGUGUUUAAGCGCACUCUUGGAUCAUAGUUGGAUGCAUGAAGUGUGUCCACCUACUGAUAUAUAUGUAGCCAUUGUGUUACAAGUGACUUAACAUACUUUCCUCCUCCUUUACAGAAUGAAAGGCAACAUUAUUAUGGUUGCAGUUCAUUUGAAGGGUGUGAUGGCAUCGGAGGAGUUUAUGAUAGUAAUGACGACUAAUUCAGUGAUGAUCAGCAUUCAUGGAUUGGCGUUUGAUGAUCUAGGGGGCGUGCUGAGACUGCAAAGGUGUAUGAAAACGCCGAAACGCGCGUUGAGCACUUUGCCGAUGCAUUUACUUUAAUUAAGCUUUUCUUAAUUUCUUCUUUUUUAUUUCUACCUGGAUACGACUGAUGUCCGUUUCAUUACUAAUCUUUCCCACUAUGUGCUUAUAUAAGUUUAUAGGGACUUGUUAGGCUGCCUCGAAGCAGCAGUUAGUAUCUAUGGCCUGCCUGUGGGCUAGGCAGUAAGUCCAGGGUUUUCUAGAAUACUGUCUCCUUUCCUCUCCAGUUACGAAUUUUAGAGGGGGCCUUUUUGAUUUAAAGUACUGUUGUUAUAUGCAUCUACUUACCGCUGUGGAUUCUAUGUGCUUUUAUGUCUCAUAUUAGGGGAUAUAUCACUAUUGGAUAUCCCCUAAUUUAUAUAGUUUAUACUGCUAAGCGAGACAUAGUGCCUCCCAGAGAGUCUGCACAGCAGGGUCGGCUACAUAUUCUAACACCCGUUUGUGCUCCUCUGGGACUCCAGUUUCCACUAGUGAGCUAUCUCAAUAUACUUUUUUGAGGCACCAUCAAUAGCGACGAGAGUUUAGCUCCACCACUAUACUGGCAUUGUAACUACUGCUAGGCACCACGAUCCCAUUUAUAUAUAUAUAGUACGGAUUUUACAGUUUUUAGCGUAAUUUGGUUUAUUAUUUAAUUUUCUGUGCGGAGCAGUCUGCACUUAUGCUCCUUCUCUCUUUUAUAUUGGUUCACAUAUUGUAUGUCCCUAUAGCUUAACUAUGUCCUCUUUAGAGGCUUUACUACUAUUUAUCUUAGUGGACUUUACAUGUAUGUGCAUAUACAAUAUAUAUAUAUUUCUCUAUGAGACUAAGGAGCAUAUUCCCAGGCUUUUAACCCUUUACCCACACGUGAUUUUCACUAACACAAUUUUUAUGGUGUUUCUAUUCAGGGUAGUUUUCAUACCUAUUUAUUGUUUUUUGUUUAUUUAUAGUUUAAUAAAGGUUAUUACUAUUUUCUUUGUUACGUUUACUUUAGUUUAAAAUAUAUAUUGUCCAUAGAAAUAAUUCAAAACUCCUGUGUGUAUGCUGACAGAGAUAUCUACUAAAGUGAAAAUUGCUGAGAGAUCAAAUAGAACUCACAGUGAAUUUAAAAUAUCAGACCAAAGUAGCUGAACUGGAGGAAUUCACCCAGUCAGCUGUACUACCAGCUCAGCUACUUUGGUCUGAAAUUUGAAAUUUGAAUUUUAACUUUAAUAAGUAACCCUGUAUGACAUGUUUACUAGUGUAAAGGGAUCAAUACUUAGCGAACUAAUAAUUCUGCAAAAUGUAAAUCUUUAAUUAAAAUGUUUCCAUUAAACAAAGAAUCAUUUGAUCAAAGAGCUAGUAGUGUAUAUAAUUAAAAAAAAAAUCAAACUUAUAAGACCCACCUUACAUGCUAUUAAACCCUGAAUUAACCUUUUGUCUGUGUGGAUGUAAAUUGCUAUUAUGAAAAUAAUUACUUAGGUAGCAGAUUGUGAAAAAAGGGAUAUUAAAGCAGUAAUAUUACAGCAGUUAUUUUUUGGACCAUAUUAAUGUAAAAAAAUAUACAUUUCAUUUUCUUUUUUGACAAGUGUCAAUUAUUAAUUAAAAUGGUUCAGAAGAUGAAUACCUGUGGAUGCUGGGAAAUCAGCCCUGCUGAAAUAAAACAAUAUAUGCCUGCGGAUAAGACGGGCUAUUAAAGUUUUACACAGGUUUAUACUAUGGGCAAUUCUGCUUCAGCUGCCAGUUUCAGUGAAUAAAUACAAAAUGUGCUAUUUGAUAAAGCAUCCUUAAAAGAACAGAUUGGCUCAUGCAGUGCUGCUAAUUGUUUCCAAGAAACAGCUUGCUUUAUCCAGACAUUAUACUAAUGCAAAUAUUAUUAGAGGACCGGAACUUCCCUCCUCUGAUGAUUGUUACUAGGCAAAUGCUCAGCCACAGCUAUUAUAGAAGAAUUAUUGUUUUGUGGAAUAAUAAAGUAGAUACUUUAUUGACCAAGGCAAUGUGUGGGUUCACUAUAUACAUGGUAAUGGUCUGUGAAUCCAUAAACCUGGUUUACAUGCUUUGAAACCAUGUGGGAAAAUAGCCCCUAUUUACUACGAUUUGAAAAAUAUUCCUACUUUGGUUCCAGUGGCUUAUCUCUGAGAUUCACCCGUAUAGACCUUUACUGGACGUUUGGUUAAAACACUAGUCCAUGGGUAGGCAACCAUCGGCACUCCAGAUGUUGUGGACUUCAUCUCCCAUAAUGCUAUUCUAGCCAUUAUGUCCCGGACUGAUCUCUGGCUCUGAAUGUCAGUGGCCAUGGUGAUUAGCUGCCAACAGGAUUCAAAGCCUAUUAGUAAACAUAAUGAUGAUCCAUUCUAAAAUCAAAAUAACACAAUGGUAAUAUGUAUCUAUGUAUACAAUACUGUCCAUAAUUUUUCACCCCACAUUUCCACAUUUUGUAGUGAUACAAUCUAUAAUUGAUGAAGAAACAGCACUGAAGUGUAUAAUAUCUUUUAAUUGAACUAACAAUAUAUUGCAUUAGUGAACUCUGGAAGUUUCUUAUUAUUCAAUAUAAUCAAGAGAAUGGUUUUGAAAGGACCUUCCAAAACAUUAGCUCUGUAACUUAAUGAUUAAAUAUAUAUAACAGGCAAUUCACUAUUUUUUUGCAUCUACAUGCAGGCCUCCCAAUGGUCCCAAUUUCGUCAGAACAGUCCAUAUUUUAAGGUCCUGUCCUGCUGUGCUGACUUUGUUUCCUGGUGUCUCACUUUUGGGGACACUAGGGUACUGUCCUAUAAAAAGUAUAGAGCACUAGGAUCCUGCAGAGAGCACUGACAUAGUGCUCCCUGCCUGGUCUGUCCUCAGUGGGCUGGGCCUCAGUAGUCUGUCCUCAGUGGGCUGUCCCUCAGUGGGCUGGCCCUUUUUGUCUGUCCUCACUGGGCUGGCUCUUUUUUGUCUGUCCUCAGUGGGCUGGAUCUUUUUUGUCUGUCCUCAGUGGGCUGGCCCUCAGUGGUCUGUCAUCAGUGGGCUGGCACUUUUUGUCUGUCCUCAGUGGGCUGUCCCUCAGUGGUCUGUCCUCAGUGGACAGGCCCUUUUUGUCUGUCCUCAGUGGGCUGUCCCUCAGUGGGCUGGCCCUUUUUGUCUGUCCUCAGUGGGCUGGCCCUUUUUGUCUGUCCUCAGUGGGCUGGCCUCAGUGGGCUGGCCCUUAUUUGUUUGUCCUCAGUGGGCUGGCCCUCAGUGGUUUGUCCUCAGUAGGCUGGGAAGCAGCUUGGUGUGCACUCAUGCCAGACCUACCUGCCAGAUCCACCUCCUUUGGGACACACCAGUGACAUUAUUCACACCACUGGCCUGUUCAUUUUAAGCUUCACCUAAGCAAUUUCUAUGUCUUGCACAAUGUUUUGCACAGUGUUUCCAGUAGCACCCCAAAUAAUAUGCGCUGAUUUAGAUGUGCGCCCUUCUUCUGUUUUUCUGUUUUCGUCUGUUUUAUUUUAUUUUAAUAAAAUAAUUUAUAUUUUUAUUUAUUUUUAAAACUUACACAUGCAAAUUUUACAAAGGUAUAGAUCAUUUAACAUGACCAUGAAUUGUAGGAAGAGGAUGAUAGCUCACAAUCUGAAAAGACACAAAAGGGCAAUGUCAUUGUCUGCAAUUUGCUUUUCUUUUUUUAAUCUUUAACUGAUGGAUUGUCAGUAAGUUACAUCGGCAUCUGAAAUGGAAUCUUGUCCAAGCUCUGUCCAUUGCUAAAGAUUGCCAAAAUCAUGCAAAAAAAAAAAAAAAAUCCCUUUUUUAUAUUAUGCAUAGCUAAACAUCUAAGAUGAAUUAAAAUUAAGGGGAAACAGAGAGACAAAGAUAAUGUAUUUAGGAAAAAAAACUGAAAAGUGACAAUGCUGCUUUAAAUUAGGAAAUCCCCAGAAAGUGAUAGGGGUGACUGAAGAUUGGAAAGUUAGGUGAUUAUUUUUGUAAUAUGUAACAGAGAACAGGGCAAAAAUUAUUCACUAAAAUUUUAAUGACUGAUAAAAGUUGACCAUUUCAAUUUGGCAAAAAAAAAUCUAAAAUAUACAAACACUUAAACUGAUCCUUAAUGAUUCCUAAAUGUGCUAAUUACAUUUGCUUAUAGUACAUGGAAGACCCUUCCUUAUUUAGUAUUCUGUACCAUUACACACAGAUAAAUUAAGCAUACUUAUCUUUAGGGUUUCACCGACAGUCAGAACAAACAAAGAAUAUUAUCUGCUCAUAAUUAUAUUUUAGAAAUUUGAUAUCCUUCAAAUUCUGAUUUAUUUAAAAAUUCUAGAAAUUAAAAUGUUGAGUUAAAUAGUUGCUGUUUUUUAUAGCAGCACAAUUACAUUGUUAGGCUACAUUUUGCAGGCAGAUAGCCGCUUAAACAUUACUUAACCCAAAGCCUCACUCACCAUAUUCUCUUAAUGUUAUAACAACACACCAACUCAUUCAAAGUCUGGACCUAUCUUUCAUCUGUGAAAAUGUAAGGAACAAUUAGCUCUAAUAAUUUUUUUUUUCAUUAUUUUAUUUCUAUGUUUUGUUUAUACUAAGGUGUCCGUGACUGCUCGGGAAGAUGUCCCAUCUUUUGGACCUCCUCUGCCAAACCCACCAGUAUUUCAAAAAGUAAGUGUCUGGUAAGAAAUUGUUCAAACAAAGGCUUGGAACAUGAAAGCUUUGUCUUAUCUUUUUCAGUCUUGUUAUACAAUCUAAUAAGUAUACACAGUGGCAAAUAAUGGCACACACCAGUUGUUCAAACAACAUUAACAACAUCUUGAACUACUAAUUGGCAAUAAUUCAUUAUUUAUGGAUGACAUAUUUACUCCGUUCGUCUAAGUGUUCAUUAUACUUUACUUAUGUCUUUUUUUUGACAUUUCUAUCAGAUGAGGGACUUUAUGAAACAGGCAGUGUGUGUCACAAUAAUAUUAUUUCAUGAUAUAUUAGUAUGUAUUGCUUAUCCCUUUACAUCCUUAAUGGGUAAUUUCUUCUCUUUUUUCUCUAAAUGAAAAGAAUUGCUCAUCCUUUUAACUUUGAAAAUUUGGAAAACGUAAAACAUCAUUGAUUAUACGCCAUUGAUAUGGAAAUUGUACAUCCGAUUUCCCUGUGUUAAGAACUCUUUGAUGUCUCAUAUUCCAUCAACUGCUUAAAUGUCAACUGUUGUAAACCUAUGAUAAUAAUCUCCUAUCUUUCCACCUCUACUCCCCGACAAAAAAAAAACCUUUUCCUUAAUGUUAACUGUCCCUAUAUUCUUAACAGACAACAAUACAUAUGGAUAGUUUAUGGAUCAUUUAUGACACUGUAUUUAUUAAUCUCACAUAUUCAAUCAUGUUUAAAAAUAUUGCUUAAACCAGUCCAUUUGUUAUUCACAGUAAAACCAUAAUUCACUCCUUUAUUUCCUCUGUAUGUAAUUUUUUAACUUUUGUCAUACUGAGCUUGAAAACUUACAAAGUAAGUAACCCACUUGCCAUUCCACUUCUGCUGGACACCUCUACAGGGCACUUUUCAUUUUCCAAAUUUAAGAUUAAAAUGGAAACCUCUGGCCCAAUCUACAAUGACAUCCAUAUUGGUAUCCUUGUUACUACCAAGGAAUACCUACUGUGUCAUGCAACGUUAGACAAAAAGUUAAAAAUUGUGGUUAACAGCAACUCUCUCUCUUAUGUAUCGAAGUAGGGUUUCCCAAUAUUGGGUAAUAAACAAGUACUCACACUCUUAUCAUUUUCAAACAUUAAAUUAAAACUCAUCUUGUUGAAUAAUCUAAAAAAAUAUUUCAAAAUGCACUUCUUCAUAAGUCUAUGGUAUCCACUUACUAGCCACCAAAUUUCUCCUGAGUUCACCUAUGACAGGGCUGCCCAACUGGUAGAUCCCCAGAUGUUGUGGAACUACAACUCCCAUGAUGCUUUGAAUGCCUUUAGAAUGCAUUUAGAAUGACAAAUCAUUAUUGGAGUUGUAGUUCUACCUGUUGGGCAGCCCUGACCUAUGAUAUUCUUCCUCAUUUUGCAAUCCAUUGUACAUUAAAUCCCAUAUGUUACUUAUGAAUUUUAAUUAAAUAAAUAAUAACAUUGCUAUUAUUUUGGCUUCGUUAAUUUGCAUUAUCACACUUAAAAAGUUAUGCUUUAUAGCUGCAUUUAUUAUUAUUGUGGCAAGUGAUUUAUUAUAUAUAAACACCGUAAAAUAAAAUGUAUCCUGUCACUAUUAAUUAAUAGCAUGCCCUUUAAAUCAAUUCAUGCAAUCAUCAUUUAAUGUAUGUGUUUGACAGCACAGAGGUAUUUGGCUGCAAAUGGCAAAUUGACUUGUCAUUCGGCAGUCUAUGCUUCGUGUUGUUGGUACUUGAUUGCUAAUCAGCUACUCAUUCACAUUCAGGUGGGGAAAACAAUGGAAUAAUCCUACAAGCAUAUAAACUACAUGAAGAAUGGAAGAUAAUUAUCAUGUUAUAUAUGCACAGCGACUGUGUUUACACUAUAGUUAUAUUGGUUGUUGCCACAUCAUUGCAGUCACUAAAGCAAUACAGGAUAAUGCUUUGUUGCCAGACAAAUAUUUGUUUUUUAGCCUUAAGGUGUAUUUACUAAACUGGAAAUUAUGAACUGAAUGUUGAUGUAACUGUAAAUUGCAGGCCAAAAGAACUAGAACUGAAUUUUUGGCAUAUGGCUAUUUUGGCAUCAAAUUUGUAAUCCCUCUUUUCAAGUCAUCAUAGAAUCAAAUGUACUAAAUAAACUCACAUGUAUUGUUUUUUUUUGUGAAUAUGGUCAAUGUAUUAAUGACUGCAUUCAGAAAGGUUUUAAGAAAGAUUUCACCUACUGGUCUCUUACUAGGUGACUAAAUGUUUUCAACUUUAAAAAAGAAAAAGAAAUAAAAUACAGAAUAAGUCAAAAGGAAAAAUCCACUCAAAUCCCAGAAUAUGAACAUCGUCAGUGUUAAAUUUUGCCUAAGCUACCAUUUUGGAUGCAUUGUUUUUUGGUGCGUCCUUAAUAUUGACUCACCCUGUAAUUUAAUUAAUAUGUUAAAUGAAAUGUGAAAAGAGUCCAACUAUAUAUAUGUUUUCCCAUUAAGGCUUGUAUUUACUUAAAAAAAAUAUAGAUUUUGCCAGGAAUUAUUUAAUACCUUUAAAAUGUGACUCUCAUUUCCAGAGAAUUUACUGUUCUUCAUUCAUUCCCCUCAAUUAACAAUAUUGCAGAAUUUACUGGGGUACACACUCAGGCAUCCACAGAGAAAUUCCUUACGAUCACACAAGCGUUUGCAUACUUUGCCCAGUGUCCUUAAUAAUAAAUAAUAAAAUCUCCCCCAAAAAAUCUAUCCAUUUAUUUAAAGAAAUUUAGCAUAACCUAUCAUUGACUAUGCUGACUGAACAAUUAGCUAAUUGAUUGUGCUAUUGCCUUGGAAUUGGCAGUGCACCUUUAACUCUCUGUGCUUUUCUUUCACAUGUGUAUGACAUGUUUCCCCCAGUUCGCUAACAUUCCAGAACUCUUUAUGUGUAAGUGAGUACACAGUUAAUAGGAGAUCUGUAAAUUAGGCACCUUCAGUUUAAAGAGGAACUGUCACUGGCCCCCACACUGAAAAUUUUAUAUUUCAUAAAGAUCUAAUUUUUAUGAAAUACUAAUUAUGAAUGUAUUAGAAUUUCACUGAAAUUCCAACCCAGUCAAGAGAUAUACUGACACAAAGUAGGAACUGUAUAUUUCAAAUGCCUGACACUUCUAGAUACUGGACAGAGCUACCCCCAUCCAGAAGUGUCAAUUCCCCCAGCCAUCUCCAGUUAUGGCUGCAGGAAUUGGCUCUGUCAAUGGAGAAUCCCACAGUCCCUCUGGAUCCUCCAUAAACCUCAACACUGUACUCUUGCCCAUGCACAAGAGGGACAGGUUCACAUAAGUAGAACCCAGCUUUAUCUGCCCCCUGGCCACCAGACCCCAGCAGUGAUGUCUACGCCAGGGGACUUUGUGAAUUCUGUAAUGUCCCCAGACGGUGACAGUGCCACUUUGAAGAAGUCUUAUUCCCAGCACACUAAAUACAUCUUCAUAAUAAAAUUGUGUUUGAUAUAAUGCUUAUUUUGAAUCUCUUUCAACAUUUAAACUGUGUUUAAUAUUUUGAAUAUUUAGUAAUAUAUUGUUUUAUGGAAGUAUAAGAUUAUAAAAAGAAAAUACAUUUUUUCCAUAAUAUUUUUUUUUUAAAUAUACUUAUAUUAAUAAAAAACAUAUGGCUAAUAUCAUUGCCAUUGUGGAGCUUUUGAAUAAGCAAGUUUUGUCACCCAUCUUGGUGGUGGUUUCAUUUGCAAGCAAGAUGACUUUUAUUAAUAGCAGAUAGAUACAGUCUAUCUCUUUCUACUUGGACACCUGUCAUAUGCUGCCAUCAGAUCGUUACUAGUGAAUCAGAAAACGCUAGCAGGGGACAUGACUCGAUAAAAUUGAACAAAUCUACCAUCUCUGCCCAUUUCGCUGUACUCUGCAGGGAGCAGACCAUCAUUUGGAAAGAAAAUGAGUGCCAGCUUUGUGCAGUCAAAAUAUUAGUCAUCGUGUUCCCUAAGCUGUCAUAAAUGCGUCAGCAUGUCAGCUAAGAUACUUGUAAGCUCCUGCUGGCUCUGGAGAGAUGAAACAAAUGAAAUUAUAUCUGAAUACUAAAUGUAUUCAUUAUUUGUCACUCUUUUUAACACCGCUGGGCCCUACUUGUAUGUAUUACAAAACACCCAAGUAGAAGAUUAAUGUAGAAUCACAUGCUUAUGUGAUAUGUGCAAAACCAUAAAAAUGACCUCCAUAAUCAAUUUUUUUAAUCUUUACUCCUUUAUAAUUAUUAUAUACAAAAUGCAGUCCAGCUCACAAGUAUUUGGACAGUGAUACUAAUUUUUGCCUUGUUGUCCUCAGCAUAUUGAAUUUGAAAUGAAACAUUUAGCAACAGUGCAGACUGGAAGCUUUAAUUUAAAAGUACGGUUUUACAUAGUCCCUCCAGGUCAGAUGAUCAUGCGAAUUGUCAGUUCAUGGUUAAACUGUCCCGUGACCAGGUGUAAAGUCCCUGGAAUUCCAACUUACUUAAAACUAGACUUGUGCAUUCAGUUUCAAAUGAAUUGCCUUUAAUCCAAAUUUUGGGAGGUUAUCCAAAUUCCAUAACUCUGAAUCGGCAUUUGGACGUACCACAAAAGAAAUGGACAGUGGAGGAACAGUUUUGUUCGAUUUGUGAUUUGGAGUUCUGCCCAUGGCACCAAAGUAAGAGAUAAUUGAUGGUUAGAAUACAGCCACUAAGUAUCUAUUUUAUUCACAGAUAAGUGAGAAGUGACCAAUAGAGGGGAAAAAAGGAAGAUCAGUAAAGAAAAAAAUAUAUAUUUACAUAUUAUUUGGAGGCCAAGGCAACACCUUGAACUCUUUGCCAUGUUCCUCAAACCAUUCCUGAACAAUUCUUGCAGUGUGUCAGUGUGCAUUAACCUGCUGACAGUGACCACUGCCAUCAGGGAACACCAUUGCCAUGAAAGGGUGUAGGUGGUCUGCAACAAUCUCUAGGUAGGUGGUACAUGUCGAAUUAACAGCCACAUUAAAGCCAGGACCCACGGUUUCCCAGCAGGACAUUGCUCAGAUCAUAACACUGCCUCCACCAGCCUUCCUUUUUCCCAUAGUGCAUCCUACUGCUAUCUCUUGCCCUGUUGACGAUGCACCCGGCCAUUCACCUGUUCAUUAGACGAGGCAACAUUCCUCCAUUGCCUAGUUAUCACCCUCAUGUCCCCAUUUAAAGUGCUUUUGUGAGUGUAGCGGAGCUCCCUGUACCCUGACUGGGUAGCUCUGCCAAAAAACGCUUCCUAGCUGGAACAGGGGAAAACCUCAGCGCUUCUGCCCCAGUUGCCGUGGCUUGACUGGGGUCCUCCUGGAGCCUCUCCGUCCUGGAACAGGAUACCCUAUGCCCUCCCAGGGACUGGACGACACACAGUGCUGGGAGCUCUAGUCCUUACAAGGACUUUCCCUGCUGAUCCUCCACGAGCUGGAAAAAGGUGCUAAGCAGUGAUUAUAGCUCUUCCCCUCCAGUAACUAGGUGACAAAUAGCUCUGGGAGUACAAGUGAUUUAUUCCAGGCCACACACAGCUUUUAUGCAAAGACCCCUACAUUGGGUCUCCAAUACAAUAAAACAGGGGUUUCAAUCCCCAAAUCCUCUGUGCCUGGGAGAUAAUUGCGUGAGGAAAACCUAUAAUUCUAUUAUCUCUCAGGUACAGAAAAUCCAUACAAAAUAUACAGUACCCCAAAAGUGCCUGGGAGAUAAUUGCGUGAGAAAAACCUAUAAUUCUAUUAUCUCUCAGGUACAGAAAAUCCAUACAAAAUAUACAGUACCCCAAAAGUGCCCCCACCAUAACUAGGAUCACUCAGAUCAGUUCAGUGAAACUGGAAUGCCACUGGGUAAAGUUUUGACCGGCUGGACACAAGGCACUAGCCCAAAACUGUUCCAGGAGAAUAGGUACCUUGGCCGGUCUCUGUUCGGAGGUUCCUGUGCGAAUACCAUGCAAGGGAACCUCUUAGUUUCAGGGUACAAAUGCUCCCCCUGUUCAGUAGUUCAUAUCUCCCGAACGUUGUUCGUAUAGGUGGGCAGUGGUCUAAUCUUUACUGGGGUUUGUGCGAGUGCCUAGCUGAAAAGAGUUCUAGGCACUCGAGGACCAAGUGCAACUGCCCAUGUUCAGGAGACAAGAUGGAGAAGCAUUCAUGAAUUACUUCCCUUGCGGUUUCGCACUUAAGUUGCUUGUGUGAAUGUACUAAUGGGGUACAGGGGUGGUCCUUGUUCAGGAGGUGAAUAGAUGGUGUUUGUAUAUAAUAACUCCUGAAUGGAAAAAGGGAAAAAACACACAAACAGGGGAAAAGUAUACAAAAUUGGUGGUAGGUUCUGCCAUUGUGAGUGGACAGGGGUCAUCAUGGGCACUAUAUGUUCUGACACCUUUCUAUCAUGGACAGCAUAAGUUUUUCAGCAAUAAGAGCUACAGUAGAUGUGCAAUUGGACCUGUGUGAUCGGACUAGAUGGGCUAGCCUUUGCUCCCCAUGUGCAUCAAUGAGCCUUGGGCACCCAUGACCCUGACAUUGGUUCACCGGUUGUACUUCCUUGUACUACUUUUGGUAAAUACUAACCACUGCAUAUUGGGAACAUCCCACAAGACUUGCUGUUUUGGAGAUUUUUAGGUAUAUAAUAUCAAUUUCAUAAUAUUAUCAAACAAAUGUAAAAAGUUAAUAACUAGUUCAUGUGGUAAUCUUUUAUUCUACAGAAUUCUGAAUUCCGUGAAUUUUUGCUGACCAAACUCAUCAAUGCAGAACAUGCCUGCUGUAAAUCUGACAAGUUCGCAAAACUAGAGGUAAGUAACACAUUAUGGGACUUUUAGGAUGAAGUGCAGCUAAAAUAUGUAAUGCAAUGCCUAAUCACCUACAUCUUGCUGAAAGUCAGUGUUCAAUCAUAAUUUUAUCACAUGACAGGAGGCUUCGUAUUUUGCAUAAUCUUUCUUUACUAUCUCCAUAGCAGCAAAGAAAUGAGUGACAAAACUUUUAACCAAUCACAACGUAGAAUAGGGUAUAAGAGGUGAGACCUAUGACAUCAUUUCCUCUUUCUUUGCUGCUCCAUCACAAGCUAAGUACCAAAUUUUGUAUUAUCUAUUCAACAUACACUUUUCAUUUCCAUGACCUUUUGUUUCACUGUACCUUAUAUAUUUACCCUAUUAAUGCUCUUAACCCCUGUAUACCAGGGGACCCUGUCUGGCUCCCUAACUGUCUUUCACGGCUUUCCCGCCGUCUGUACUUUUCCUCCAUUUUCUCUGUUUCUCUUUAACAGUUUUCUGUUCUUUCUACCGAACGCGUUAUUCGGUAGUUUUGCGCAUUCGCCUGUUUUACUCGAAUGCCCGCGCGACCGCACAUUGACUAUUCGUUUCUAACUACCGAACGCUUCGUUCGGCAGUUUGACGCGAUCGCCUUUUUAAACGUUCGCAUCUAUUUCUAUUCGCACGUUCGGCAGUUCGCAUAGAUUUUCUAUUCACGUUCGGCAGUUUUAUGCGAAUGGCAAGCUUACAGUUUGCCGCCCAAACUGGGGGAGGUACUAUUCUCCACACACUGAGCCUGUCAGUCCGGCGGCCAUCUUAAAGAGAUAGACACUGCCUGAUUUUUCUGCUCCUGCUAUUCCAACAAGCAAUUGAAAGCCUUACCCUUUUUCACUCAGUGGGACCAGGUUAGUGCCUUACACUUGGGGUUGGUUUAGCCAGUUGGUCUGCACCUUAUUCUGGCCGGGGUGAGCCCCCAUUUUACGCUGCUAAACGGUCCUGUUUAUGCAGGUUCCGAUCACCUGGGUGAGCCCCAGUGAAUCAGCCCUCUCCUCUACGACCUACCGGUCUCUAACCACAGGUUAUUUAGUCCUGAUACCAUACCACCCCGGUCCCCAGGCCUCUCCAUUAAUCGUGCCUAGUGCCCUCACGCAAUUUACCGGGUGAGCCCCGAAUCCUCACUCCUCAUAAUGGAGGAAUCACAAACCCCAGACCUCCAGGCCAUGAUAACAGCAGCCGUGGCUGCAGCCAUGGAACAAGCCGCUUCCAAGUCGCUCCAAACAAACCCUGAGGUUCCCAGGCCCACCUCUAAACGGGUUCAUUAUAAGGCGGACUCCGAAGACUCUGACUCUUCCAGGGAACACUCCCAACAGCGAAAACGCCAUUGGAAGGGCAAUGUAACCCCACGCAAGGCUAAAGGGAAAGCCCCUGCUGAUCGCAGGAAAGCCACGGUUCGUGCUACCCACGAUGCCACACAACUUUCCUCAGGUGAGGAAGAUGUAGAACCCACUCAGGCACUAGCUGUGCUGGAUGAAUGGCAGGCGGCAGCCUCUGACCAGGGGGACUCUGACAGGGAUUCCACGGCCAACUCUGACCCUUACUUCAUAAGGGAACAGGGUCUGGGUGAGCCCCAGGACUCCAUGGCAACAUCCAUUGAUAACCCACAGGAGGGCUCGGAGAUUUUCCUCGACAAUUCGGGCCUCCAAAUGUUUGACCCAAGAAACAUCCGGCACCCCCGUUCGGAAGAAUGGUCUCCACCUGAGCAUUUGGCAAGGUUUAUGCACUUCUGGCUCAGAAAACCGCUAGACAAGGAGGUUAGAAACCGGAUGAGAUCCGAAUGCCCUCGCCCUAGUCUACCGGACAAAGUGACGCACACCCCCGAGUUUGACCCGCUCAUGACUACGUUCAUGUCCCGAGGGGGUCGGGAUCCGCGCAAGGGCAUAGAGCGCGGCUUUAAAGGAGCGCAAGAUAAGCUGCUAGAUGCCAUUGGGCCACUAGCCAGAAUCAUGGAUAUGGCGGAUGAAGCCUAUGAGAGGGCUGACACUUUUACCCCAGAUACGGUGCGUGAAUGGGCACGAGAUACCCGUGAAUGGGCACAAAGGUGUUUCUGUUUCUUAGGGAACACCAACGUAGCCCUCUCUUCGGAGAGGCGCCGAGCAGCACUUUACCGUAUCGACGAAAAACUGGUCGAACUGGGGGAUAAGGAAUUAGGACCCUUAGCACAGGGUAAACUAUUUGGAGAGGCCUUCCUUAAGGAAUUAAAUAAAAGGGUCAACAUAUUCACGUCCCUUAACAAGGCACAAUCUUCAAUGCGGAAAGUCUUCCGCGGUUCCCACACCCGUGGUGUUUUUGGAAGGGCUGGACGGCAGAGGGGCCGUGCCGCCAGCCGUUUUUGGCCAUCCGGCCCCCGUACAACAAGGACUCAGAUGUUCUACCCAGACUCAUCUAGUCGAAAUAGAUUCAACCACUUCAGGGGAUCUGAUCGUGGCCGAGGCACCCGAGGACGCUCACGAGCAAGAUUCUCCAACGGUAAGUCGGAAUCUUACUCUUCCUCUAACCCCCUGUCAUAUCGCAGGUCGUGUUUCUCUUUUUUUCCAGAACUGGAAAGAACUAUCUUCAGAUGCGUGGAUAAUCCAAACGGUGCAGGGCUAUCGAAUAGAGUUCGACUCGACCCCGCUCCAGCUGACCCCUCCACGUCCAAUCCAGACUACACGAGCAGAUGCCCGCCUCAUAGACGCGGAACUCCGAGAACUCCGCUCCAAGGGUGCCAUUCAACCGGCUCCGGAUGCCACCGGUUUCUACAGCAAUAUCUUCCUGGUCAGGAAGAAAACAGGCGAAUUUCGCCCCGUUAUCAAUCUCAGGGAGCUCAAUUCGCAUGUAGUAUAUCGACACUUCAAAAUGGAAGGUAUACACCUCCUCCGGGACUUGCUUCGACGCGACGACUGGUUCACUCGUCUGGACCUCAAAGAUGCGUACCUUACCAUUCCGGUACACAGAAGCAGCCGUCCCUACCUCCGCUUCUUCUGGCACGGGAUUCCUUGGCAGUUCACCUGUCUCCCGUUUGGCCUCAGCUCGGCCCCGUGGUGUUUUACCAAGAUCAUGAAGCCGGUAGUGGCAAAAAUCAGAUCCCAAGGUAUAAGAUGCAUCAUCUACCUCGACGAUAUCCUGAUCUUCGACGAGGAUGCAGACACUCUGCGGAGACAUACGGAAUACGCACUACACCUUUUGGACUCUCUGGGUUUCGUCGUCAACCGUCCCAAGUCCGCAUUGACUCCGGCUCAAUCUGUUCAAUUCCUCGGAUUCGUAAUAGACUCCACUUCAUGCACUCUUCACCUCCCGGCUACCAAAAUUACGGCAAUCCGCAGGGAAAUCCGGAAAGUCCUUCGUCGGACUACCAUACCCCUACGAUUACUGGCACGGAUCGUAGGCCUUCUCUCCGCGUCCAUCCAGGCCUUUUUUCCCGGGCCCCUGCACUACAGGGCCAUGCAACGCCUCAAGGCAAGUUUCCUUCGCAGACAACCGACAUACGACCAACCGGUUCCAAUGUCGGUCGAAGUUCGGGAAGAACUACACUGGUGGCUGAAUUGCAUGCAGGCUUGGAACGGCAGGGCCAUAUUCGGGAACCAGCCAGACUUCGUGCUGGAAUCGGAUGCCAGCCGUUCAGGCUGGGGGGCAACAGACGGAACCACGUCCACAGGAGGAGUCUGGACUUCCGAAGAGCUCUCGAUGCACAUAAAUUGCCUGGAACUCUUGGCCGGGUCCUUCGCCAUUCGCAGCCUGGCAAAGGACCGAUCCAACUGCUGCAUCCUACUCCGCAUGGACAACGUCUCAGCGGUCAGAUACAUCAACCGCCUUGGAGGCACUCGUUCUCGAACACUGGCGGAUCUCACGAAAGAGAUCUUCGACUACUGCCUACCACGCAACAUCACCUUGCUGGCAGAGCACUUACCAGGAGACUCCAAUACGACGGCGGAUUGGUACUCACGCCACUGGCGGGACGCCAGCGAUUGGCAGCUAGACCCUCACAUUUUCGCGCUACUGGAUGCACAGAGGGGACCUCUCUACCUAGACCUUUUCGCGUCCCGCAACAAUCGACAGACAGAAGUUUUCUUCAGCUGGCUCCCAGACCCGGAGAGCCUCGCAACGGACGCUUUUCUCCAACAAUGGCCAAGGGACGGCGCCUACGCAUUCCCUCCUUUCGCAAUGAUAACGAGGGUCCUUCACCGGAUCCGUCUACAGGGAGUGAGAGUAAUUCUCAUCACGCCGCUCUGGCAGAGCCAGCCAUGGUUUCCGGACCUUCUGGAACUCUCAAUCAACGACCCACUCCUCCUUCCAGAUGCCCCAACCAUCCUCAGGAAUCCAUUGGGCCUUCCUCACCCACUAGUCCUGCAGGAACGCUUGCCCCUUGUGGCCUGGACUCUUUCCGGGGUUCCUGGAGAACCGAGGAAUUAUCGCAGGAAACUAAGGACCUGCUAUGGGAUUCAUGGGCACCAGGAACUAGGAGGUGCUACUUAUCAGCAUGGCACUCCUGGACAAGUUGGUGUGUGGGACGGGACCUCAAUCCCUUUACUGCACCUACUCACUCCAUCAUGAAUUUCUUAACUUCACUUUUCACCGCAGGAAAGUCAUACCGUUCCAUCAAUGUGGUACGGUCAGCCAUCUCAGCGGCUCACACUCCGAUACAGGGGAUUCCUGUUGGUAAGGACCCGCUCAUCUGCAGACUUCUCCGCGGUAUGCGCCUACGGCGCCCCCCGGAACCUAAAUACUCUAGUCUCUGGGACGUUGGCGUGGUCCUUCAAUUUUUACGUAAUUGGCCUCCCAACGAAAAACUAUCACUCCGCCAACUUACCGCAAAAUUCACCCUCCUGCUCUGUCUGGUUUCCUUUCGACGGGUAGCGGACGUACGCGCCUUUGAUGCCAACGCGUUUACUUUCUGUCCGGCGGGUGUCACCUUUCAGAUCUCACGUCGCACUAAGUCCAACUCUCUCUCGGUCUUCUACCCUUUCUUCCCUUCUGACCCUCAACUCUGCGUGGUCUCAACCCUCCGUCACUACGUGGAAGCCACCGCGACGUUGCGGCAACCUUCCACUCAUCAACUUCUCAUCUCUUACGUCCGCCCUUAUGGUCCGGUCUCGGUUACUACACUGGCCAGAUGGGUCAGGUGGCUACUAUCCCUUGCCGGUAUUGACCAAACUUUUGGAGCACACUCCGUUCGUGGGGCAGCGGCCUCUUCCGCUUAUGCGGCAGGCGCGUCCCUCUCGGACAUUUUACGAGCAGCGGACUGGACCAGAGAAUCUACCUUUAGGACAUUCUACUUUCGUCCUCUUGAUAAUCCGGCAUUUGCUUUUCUUUCUCAGCGUUGAAAUUGCAAAAUACGAAGCCUCCUGUCAUGUGAUAAAAUUGAAGAUUAUGCUAGCUUUAGUGUACAGAUAAUCUUAAUUUUAAUAAUGACAGGAGGCGAGUAUUUUCCCUCCCUGUUCUCUUUCGUUCUUCCCUCCCUUUAUUUUCACUUCUACCUACUACACUUUGCUCUCUCAUAUGUUGGUAUAAUACCUGACACGAUAGCUCUUGUUUAACUGCCUUAUUUACAUCAUAGAGAUUUAUAUAUUUAUAUUGUUUGGGUGGGAUACUUAUUUAACACCGCUAGGGAGGACGUUUAGUUUAUUUUAUUCUCAUGUUACUAGACGAUAUUAAAGUUGAAUUACGGGACAGACAUCCUUUGUUUUAUACAAUCACUUCUGGACUCUAACGCACCUUAUACUCUCGUUUCAGCUUAACCAGGAGCUACACGGAAUCAUUAAAGUCUCCUUGCAAGAUGUCGUCAUCAUCGCAUCAGGAGAUUCAUCAUCAGGUCUUCGUAGACCAUCGUUUGACAAGGACACGUCUUCAUCUGCAUUCUACCUGUUCCGAUUCAGUUUAUUCUGAUUAAGUUUCCAGUUUCUUGUUCUAUGGACUUCUCAGCUGUUCGGUUAAUUUUUUCUACUUUUUGGUCUUGUGAUGUCGCAAGUUUAAAAGAGGAAAUGAUGUCAUAGGUCUCACCUCUUAUACCCUAUUCUACGUUGUGAUUGGUUAAAAGUUUUGUCACUCAUUUCUUUGCUGCUAUGGAGAUAGUAAAGAAAGAUUAUGCAAAAUACUCGCCUCCUGUCAUUAUUAAAAUUAAGAUUAUCUGUACACUAAAGCUAGCAUAAUCUUCAAUUCUCUCAUCUGUCAUAGGAUAGGACUAGAGCUGCACUUUUAGACAAUCUUCAUGAUGACCUUCACAUGCACACACAAGUCAUGCUUGGCCUUGGCCCAGAAGAAGACAAACUGGAGAAUGGAGCUCAUGGUGGAUUCCUGGAGUCAUUCAAGGUAAGAAACUAGAACAUUGCUAAAGAUCAAUAGCCACAAUAUAAUAUCAGUCAUUUUUAGAAUCUAAAAUAUUUCUUACGUCUUCAGUAUCUAAGGAAGGUGUCUUGAAAAGUACUACUCUGCAAGGUCAAUGUAUAUAUGAUAUGACUUUAAAUAUUUGAAUAGCAAAUUCUUUUUAUAUUAGUUAAAUAUUAUAGGAAAUUGCAGGGUUAAAUUUAGGUAAGUGUUUAAGAGGCCAGCUCUUUCUCCAAUGUUUUGCACCCUUUUAGUAACGAUGUAGAUUUCAUAAAUAUCACGUAGUAGGAAACCACUUACUACCAAAAUUGCGUUUAUCUAUUAUAACUUUGUUUUGCAUGGCAAAGCAAUGUAAGAAGAAAAGUAGCCCAAAAUAUCCCGCUUACUUUAUUAUUUGGUCCAGAAUUGUCUUAAUACAUUCUAACACUCAGGGAGGUGAAAGGGAGAGAAUUAACUAAAUGUAUCAUUAGUACAACAUGGAUUUUUUGUAAGAUGCUGUUUUUACCUUGCAAAGCCAUUUGUAGUACAACAUAUCAUUGUAAUUGUAAUUAUUGAGCAUUAUACCCAUGUGUAAUCAUUAUCUUAACAUUCUGUUGUCUUUUUAAAAGCUGAAUUACUAAAAACACAGUUAGGUUCAUUAUUGAUACCCUAAACAUGUAUUUUUUGUCACAGCUAUUGAAUGUGAUAAAAAUGGGUCUUCUACAUUCAAGUUAAUGUAAACCAUGUUGGGAAUAUUAUUUUUAAAAAAACGAAUAGCAUUUAGUCUCUAAAAAAACAUCUCCUCAAUUUUUUUUAUAAAGGGUGAACAAUUUAAUGUAAAAUUAAAGUACUGUAAAUUCACAUAAUUUAAUGUUUUAUGUAUCUCCCAAAUGACAGAGAACUAUACACAGAAUUGCUGAUUGUCUAUCUAUGCAUUACCGUUUUUUUCAUCCUAAUCACAAUAUCAUAUCUUGGGCCAUGGGUGAGUUUGGUUCUAGGAAGAAACAGUAAUACAAAUGCAAUCUCAUUCCUAUCAACUAGAUAUUGGUUCAAACAUAACAAAUAAUAUUACUAUUAGUAGGCAGUCUAUAAUUGAUUUUGUAGCAGUAAUGAUAUGGCUUUUUUCUGACAUCUUACAAAAAUGAUUAGUUUAUUUUUAUCUAUUUGUGACAGUAAUUUACAAUUUAUGUUAUUUGGUGGCCAUAAAUGUAGGAAUAAUUAUUUGAAGGUGAUACAACUAGGAGACUUUUUCCUCUUUUUAAUUUUCUCUUGCUAAUGAAAAGUCCUUAUCUCGCCUUUUUUUUCCUGGAAAUUGUGUUUGAUAUUAAAUUAAUGAAUGCAUGCAUAACGGAGAGAAGGAUGCUAGACAUCCCACAACUGACUUGACUGAUUAUUAUACAGUACUUGCUGUGUCAUGUCAGACAGCACACCUGGACUGGGCAUUGAGCAAACUGAGCACAUGUCUGGUGGUGAAUAAGAAUUGUGGGCCAAGGAUAGUUGGAAAUAUAAUGGACUCUUCCAAACUGGCCAAUAAAAAAAAAUAUAUAUAUAACCUGGUGGCCUCAUGGUAGAGCUACAGCUUACCACUACCUGUACAGGCCCAUAUUAAAGUGAGAUAACAUGAAAAUGGGACAGAUCUGUACCCUAUAUGAGUCAAUUCAAGAUACUAAUCCUUACCUAUAAACCUCUAAACAACUCUAGACCUUGUUACAUUUAUUCACUAGACACCUUUUCAGUCUCUCCUCUCUGCCGGUGACCUUCUCCUGUCUGUUGCUCGCACCCUUACUAUUAAUUCAGUGCUUGCAGGACUUCUCACAAGUGGGUACAAGCUGCCUACACUCAUCACACUCUCCCCUAGUCUUCAAUCAUUUAAUAAGUCCAUCAAGACCCACCUCUUUAGAAUUCUUAUGGCCUCCCAGAAUAAUGUCUCUUUCACAAACCUGUCCCUCGCUCUCUUAAAAAAAGGUCACACUAGACUCUCAUCUUCCAGUUCUGCUACUUUCCCACCUUGUUGUUUGGUUGCAAUCCCACACUCUGCCCUUCCUAUUGUGUUUUUAUACACCACAUCCUUUACAUUGUUAGCUCAUUUGAGCAGGGUCCUUAUCAACCUAUUGUUCUUGUAACAUUUUGUAAUUGUCUAAUUUAUUGUUAAAUUUCCCCCUGUAUAAUAUUGUAAAGUGCUACAUAAUAAGUUGCGCUAUAUAAAUGCCAAUAAUAAUAAUAAAUCAGGAGCCUGUGAAGAAAACAGCCCAGACUUUUAUAUCUCCACACGUUGUAUUAGCAGGGAAGGGGGAACAAACUGUCAGAUAAUAUACCCUGGUCUCCAUUAUAACCAGAAAAAUGUAGAGACGAGGGUUUUGGUCAAAUUGGGCAAAAUGUGUACACAAUAAAUUUUGGGUCUGGCUUUGUUUCUGGAUAUAUCUAGUAUUAUCAUAACAACUUUUCCAUGAUGCUCUUCUUGCAUUUCAGAUAUGUGUAGUGACCUUUGAACUAUAGUCAUUUGGAAGCUUUAAGAAAGGGACUGCUGUUCCUCUUUAAGUUGAUUCUAAAUCAAUUGCACAUCCCUCUGAUAAUUGGAGUGGUAAAAUAAGAGCUGUCCCUCCUACCACAACACAUAUACAUAAAUACUCCUUUUGUAAUCAGGCAGCCCAUGGCCAGAUGGUAUGUUCAGAUACUGGGAUUACUGCCAAACUGACAAUUAGUGUGGAUUGAAACAACUGCACAAUAGUUAAUUAAAGAGCACUGGUCGGCAUUUAGUUUGAUUUCAAUUUCAAAACUGAAUCCCCGAGUUUGAUCAGCAUUUAAAACCUGGGUAGCUUGUGUCACUUUGGCAAAUGGCGGUCGACUAGUACUAGCAAACUACAUGUUUCAUUAAUUGCGUGUGAUUGCAUCCACCUUCUAAGGUUAUUUUCAAUUACAUGUUUAUUUUUGACAAGCAUUUUUAAUAAGCAAUAUAGUUUGCACAGAACCACAAAUUGGAGCCAGGGGCCCAGUUCCAUAAGGGAGGUCUUUCAAUUAUGUUUAACUUCCCACAUUCUUAAAAGCCCAGCAAUUUAGUAACAGUUGUUAGACUACCUUUAUCACUGGAAUCUGUACAGAAUUAUAGGUUAUGCACAGCAGCUACAGCAAGAUGUACAGUACGGAUCCAUAGAGAUCUGAACCAACCAGCUGGCUUCUUCUUCUAGGCUCAAAUGAUUGCUGGCACAGUUUGUAUGACAUGAAAAUGUGUUAUGUUUUAGCAAUGUAAUUAAAAUUCUAAUUGCAAUAAAAAAAACUAUAAAAAAAGUCUGCUGUAGCGGUUAUGGUCUCAGAAGUUCCCUGGUGCCAUACCAAUGUAAAGAGUGGACCUGUUUUCAAAAGGUUUGAAAUGUAGUUAGGUCCUUUGGGUGCCCAGAGCUGCAUGUUUAUAGCGAUUAGAGUGAUUUUUUGGAGAUGAAACUCAUUCUCACUUUCCAGUAUAGCCAUUCCUUUCCAGGAGAGUCAUUCUCAGUCAGCUAACAUUGUCAAAAAGUUAUUUUGUGAAUGAGAAAUUGAAUUUACAGUACAGUAGUUCCAGUAGUUACAGUGAUGGUGAUACAAUGUUGUUUUGUGCAGGUGAAAUGGUUAUUGCUGCUGAAAAAAAAUGGCAUUAAGCAGAAAUGCCAAAUUUAAAAAAUAUAUAUUUUUAAUGCAUUCCAACAAAGUUAUUAAUAUAAAAAAUACCUAUAUACUGGUUUUCAAAAUGAUUUUCUUAAGUCCCUAAAAUCCUACUUGUAUAGAAAAUACUGCAGCUAAGCCGAUCUGCCCCCUUUGUUAUUUAAAUCACUAACUAAUUCAUUGUUAAUGCUGGGCAGUGUCCUAUCAAAUGUUCCUCAUAGAUGAGCAUUGUAUGCACGGUAAGCACAUCUGGAAGCUAUAAAACGUAUUAAAACACAUAGAAUUAAACAUAAAUCCUAUAUAACAUAUUUAAAUAAUGUAAUACUAGAUAUUUAACAAUUUAUACGAAUAAAAUAAAAUACUCAGAUUGUGCUGGCAUAGGUCCCAGGAUGUGCUUCUCUAUGCAGAAGAUUUACUUUUUCUUCAUGUGACUUUUGAUUUCUUCUUUUUUUAUAUAAUCUCACACAGGAGGCUGCUUUGCCUUAUGAAGCAAUUAACAAUGCAAUAUAUAAUUACAGAUGUUGCUGAACUACAACUCCCAUGAUUCUUUCAAUUAAAAAUAUAGCCAGGGAAUCAUGGGAGUUGUAGUUCAGCAAUAUCUGGGGAGAGGGGGAGACAGGGGGAGGCGCAGGUUGGACAGCCUGUUCUAAAUGAACAGUUUGUUUACAGGAAGAGUUUAGAGAGGCUGUGUAAGUCACAGUCAGAGGAGGUGUGGCUAGGGCUGCAUAAAUAAAGUGAUUUAACUCCUAAAUGGCAAAGAAUUGUAUGGUGAAAAUGAAGGGCAAGAUUUUUGCACCAAAUCACUUAAUUGAAUGUGUAGGUGCUUAGACUGACCAUUUAAUCAUUAAAGUCCAAUUGUACAGCCAAUCCUCAAAAUACAUGUACAAUAGAAAAAACAAAUAAAAAGCAUAGAUUCACUGAAUGCGGUUCAUCUGAAGAAAUCUCUAGUUCCUAAAUCUGAAUAUUCCAUUUUAUUAUAUUAAGAUCUGAAAAUCAAUACACAUUUUUAGCAAAUUGUAUAUCAGCCAUCAGAUUGUAAAUAAGCCCCCCAUGCUUCCUCAAGUAAGAGGAAGUACCCUUGGGGCUAAACUGAAAUUAUAUAUAUAUAUAUAUAUGUCUGACUGAACAAUGGUCAGUGAGCAUAUCAUCAUUACAAUUUCUACACUGUCACAUUUUUUACACUUUUGUACAUUCUCCACUUUGAAUUUUGGAAAAUUACUUUUUGAGGGUUGCUGUUUAUGAAAAAAAAUUAUUCUCCAUCCCUCUAGUUAACUCUAACCAAUGUUUGGGAAUGGUAGUUUAAAAUAUUGGAAUAUUUGGAUAAACAAUCAGGCCAAUCUAACUGUCCUAUGUCAUCAGAUUAAGAUUAUAAGUGCAAAACAUCCAAAGGAACAUCAUCUCAUGAUAGAAUACAUAAUUGAAUACCUCUGGAAUACAGUUGUUGAUGCAUAUCCAUCUGGAAAGGAUUACAAAGCCAUUUCCCUAAUGCUUUUCAGCUUCUCUGAACUACAGACAAAGCCAUGUUGUCCAAAUGGAGAAAUGGAACACUAAAGGAUGUCUAUGCUGCCAAGAUCUUUCCAAGAAGGUGUAAAACUAUCCACAGAGCAACAAAGACAUCUAGAACUGCCUGACUUCUACAGGUUACUCACCUGUGGUCGUUUACCAUAACACCACCAGAAGACAUUGGCUACAUAUUGGAUGCAUGGUGGAGCAGCCUGAUGGAAACCCUUACUUACUAAAGCAGCAUGAAUAUUUUUCCUGAGUUUGCCAAAAAGCACCUGGAUAAUCUCUAAGACCUAUGGAGCAAAUAUCUACAGACAGAUUAAAUAAAAGUGGAACAUUCUGAAAGAUAACACUCUGUUAUACCUUGCAAACUUCCCAGUCAACAGCCAAUUGGUGUGGUAGAGUGGUGGAUGCAGUGCCAUGGACUGGAUAUCAUUUGCUGCAACAGGACAUAUUGCCAUCCUUAACAAAACCUUUUGAUUACUGGUGGUGUGGUUGAGUGACUGGUAUCACCAUUCAGCAAAGUUUAACAUCAUUUGAUCAUUCUAUAUAUUUAUUCAUUAAUUUAUUUAUGUUAAACAUACAUAUCACUAUGUGUACAGUCUGUUAGCUGGAUAAUCAUUACAAAGUGCCCAGUGUGUGUUUAAAAUGUGUCACUGAGUUAAAGUAGUUGUGUAAGGGAGAGGGGGUUAUGAUUUCUCUGUAGCUCUUUACAAUCAUUAAGUUAAUUAUCAAUAACUAAUGCUGAAGUUACAAGGUUGUGAUUAUAUAUAUUUUCCCACAGAUCAAUAUAUGUUGCAUAAAAUUAUCUACUAAAUAAAUUAAAUAAGUAUCAAAUAUGUUUUGUUGUUGUUGGACUGUAUGAUGUAAAUAUAAACCCCUCUUUGUGUUUGUCAACUGUUUUUGAAAGCAAUGGCUGCAAAAGUUCACUAAUGCCAUUUUCUGGAAUAAUUUAAUCUACUUAUUGUUGGAAUUAUACCUAUAGUGUUAUUCAUUAAAGUGUAAAUUGCCAUUAAUUUAAAGUGAGAAAACUUUACAAGAGAAAAAAAAUCAACUACAUUUUCAGUUUGGUUAUUUUAAGCUAAAAUGUGAAAUUCACGUUGAAUUCAAGUUUAAGUGAAUAACCCUGUAUAUGCCCAACAACAUGAAAAAAAUUGAUUCAAUAAUUAACUUUUGCUAUAUAUUCCAGACACUGAUAUUGAUCGAUUAUAAUAAUAUAGUAACUACUUUCUACUUUUAAAAUAAUUAUUUUUUAAACAUAACCAACUUAUCUAAGUUAAAGGUUUGUUCCCGCUAUGGUACUUUGUUUUACAUUUUGCAAACAAGUUGUCAAUUCACAAUGUAUCUAAGAAGAAAAUUCAAUAUCUUUAUUUUUUUACUUUUUUCUUUUAUUUUUUUAGAGAGCAAUUCGAGUCCGCAGCCAUUCCAUGGAGACCAUGGUGGGAAGUCAAAAGAAGCACCAGUCAGGAGGGAUUUCGGGGAGUCUAAGUGGAGGCAUUGUUCAUACAACUGCAGAGGUCACAAAGACCACUUUUUCCGUAAGUUGCGCUUCCUUAAAAUAGUUGUUAAGCUGUAAAAGUGCUACUGUUGAAGUAAAGUAUUUGUAUCUUUUGGUUACUUUUGAGUUGGUUCCAUAUUAUACCAGUUGUCUUUCAACAAGAGUUGUUGGACUAUCUUGUAAAUAAUAAGUACAGAAUACAUGCAAGUAAUGUUACUUAUUUAUACCUUUGCUUUUGGAGAUUUUAAGAUGAUACUGUUUAAAUUACUAUACUUAAAAUGUACCAUCUUUAGCCAUGAAUUUAGCACAGUCCAAGAUAUAAUAAGAGGUUUCUAUCACUAUUUAAAAUUCCAAAACAUUGUAGCACCAUUAUCGACCUGUGAUUCAUAUUUUAAGGAAGACAAUAAGGAUGUUAGAUGCAAUUUUGUUUAGAAUAUUGGAGAAAUAAUCAAUAUUGUCCCAUAACACUUAAAAAAUUUUGUGUUAAUAGUGUUUUUGUUGGCUUAUAUUCAUAUAUCUAUUUCUUAUUCUCUUUCUAAUGGAUUUAUUUUCUAGCCCCCGGCAGUGGUCACAAAGACACAAUCGAAGAGUCCUAUAAAACGAAGAUCUGGUCUCUUCCCUCGUCUGCACACAGGAGCAGAAACCCAGCCUGAUGGCCGAACUCGGUGGUACAUAUCUUAAUUAUUGUUCUUUUUAAGAGUCAUAGUUAAAUAAAAAAAUUUGUUCUGUUGGUGUUAUUAAAGUUGGCAGCAAAAGUUAAAAAGUAAAGGUAGCUAAUAUGAUAAAUAUAUAUAAGAUCACACUGUAAUUUCCUAAUGUAAUUUCUUACUAGAUAAGGGUUCUUCUGGUACUUGGCAGACGAACAACUGUUUGCAUUAGUCUAAAUGUAUAAAAUGACAGUGUUUCUAAUAAAAUUGUAGGUAUAGCUAAGGUGGCAUGGAAUUUCUAAGUAAUAUAUCUACCAAAUAGCUUUGUACCAGAAAGAUUAUGGAGAGACCAAACACUGUAAAACACCCCACAGAGCAAAUACAAAAAUUAAUGUUAUGCAUCACCUGCAUAUUUCAAGUUGGACUUGAGAAGGCAUUCUUGGGCACAGGAACUUGAGAAAUUGUGUUUCCACAACUAUCCUAGAGAUCCCAGAUAGACAUGCAAAUGAGCAUAGACAAACAUCAUGUUUCAGUUUUCAUAUUGCAUUUCUGCAAAUAAGCAUGGCAAUGAACACUGUUUUAAACUCACUUUUUUUGUUUUUAAACCAAAGCAUGUGCUAUGAUCCAUGGGCCAUAACUAAGGGUAUCUGUGCUUCACAACAAGUAUACAAACUUUAGUUCUGCCAAUUAAUUAUGUUGUUUUUUUCCAUAGUGAUAGUGUAUCUUCUACUCAAAAAACUCCAGAUGGUGGACAGUCAUCUCAGGACAUCAAGUCUGAAACAUCUUCCAAUCCUAGCUCGCCGGAAAUCUGCCCCAACAAAGAGAGGUAAUGAAUGUUCAUGGAUAGACUUUGUUCUUAUGAUUUAAUGUUUUACGUCAAUGAAAACAUUUAAGAAUUUUCGUGAAGCCAAAAAUAGAUCUCAGUGGAGAGGUUAUGGCCGGUUAUGUUUUUGGCAGGGGCAAUUCAUCUUUCAAGUACCUAGGAUCUGUAAAUUAACAUUUGGAUAUAAAAUCUAUACACUUUAACAUACAUGAAAAUGGAAGAUGUCAAUAUAUCAUCCAUGUAAAACUAUGAUUAAGAUAAACUACAUGCUAUUCAUGAAUUGUCCUUUCUGAAAAUGUUACACUUAUGUCAACCCUAAUUAUAUUAUGCUGACUAAACUGAUCCCUCAUUACUCUGGAAAUUGAGGUCACUUAAACCUAUAUAAAAGAAGAAUUAAGUCAGUGAACUUUUUGUCUAAGGCAGUGGUUUCAAAACCAGUCAUGGCCUACCAACAGUCCAUGAUUUAUGUGUUUCCCUGUUUUAUUCCAAUGGAGAUACUGAGAAAACCUGGACUGUGGGAGGGUAUUGAGAACUGGUUUGGGAAAAACUGGAUUAGGGUUUUAAAUCUGCCAGAAGCUGAAUAAGUUACCUUGGCCUUGAAUGAAUGUGGUCUAUCUACCUCACUGUAAUAAAACAUUUCAACUAUAGGUAAUGACAUGUGAACCUUUAUAUGCAUUUCAUAUUAUAUUAUAAUAUAGAUUAUUUUACAUUAGUGCUAUAUAAAUAGCAAUAACAAUGUGUGUGUUAUCCUUGCAGUAUAAAACUAUAGGUCACCUGAAUUUUAGAGCUGGGCAACAUAUAUCUCUAUUGAAGAAACCAAAAAACGAAAUCUGUAUUGCCUAACCUUGUUUCAUCAAAUCCGCUUUGCAAUUCCCAUGUGUUAGUUGUAACUGCUACAUUUCAGAGAACAGUUAGUCUGUUUAAGUCAUUUUUUCUUAAAUUUCUUUGUCUGGAAUCCAAAUGUUGACAGCAGCAUGUCUACCCAGUCUUCAGUUACCUCAGUGACCCAUUCUUCAAUUGUAUUAUAUGAUGUAUACUACAAUUCUGACUUUCUACCAUUCUAAAGAAUUUCUCCCAAUCUGCCAGCAGUAAAAGAUUGAGAGAUCAGCUGAUACCCUCAGCCUUUUACCAGCAUCCAAAGGAGAAGAUUCUACCGUAAUGCUAGAAGAAGGUAGCGGGGCCAAGGAGAUAGGAUUUUGGUGAUAUCGGUGAUUGGCAAAAUUCCAACUAAGGUAGAUUUUUGGGGUCAGGAUUAUUUGCAUCACUAAUCACAGUCCACUAUUGAAUGAAUACAUUUAAUAGAAAGUAAAAAUUGGGAGUAGAAAUCUAGAACAUUUUGAGAAAUAAAAAGACAUGAGAAGUAAGUAGUAAUUUUUAUUAUAAACAAGGUGGCCUAAUACACAAGCUGCCAAUUGACAUUGAUAAAUGUUGUGUAUAUUCUAUCUCUUCCAGACCUUUUAUCAAACUAAAAGAAAAUGGGCGCUCCAAUAUCUCCCGUUCAUCAUCCAGCACUAGCAGUUUUAGCAGUACUGCUGGGGAGAGUGAGGCAUUAGAUGAAUAUGAGAGUGGGGUAUGUAUUUAAUGAUUACAAAUAGUGAUUCAAAUAAAUGGUUUUAUUACUUAAACUAGGAAUUAUUAAAAAAAAACUUCAAUAUGUGUUGGCACUCUGCUACUGAAUGGUGCUGGUAUUGGAGGUGUUUCCCAUAACAACCUCAAAAAAUAUACAAAUUUUAUCCAUAAAUUCAAUACCGCACUCAAAAAAAGAAUCAAUUAUUAUAUAUAUGCCAAGAAAAUUGAUUUAUUAUACAGAAGCUAUUUAUAAAUUCAUGAGUGAGAAGUGAUUUCCUUAUAAAUUCAUCAAAUUGAACAAUUUCAUCGUAUAUACAUCCCAAUAUAUAUACAAUAAUUUACAAUCUGUGUACAUAUGAAGAAUGGAGUUCAACAGUUCAUGGAUGUUUUCAGGUGGAUCCACCACUCAGUAGUUUUGUAUGGAUGAAGUAAACUUUGAAAACGGUGAAAAACAGAAGAGAGAAAAAAAAAUUUAAAAAAAUAAAAUAAAAUAAAAAUAAAAAUAAAAAAUAAUAAUAAAAUAAUAUAUAAAAUUAUAUGCCAGAAUACACAGUCCAAUUGCAUAUGAUGCAAAGAUGAAAAAUUAACGCGAAAAAAAGGAAAAAAGAAAAAAAGGAGAAAAACAUAAAAAAUAAUUGUAAUUAAUCCUAAGUAAAUGUAAAAAGAAUAAAUACAAAAAAGAAGAAAAGUUGGUUUGAUCUCACCAAUUGAAGUGUAUACAGUCAACCUUCCAAGUAGUGAAAAAAGUAGUGCAUGAUCCAAAAAGGUUAUUGUGGCACAGUCCCUUAAUCCAUCACCGGGAAAGCGAUAUCUGAACUCCUUCCUUUAUUGUACACAUGUCAAGUUGUUAUCCAGGUGGUCAGGCGUCCUGCUCGAUCAAAAACAGCUGGACUGCGCGCUCGGGACAAGCCAGUCCCUUCGAUGGCCCCUGGGACUGGCUUGUCCCGAGCGAGUAGCCCAGCUGUUUUUGAUCGAGCAGGACGCCUGACCACCUGGAUAACAACUUGACAUGUGUACAAUAAAGGAAGGAGUUCAGAUAUCGCUUUCCCGGUGAUGGAUUAAGGGACUGUGCCACAAUAACCUUUUUGGAUCAUGCACUACUUUUUUCACUACUUGGAAGGUUGACUGUAUACACUUCAAUUGGUGAAAUCAAACCAACUUUUCUUUUUUGUAUUUAUUCUUUUUACAUUUACUUAGGAUUAAUUACAAUUAUUUUUUAUGUUUUUCUCCUUUUUUCUUUUUUCCUUUUUUUUGCAUUAAUUUUUCAUCUUUGCAUCAUAUGCAAUUGGACUGUGUAUUCUGGCAUAUAAUUUUAUAUAUUAUUUUAUUAUUAUUUUUUAUUUUUAUUUUUAUUUUUUAUUUUUUUUCUCUUCUGUUUUUCACCGUUUUCAAAGUUUACUUCAUCCAUACAAAACUACUGAGUGGUGGAUCCACCUGAAAACAUCCAUGAACUGUUGAACUCCAUUCUUCAUAUGUACACAGAUUGUAAAUUAUUGUAUAUAUAUUGGGAUGUAUAUCCGAUGAAAUUGUUCAAUUUGAUGAAUUUAUAAGGAAAUCACUUCUCACUCAUGAAUUUAUAAAUAGCUUCUGUAUAAUAAAUCAAUUUUCUUGGCAUAUAUAUAUUAAUUGAUUCUUUUUUGAGUGCGGUAUUGAAUUUAUAGAUAAAAUUAGGAAUUAUUAAAGACUGAUGUUUUAACUUACAAUUUGCAGAUUCAAAAAUCCUAAUUGAUUCUAUACUGUUCUUAGUUUAUUAAAUUAACCAAAAUAUAUUGUCAAACAUAUGUUUGUAAAUAAAUUAACAGUAUAUAUAUCUCUCUAUAUUUAUAUUAAUUAUAGAACGCAAAAAUAAAAAAUAAAUAAAAAAUUAAAAUAUUAUAUGAUGAUCUAAUAAUGUUAGGCGUCUCAUUUGCUACAACCCUAAAAAAUGUGUACCUUUAUUCAGUCACCAAUAAUAUGACAUAGUUGGUAGGGAGGACAACCCACUCUCUUCAUUACCUUUUGUCAUUUCGUUCACCUACUCAAUGACACUCUUGAUGUGAGAAAAUAAUAGGACCAUUUUUUUGUUUUUAAAAUUGGUCUCAAUUUCUGACCACAUACAGAUCAAGUUAGAGGUUGUUUUGCAAAUCCUGAUUUUUUUUUUAAUUAAGUGCAUAUCUUCCAAAGAAAUGUUUACUCAAAACUUAUUUUUAAACAAAAUGACAAUAAAAUGUACAAUUAUACUGAACAUUGUUUAUGUAUUUCUUAACCCUAAAAUUGCAUUUAUAUGCUUUUUAUACAGGGCAGCCAACCAUUGACUGCAUCACCAUUCAAACAGGAAGUGUUUGUCUAUAGUCCGUCACCUAGCAAUGAGAACAAUACACCAUCCACUCCUGUAAUCAUGAGCAGGAGCCCCACAGGUGCGGUUUUGUUAUAUUUCAAUAAAGCUGGAGAGUUUUGAAUAAAAAUAAAAGUGAAUGCGUGUGAAUGAAAUAUAUCUUGGCCUCUUUUAGGUACAAAUGCCAGGGGCACAAUUUACCAAUGCACAAAUCAUUAUUCGGUAUAUUCAUAUAAGCAGUAAUUUCUCUUUGUUCUGCCCAGACACACAACCUUUUCCUUUAGCUCACAUUUAGUUGAUAUAUUUGCAAAGCUUAACCAAUCUACUAAAAAUUGUAAAAAAAAAAUAUAAUUUUUUUUUUUUAUUGGUAAAACUCACAUAGGCAGUGAAAUCUGACAAAUUCAAAAUAAUUGUGGCUGAAGAGAAGAUAAUAUAUUUUUAGCAUUAACUAGCACCAACAAAUAUUACAACACUUUACAAUGAUAGGAAGGGGAUAUUUAGAGGUGAAGACGGCCCUGUUCAAACAAGCUUACAAACAAGGAUCUGAGGUAGACAGAUAUAUAUUGUGUCUUGACCGAUGACAAAUACUGGUGAGGUGGUUUGACCAGGAUUUAAAUCUAGGUUUCCCAGGUCUAAGGCAGUGAUGUUAACACUGCUCUAACCUGCUGAUAUAAUCUAUUAUGUUAGAAAAAGCACUUGUGUCUUACAAAACAUCUAAUUUUAAUAAGGCACAUUAAACACUUGUGAUAAUUGAACUGGUGCCAAGUGUAGUAAGACAUUAUUGAAUCGUAGUGUUAGUAAUCAACAUGAAAGACAACCAUAAAGUGCAAUUCAAGUAGAAGUCUGAUCAUCUUUCCUUCUCACAGAUGUAAAGAGUAGAAAUUCCCCAAGAUCCAACCUCAAAUUUCGUUUUGAUAAACUCAGCCAGUCAAGUUCCAGCUCAAGUACAGUAAGUAAAUCCUUUGCUGGUGAUAAAGCCAUCUAACCAAGCGACAAUUGUCAUUCCCUCUUUAAUUGCAUAGGUGUCAAGUGUGUUAACUGUGUGGUGGGUCUGCCAUACACAAGUCACUAAGUGAGAGCUAAGGCAUUGCGUAUUGUUACCAUUCAUGGGCAAAGUGAAAGGCUUCUAAUACUGUAAUAAGCUAAAACUAGAACAUAUAUUAAGCCAUUUUGUUCCUUUGUACGACUGAUAAGAGCUUGAUGCAACAAAAUGGCAUUGUGAGCCACAUUAAUGUUAUAGAGGUAGAUGUGUGGCACUGUGUUCACUGAAACAUUGAAAACGUUUUGAUACGGAGCAAGAAAGUAUUGCAACAAAUGAGUAUAAAACACCAUACUUAUUCACCAUGUGUUGGUUGGAUAGUGCAGUAAUUUAAAUAGUGCAGUAAUGGGUGAACAUUCAUUUAGAUCUACCUGGAUAUGUGGGUACGAAUAGUAUAUAUAGAAUAUAUUCAGUAUACGAAUAGUAUAUAUUCAACCGCCCCCAAAUGCCCAGGCAAAUGUCUUGUUAGCCUGGCGGCUAACUGACAAUCCAGGCGGGUGGGCGGCGCUGGCGAGGGAGCACUGAUUAGUGAGCUCUCAGCUCCCUCACAUGCUGCAGAGUGAUGCAGGGAGCUGGAAUAUGAUGUCAUAGUACGGCUCCAGGCAUCACUCUGCGGCGCUCGAGGGAGCUGAAUAGGAGGAUCACUGCUCCCUCGCCGCCUGAAGUCAGUGGCCGGCCACCCAGCAGCCCCACUGGACCCCAGGGAAAAGGAGAACCCCGCAUUCCCAAAGGUAAAGAGGGGGGAUUGAAUUUAAAAAAAAAUGUGAGUGUGUUAAUGUGUGUGUUUCUGUUAGUGAGUGUGUGUGUCUGUUAGUGUGUGUCUGUUAAUGACUGUGUGUGUGUGUGUGUGUCUGUUAGUGAGUGAGUGUGUGUGUGUCUGUUAGUGAGUGAGUGUGUGUCUGUUAGUGAGUGUGUGUGUCUAUUAGUGAGUGAGUGUGUGUGUCUGUUAGUAAGUGUGUGUCUGUUAGUGAGUGUGUGUCUGUUAGUGAGUGAGUGUGUGUGUGUCUGUUAGUGUGUGUGUGUCUGUUAGUGAGUGAGUGUGUGUGUGUCUGUUAGUGUGUGUGUGUCUGUUAGUUUGUGUGUGUCUGUUAGUGAGAGUGUAUGUCUGUUACCUAGUGUAUGUGUGUCUGUCAGUGAAUGUGUGUGUGUGUGUGUAUUUAGAAGGCGGGGAAAGGGGGGAUGCCUGAGAUUUGUCAUGCCUAGGGCAGCACAAAACCAGGAUACACCACUGUAUAUAUUUCUUUAGUUCCUGCGCAUGUUUUGUAAAAAAAUCAAUAUGCUAGCCAACCUGGGUCAACAGGAAAUUCAGAUACAUCUUUUCACUUGUGACUUUGAGGCUAGCUGCAUUAGUACACUAUGUAACCCCUUUAGUUACUCUGCUGGCUAUGGGAUCUGAACCACUACUUUGGAUUGUGUGGCCAGUAAUUCUUGUGUAACAUUAUACAAUCAGAUGUUAAAGAAUUCCUCAUGUGAAAGAGGUAUAGGAACAGUGAGAGGUCUUAUCAAACCUUGGAGUGGUCGGGCAUAACUGGAAAAAACUCCAUGAUGUAUAUAACAUAAACAUGGACAAACUGAGGCAGAACAGAGAACUCCUCCUUUUCCUCCUCUAUUGGUUAUUUUUUUCUCACUUGACUUGUGAACCAAAUGACAUAAAAAAAGCACCAAUCAAUGUACAGCAAAUUAUAUACAUAAUUUUUAGGAAUAUUGUUUGCAGUACACUAAUAGAUGCACAGUGGACAAACAGUGUUGUUUGAUUCAGAAUUUGGAGUUCUGCCCAUGACACCACAAACAGUACUUUAGUAGGGACAUUUUUGCAUUAUUUUGGUUUACCCGAAAUGCCUUCCUCUAAACCCUGGGUUCCCAAUUGAUUUUUCCAGUGGAACCCUUUGACAUUGUGUAUCAACAUUGUGAAACCUCCCCAACCCAGGAUAUAAAAGCCCCACAUUCCUAACCCAAUAAGACACAGACACUAAAAGUAUAUCCGUCAAAUUUGUCCACACCUUUUUAUUAAAAUAUAUAUUCGUAAUAAAUUAACGUUGAAUAAAGUUAUUGCCACCAACCCCGCCAUACCACAUCCGUAUCCCGCACAGUUAUAAAAGGCAAUGACCCAUAUCAGAAAAACAUAAACAUAUAACAAUAUUUUACCAACAUGAAGAUAAAAUGAAAGUACUGAUGUUUUGAAUAGCCAUGGUAGGGGUAUACCCGGAUACCGCUACAUCCACCAGGUUCUGAGCCACCCACAAGUUAGAAACUUACCAAGAACCAUAUUAACUCUUCCAAAACCAGCAUUAAGAAGAGUCUAUUUUCCUAGCCUUCAGUUUACUAUCCUGCCGCUGUUACAGAACGGAACAACCCAGCAAACCAACCCCAGGGAGGGAGGGUCAAACUCAGCCAGGUAGGAAAGUGGUUUUACUAAGAUGGCUGCCUAUUUAUAUAGCUUAGCCUCUAACUUCCUAACAAACCAUUAUCUAUUAUCAUUUGUAUUGUUGAUCAAUCAAAAUGGCGUAUGAUUUUUAUGGUGAAGAAAACAGUUCAAUUAGAGCAAUAAAAUUUAAAGACUAUCACGUUUUGUAUAAAUUUGCCAUUUGCCAACUUUUAAUUGUUGUAUACAUUUAGUUUUUAAAAUUACAUGACAGUUUGUCCUCUUGAUGUGCGCUGGCUCAUUACACACCCACAGACUGCAGACAAAAUCUAUUUGUUGUAGGGGAAUGGCAACAGCUUUAUUUACCAAUCUUUAGCAGCUUAACAUUUCCUUCAUGCAAUAUCACCACUGCCAAGUGGGUGCUUGAAUGCCUUCAGGUGGUUAGACAUCACAAGCUGAAUCCAAGAUUUAUGGUCCUGUCAUUACUGCCAUCUAUUGGCAGGCCCAUGACUUCCCAGUCCCAUGACUUUUAAAUGUAUUUUCUUAACAGAAAAUGUAUGAUUGCAUAAACUUUAUAUAUACAUUGACAUUUACAUAUCCUAUAAGCAUGGCAGUGGGAGAAGUCAUGUCCACUGUUCACUAUAAGUAGACCUCUUGAUACCUCACAACAGUGUUAGAGUUUGGUUUUUGUUAAAAAUAAAUAAAUAUGAAUUACAAGUUUCAAGUACCUGUGGUACUAGCCAGGUAUUUAAAGUUACUCACUACUGGAAACCUGGAGGGUCCGCUGGCAAAUUAUUUAGGGGUGAAUUACUCCACUUUAUUGCUCAUACUGUAAAUAACACUUUUCUCUGCUGUAUGUGAAAUCUACUCUCUUCAAGUCUAAGUAGGCGACCCUUGUGUCCUUUGUACCUCUUAUUAAUGAACAGAUUGCAAGUAAACUGGUCCUGUAUAUAUUUGUAUAAUGUUUUAUAUUCCCUCUGAAUCUCCUUUUUUUCAAAGCAAACAAGUUCAUUUGUUUUAGCCUUUCUUCACAACCUGUAUCUUCCAUUCCCCUAAUUAAUUUUGUAGUUCACAUGUACAUUCUAUCUAGUUUAAUAACACCCUUCUUUAAAACAGGUACUUACAAUUGUACAAAUUAGGCAAGGAGGGGUCUUUGAUUUAUAAAGAGGCAAGAUUAUAUUUUUGUUUUGUGAAUUUCAUGUAUUUAUGCCCUUCUCAUUUAUUGUUUUCCUAACUAAGCACCAUAACUUUAUCUAUGUCUAUAUUAAAUCUCACAGGUUAAAUAGGCCUUUCUAUUAAAUGGGGGUGGCACAAUUUAUGUACGAUGCCACUAGCUUCUUUCUGUAGACAUAUGAUUUGUAAUUACAAAAUUACAAAAUUUAGCAUCCCUAAACUCCUGUGAUUUUCUUUUGUCUUUGCAGUGAACUGAAUUUUUGGUUGAAAGAGGUUUCCUGUCUUCAAAACUGACCGGCAAGGGUACAUUCACUCCAUUAAUAGAUACUGCCAUGUUGCAUUAAUGGAUACACUUUGUGAUCAGGCCAUUCCCAAAAAAGAAUGAAGAAGGAACUGUUGUUUUUAUGCACUCCCUAUGUCCAGUGAGACUUGUAUUGUGAGCAGAUUUUAUGUUCUUUUAAUAUUUUCUGUCCAACAGCAGAAUUUUAUUUAUUUUUUUCUUCUUAAAAUGAAAAGAAGACAUUGUUUUUUUUUUUUUUAACCUAUCUUUGUACGUGUGAUCAUUUUAUUCAACCUACCUGAUCACACUGUGCCAACUUCUUCAUCAAUAUUGAAAUGGGUGGAUACGAUAAGAUCACUGACAAUAUGGUAUCUCACCAUAGUAAGUACAUUCCAUCUGAAAAUGGUGCCUGGCGUUUGAUACAUUGAUACUGCCUUUUUCAUCUGCCCAAACCUGAAGAUGUUCGUAUAGCUUACCCAGAUUCCUUUAUUAUUCCUGUGAUACUGUGAUGAUGCCAUGCAGAAGAUGGACGAGCCAUUCUAAACAUGGAUGGAUCAUUUUGCGAUAUUUUUUGCUUCUUGUACAUUCAAUGCACACGCACAUAAAAAUCGACCUGAAUGUUUAAACUGUACUGUAAUUCAAGCCUGAAGAAUGGAUCCAAAUGUACGAUUAUUACCAAAAAUUAAGAUAUUGUUAAUUUAUUUUUACUCCUUUACAUAAUAGAAGGCUAUGAAAUAUUACCGACUACUAUUGGUCAUUACAUGGUCAUAUUGAACAAUACAUGGUUCAAGGUAAAAAAAAACUAAAACAAACAGGCACUAUAUGAUUAUGAUCCAUGGCAAGUGUCAUAUGAGAUUGCUAGUUGACUCCUGCUCAAAUCUAGAGGAAAAUCUCAAAAUUUGAAUUUCAUUUUUUCAAAUCUCAAAAAUAUGUAUAGGAAUUGUAAAUUUACAGUUACUCACUUAAUAGUGAAUUGUCAGAAAUUGAAAGUUAUUUCAAAGUGAAUUCCAAAUACUGAAGGGAAUAUAUAGUUGCUGCAAAGCAUUUCUCCAAUUCAGUUAGUUUUGCCCAAAUUAAGGCUUAAAUUCCCUUUAAAUGCACAUUGAAUUCCUGAUAAUAGCCAUACUAAAUGUUCUUAAAUACUCCAAUAUAUAAUAGUGAUACACACUAUUAUCACAUGUAAAGGAAACAAUGUAGUUAUAUAUGAAUAUUAACCUAUCAAAAAUGAAUCGACCUAUUAAAGAAACACUCUAAGCACCAAAACCACUUCAUUUUAAUGAUAUAAUUUUGGGGCAUAUUGGUUACCCCUGCAGCCCUUUAGAUUAAAUCUGCUAUCAUUUUACAAUCCCCAAAAUUACUAAAAAUAGUUUCAAUAAUUAAAUUCAAAGUAUGGAGAUAUUAGUCCUUGGAUAUUUGUCCAGUUCUUCUCAUCAUGGAGAAUUAGAUUUGAUGCAUCUCAUAGCGAUGCCUCAGUUUGCUUGAUUGUAGCAUACAUGCGCCAUACGUCUUCAGUGAUUCUCUAUGAGAAACAUUUAGGCAGUAGACAGAGUCUUGUACCGUGAGCUUGUCUUUCUCUGAGCUGGAAUAAUAGUAAGUUUCAAAGUUUAUUAUAUUUUUCAAUGAGAGGCCCACUAUUUGAAACUAGGAAAGAAAUGCAUCUAACUAAAAAAAUAUAUAAUAAUUAUAAUUGUUUUUUUUUUUUAUUAGUGUUCCUUUAAGCAGUAGCUUUGCUGUCCAACAGUUUCCAGUUAUUUUAUCCACAAGAAUAUGUUUCUUACUUUAUUGAGAAUAAUCUACAUGGUAUAUAUAUAUAGUGAUUGUUCACUCUAAAUUCACAUCACAAAUGCCCGUUACUGAAACAAUCAGAACAGCUUUGAUCAUCCUUUCCCAUCGCUGACAUCCAUUAUCUGGUCACAUGGCUUUACUAAUGUGUCAUUUCAGUUGUCAGGUACAAUCAGUUCGCAGUUCUACUAACCCUUGGUGUGUCUUAGUCAUAAGCAAAUCGUUGUAAUGCCAAUAUUUUAAACUAAUAUUACAAUGAGCAGUAGAUGAGCUGCUUUGGUGCAUCUUGUAUUACAGAACUAAAAUUUCCUCUUCUUUCUCUCCCACCUCAAUCUAAAAUUGUCUGUUACUUGUACACUGGAAAGUGAUAGAAUUUGCAAUCCAAAAAGCUCAUAGGUUGCAAGUUGCUUGGCCACCCUGUAAAGUAUCCAUUUAAGGGGACACUCCAGACUCCUAAAGCACUUUAGCUUGCUACAAAGCAUUACGUGUAAAGAGUGUAUCCUAUUUUUGUAAUUUUGCAAACACUGCAGAUUUUAAUAGAAAUUAAUUAUUUUAUAAAUUAACCUGGUACCUCCCUCGCAAAGACUUCUCACUGCUGCAUUGGGAAGUCUGUGAUUGGACAACCACAGGAAAUCUGAGCAGGGUUAGAAGUUGAGAGUUUGCAAAAGAAACAGUCAAGAAACUGCAGGUUUUGCAACCUUAUCUCAGCAUAUGCUCACAGUGAAACAAAUGUAUAAUUAAAUGCAAAUGUGUUUUCAUUUAGGGUAUAUCUACUAAACACUGAUUUUAAAAAAAAUGAAAAAUUGUAUUUGGUCAGUGGACUGUCCCUCUAAUAUAUAUCCCUGUUAAUAGCAGGUCACUAGCUGACAGCUAUACUAAAUUUAUUAUUCAGUUAACAUCAAUAUGUUCAUCUCUUAUAAUAGAAUCCAGCCUGAAGAAUCUUAUGAAUCCAACCAGUUAAAGAUCUCCAUCCUGGUAACCUGGGAUCAUUAUUCUUGAUUUAUUUCAGUUGAAAACCCUUACUUAAUGGGUCCACAUCAUCACUUUGUUACCAAUAUUUCAUUAGAAUUGUUUAAAACACUAUCAAACUUUCACGGCACUCCUUGAGACUGUCGACUGUUCUCAUUUGCCAACCCAUCAACAGUAGAACCAUAUCAUCUAUAUAUUUAAAUAUAUGUUAUAAUAAUUAUUAGGCUUGGGCAUUCGUGUUCAUAACAAUCGCAACUGGGACGAAAAUUGUCUUGUUUGUGUAAAUUCCGAAUAGAUUUCCAAUGCUGGAGUAUAGUGAUUCCCACCAGCUUGUUAGAGUUGAGAGAACUGUACUAAUCAUGAGAAAAAAUUAAAGUGGGCCUCAGAGAACUAGGGCUUCACAAAAAAAUCAAGGUGCCAUUUCAGUGAAGAUAGAUAUUUAGUAUUAACAGUAGAUAGCCCUUAUUUCUACAUUUUGAAUUAACUACAUAAGGCUGCACCUUCAGUUAAAAAAAAUCACUUCUAUAUUAUCUUUAUUUCACUGUAUUGUAAACACAGAAUAGUAGGAGAGUUCAGAUGUUUUACAUGAUUCACAAGAGUAAGCACUAUUCAAACAUAUUGAGUGCUUUGGAAAUGAGUAGUAAUACCCUUCUGCCCAUGUUCCCAAUAUUGACAUGAAUAAAUGGGAACAAGUGGUUUUAUUUAGCUUUCAAUUAGUUCUUGAAAGUCGGCAAAUGAUGAAGAGUCCUUUGAGAUUUAUAUUUGUAUAUCUUACUGAUGGCAAGGAAAUGAGAAAUUCAUUCUCCACUAAUAUUUCCCAUCAUUGUCAUUGCAUUCAAAUCCCCCAAGGAAUCUCUAUACCUUUUAUUGCAGAGGGCUAAAAUACAUUUAAAGGAAAAUAUGUUCAGAUAUCAAUAUCAAAUAUCCAGCCUUGUUGAAACUAUUACUACUGGUGAAGAACUUCAAACUACAUUAUAAAACUCCAGGUUAUUAUGACCACUUCAACUGUUCAUGGUGCUUGGAGUAAUUUUCAUUAUCAGGAUUCUAGGCAUUGUCUGACACUUGAUAAGCAGGAUAUGCUGUGCUAGUGUAGGGAUACAAGGACUGUAUUGUGAUGAUGGCAAGGAUUAUGGUUGUUUUCAUGUGUUUAAACCAUGUUUCUCCAUCUUAAUUCAACUAAAUAAUGUUAUUAUAAUGAUAAAACAUCCCUGAUUGCAACUUUUAAUUUAACCACUACAACUGCCAAAUAGCAUUACGAAAUGUGUAACUAUACAAUAUACACCAGUGGUAGGCAACCUUUGGCACUCCAGAUGUGGUCUUCAUCUCCCAUGAUGCUUUGCCAGCAUUGUGGCUGUAAGAGCAUUAUUUGAGUGCCAAAAGUUGCCUACUUCUGCUCUACAUCCACCAGAAGUACCACAUAGGAUAAAUAUACCACAUUUGAGAUAUCUUGACGAUAUUUACCUUUGUGUAACAUAGUUCACAGGCACGCUAACACCAUAACCCCUACUUCUCAAUGUCUUGGUUAUGGCUCAAAUAAUCUUUCAGUGCCUCUUUGAAUUUUUGUUGUCAAACUAUUUUUAAGCAUUUUGAAGAAACACAGGGCUUUCUUAGAACCUAAAGCCAGGGUUCACUUGUACAGCUUAGAUAAGAACUAGGGCCUAUCACCUGACAUUACAUAUGUGGCUCAGAUAAUGUGGAUGAUUUACUUCUGCAUAAUCUAUCCAAAGCUGCCCAAUCAUGAAACGCCACGAUAGGCUGAAAUCACUCAACAUGCAAUAUUAAAUUCUAAUACUACAUUGUUCAUACCAUGGCUAGGGAUUUAAACAUGUAACUCAAACAAUUUAUAAAGGAUGCUCAUAGCUAAUGUUUAAGAAUUUCAAUAAAAUAUUCUAUUUAUUUCAUAUAAUUUAAUUUUCUUCUACAAAGACUGUAUUGUAAGUUAAAAAAAAAACAACUAAUUUUACAGAGAUUUAAAAAUGACAUAUUUCAGAAUAUCAUCAGGAGUUUAAUAGAUAAAAUAUCAUAUUGUAAAAGAAAUAUUUUAUUUGUACAUUAGUGAGAUAUUUAUUUAUGAUACUUAAAAAAGCAACACAUAUUCCCAGAACCAAAGAGGAUACAAAUAAAUGUGGUUGUUGAAAUGAUUGUAACUAUAUAUUUGUUUUAUUACUUUUAACCUCUUGUGUAUUCAAAGUGUUAGCAAUAGGUGUACUAGACAUGACUUUUUGGUUGUCAAACUCUGAAACAGAUCAACUAUGUGGUGAGUCCUCACAAGUUGUCUUGAGUUGACAGUUGAAUACAUUUCCAACUUCAUUAUUUGAACCUAAAUAUUGCUAAUAAGUCAGUUGUCUACCAUCUACAAUUUACAAAUGAAAAAAGUCCCCAUUUGUGUUGAUUACAUAAUGUUUUGAAGUAAAAUAUAAAACUCUUUUGUUGUCUUCAGAGAAUAUUCUUCUCAGUGUUUCUGUAAUGGAGUUCACAGCUUAGAGCAGACUGGGCUACAAGUGUCGUCAAACAUAGCCAAGCACUAUACACAUCUAGCUGAGAGUGAAACUAAUUAUAAUAACAUUAAGUAACACUCAGGGCACAUAUAGAUAACAAAAAGCACUUCCCUUUAGCAUGAAUGAUUUGUCAAGAAAUUUCAUAUUUACAACAUUAUGUACACUUCCAAAUCCUUAAUAUAACAUCAACAAACGUACAGUAACAAAAAUGUGCUAAACCAACCAAUAAAAACAAUGGGCUGCAAAUAUGUUUUAAUUUUAUUCAAAUUUCUUUGAACACAGUCACAGCUUAAAAUUCAUCACGUUGGAUGUUAUGUCUGUUUUUGUUUUGUUUUUUUCAACAAGUUAUGUUCAUUAAAUAUUUGUAUAUUUGAAAAAAAAAUGUUAAUUGUAAUGCUUUAUUUUUAAACCUCUAAUUUUUCUAAGGAAUAAAGGUUAGUUAAUUUAGAACUUUAUGAAUGUUGCUAGCCAAGAACGUCAAUGAUCUACAUCUGCUGAGUGACAGAUUUACAUCCACCUAGCCAAAAAAACAAUCCCUGUAUAUUAAUCUAAUGACCACUUCUAGGUACUGGUCUAGGUACGUCUUCACUUGACCUUUGAUGUAAUAGUAUGUGGCCAUUUUAUAUUCUCAUACUUGAUGUGCUCAAAGAGCCAGAUACUGGUGGGCCUUAGUUUAUACUAGGAUGCAAUCCAAUGGUUUAAUUUAUUUCAAGCUUGUGGCCCCAUACACUUUGUUGCAGGUAGAAAUAUUGAAAAAACCUGUAUAUAGAGACGCAUGCAGAUAUAAUAUUUCUACCUAAAUGUAGCACUAGAUAAUUGCAAAUUACGUGCAGAAUCCAUUUCUAAUUUUAGAUUAUGAAAAAUAAUUUUUAAGUAUGUGGGUUGAGGGAAAGAGGGAAAUCCAAACAUUUAUUUAUAUUAUUUUUAGAUAGGCGGUGCUUUCUGUAAGUCUCCAGUGACCUCUGUCUGUAAAUAGUGUAUAUUUAAUUUAUUGCUGGUCUAGUCCUGUAUAGAAUGAAAUCUGAAGUUCACAAAUGUAUAUUUUGUUGCUUAAAUGUGUGCAAAAUUCACAAUAAAUUACCUAUUUUAUGUCCAAUUGAUUUCUUGAUAUGUGAUUCUGUGAGUGUAUUGUCCUUUAAGAAACUAGUUUUAUUAACGUGUUGAUGUGAAAUGCAUAUACACCUUAAGAGAAACAUAGAAACAUAGAAUGUGACGGCAGAUAAAAACCAUUUGGCCCAUCUUGUCUGCCCAAAUAGUCUGCCAAGAGGACUUGUCAUUCACAAAUAUGAAUAACUUUUCAAAAAGGCUAUAAAAUGCAAUCACGAAUGGCCACAUUGUCAUCAAAAUUGGUGCCCCACAAGGAGGAGGUUUAUUAAUUCAGAGCACUGCAGAACAUGUAAUAUUAAAAUAGAUGCAUAGAUAGAGAAAUAUAUAGACAUAUAGAUAGACAGAUAGUUAUGGAUAUAUGUGAGUGUGGGUAUAUAUAAUAUAUAAAUUUGAAUAAAGAUACCACUCUAGGAUUUUUCAGAAGAAAACACCUAUAUCAACUUUACAUAAACAGUUUCAUCAGGACAAAGUUAUGCAUUUUGGUGUAUACAUAGUGCCGUUGAACAUAAUUUCUGGUCAUUUUAAUUAUUUAUAUAAUUAGAAUAACAAGUGUUAUAAGUUACUAACACACAGCACUCGAUGCAGUUCAUAGUGGGCACUCAAAACCCACAUUCAGAAGGCAAUUAAAAGCCAAAGUAGGGCUGUAUGUACAGGUUUAUUUGUCAACUCUGCUAGAAUGCACAAAACGCGUCUGACUGGUUAUCCCUUCCUAUAUGUUCCCACCAGUUGCUAACAGUUUUUGAAUUAUUUUGUGUGGUUUAAUAAAGGAUUUCUUUUCACAAAUUUACUGGGUGGAGGCAAUUUGUAGGUGUUCUCCUAUCAAGAUUCUGGAUUCUGCUCAAAUUAUUAUGUUAUGGAGGAGAUCUGUCUCUCAGGGAUCUUUGAUGGUUUGGAUCUUGAAAUUGAUCAUUUUCAAUUUUGGAAUCAUGCCUUUUUUACAUUACUAGAGACUAUUUACAUUUACCAGUGAUGCUUUAACCCUCAUCCUUGUUUCUACAGCUAGUAGGUAUUUAUGUAACAUUCCUUUGAAUGCAUAAAUAAAACAGGUCUAUAGACUGUUUUAGUAAAGAGCGAAUACAUCAUAGCACUUCCUGCUCUAGUGACUUGUUCAUCACACAUAGGCAACUUUUGAGGUUUUCUACUUCAUUUUCUGCAUUUCACUUGCUCAAGUUAUUUAAAUUGGUACCCCUUUCAGUUUUAAUUAAGAGAGGUCAUACAAGAUAGUAACUUGGUUAUUGUGAUUGAUUAAAAACAGAAUUGUAAUAUGUCGGGCAGAGAAAUGUUCGCCCACUCAGCUCGACUGUAUGACUAGGACUAGGGAAGGAAGACAUCAAAGAGUGGGAAAGCUUAAAUGUAAACAUUAUAAGGGAUGCACCCCCAAUUUUUCAGUGGGUUGAAGCCCCUUAUGUUUUUGCCACAAACACCCCUAACAGAGAAGAACCAGAAAACCUUAUGUGACCAUUCCCAUAACUAAAUCUAAAAUCUGAAACAUCACCAAGAUUACAUUCAGAUUGUCCCAAGCACCUCUGAUUACUGUAUUGGGGCAUUUUAAGUGUGAAUGUGAUAUAGUGAGGGGAGCAUCACAAAUGAUCUAUGUUCCCUUAUAUCGAACAUGUGAUAUCGAACAUGUUUGAGAGCACAACUUUAACAAAAUGUUUCAUCCUUGCAUUUUACUUCUAGAAACAGAUUCUAUUGCCUUGAUUUCCUUUAAUGAACCAGGGCAAAAUUCAAUGUGCAGUGUGUGAACCUAGGCUCCAAUUGUCUUUCAAAUGAUAAUCCUGCCCUUUGAAUGACUGACAUUUAGUUUAAUUCUUAGUGCUCUGAAGAGCAAAGUUGUUUAGUUGAUCACUGAAAAUAUAACAUUUAGUGCUUGUCCUUGUUUUCAGCCUUGAGGACAGAGACAGAUGUUGCUGGGGUGCUGUUCAAGUCUAGUCUAGUCUUGAAAAGUUUCAGGUCUGAAAUAUGUUGUUAGCCCAGAGUCGCCUGUUCCACAACUAGCUGGGGAAUUAGGAGCAGAUUGUGAUAGAGAGUCAUCAAUGAAGCAUGUUGUGUAAAAUCAUUGAAGUUCUGACACAAAACUGCAGAGUACUGAAACAUGCAGUACAUGGUGAAGGCCAUAUAAUUCCAGGGACUGGGGAGACUAGCUGAGAAUAACCUAGUUCUUGUGCUUAAUGGGGUUGGGAAUGUCAUCACUAAAGUUCUGCAUUGUGCAAAUGCAUGCUGGAAAUUGAGUGAUGAGGCUGUUCCUAGACAGUGGAGGACUGAUCACCAGGGGCCAGGGGUACACAGCUAUGGCCAGUCUGGGGGAUCAAAGGAUGUCCCCAAAGGGUCCAUCAUAAUUUAAGAUAGUAAUAGUUGCUGGGCGCUGCAACCUACCCACUAUUUAAAUUUAUUUUUCAAGACCUGGCAGGGCGCUCCUACCACGCGUGUGAACACAGUAAGAUGUCUGGAGGAGGAAACAUUAUCACUGUGAUGUCACAGUGGCAGGCUGCUCUGGGACAGAUUGGGGCAGAAGAUGGUGGCUUGGGGAGCAGGAGGAGAAUAAUUAAAGGUGAGCCAAUGGCACAACUAGGGGUGACGAUGAGAGAAACAAAGUGGGUGACAAAGACUGAUGUAUGGGGUAAAGAUUUAAGUGUGAUAUAUAUGGCUAUCUUGUCUUUUUUUUUUUCAUGUAUCAUUUUUAUUGAAAUUUUUGUUAUUGUUGUACAUGAUAAAUACAGGUACUGUAAUACUUUUAAGUUACAUGACACAAAUCAAAAAACACAAGUACACAAGUAGCAGACAGCACUACCAUUUCCAUAUUGGUUAACAAUCACCUUGUAGAAAACAUUUAUCUCAUUGGCAUAGCAACAUGUCACAGACAGGCAUUCACUACACUACACGAUUAGUUGUGGUUCCCAAGCUUAAUAUCCGUAUACGUUCUGGUGCGGCCACAUUUUAGUUAUUGUGCUGUGUACCGAAGAGGCAACCCUGCCCGCCACCCAGCUCAAGAAAUACGAACAUGACAUUGAAAACAAGAAACAGCACAUUAAAAUUAACCAUUGUUGACCUAAGUUUUAACAAAAGUUUUAACAAAAAGGUUUAGCCAGUAAACCCACAACCUGCAUUUUCUAAUGGGGAUUGGACAGUCAACGUGAUUCCCAACUGUGGCACUUUGGAGGGUGGGGAGCCCCAACUACCCAGCCAUUACCGUGGCAUUGAGCGGUCAAUAUUGUAUGAAAAGGGUCCACUGGCAAUUCAAUAACAAACAUUAAUGCAAAUAACAAUACAACAUAAACAAAGUAUAUACAAUUUCUCUUGGUGAGGAGAGUGUAAGCUGCGGCCAGAUGCUGGGCCUGGUGUGCCAUGCACCGUAUCAAUCACCUGGGGGAGUGUGGUAGGAGAGGCCAGAGCAACCCAAACCAUAUUUGCUUUUGGUACGUGGGAUUUUCUCCUUCAGUACUGUAGGGUAUAGCCUAAAAGAGUUCAUUUUAAACCUGCGGGCAUACCAUAGCAGUAUAUUAGCAUAUAAUUAACUCCCAUUUAUAUACCACUCAUAAAGAGUGCUCUCUUAUAGGGCAGCGUGGCCCGCAGUAGGCAUAAGUAAAUAGAAUCAACCUUAGUGAUAUCCCCAUAUCUCAACUACUCAGAAUCAUGGUAUUUGUGCUGUCAAAAUGCUUGGUGUUUUCCCCUGCAUCAUGUCGGUCCUAGGCUACAAGGAAACCCAGAUCCCUGUUGCUGGGUUUCACAGGGCGAUUAGUUGGGCGAGCCCCAGCACUGGUAUGAGCUAAGUACAUGUGGGAUGGACAUUAAAUCAAUUUUUAUACACUACAUUUAACACAGAAGCCCAACACCAUCUGCUUCACCAACUCCCUACCCGACAGCACGCAAAGAUGCAACAGAGCGCUUGCUCCUUUAGCAUUCAGCCCAUGAGAACUAAUGUAUCUGGAUACGUACUGAUGGGGUCAGAUGGAGCAACAACAACUUUUAAACAUUUAAAGUAAACCAAAAUAUUGGCAAUACAUCUCAGAAUGUCAUAUAACAAUACAACAAGUUAGCAACUCCUGUAGUAUGGAUCUCAACUUUUUUUUGUGUGUGUGUUUCUGCUUAUUGUUAUUUUUUUUGUUUUGUUUUUUCAUUUUUGCGAUAUUGUGUAACGUAUCUUACGUGUCCGAUGAGUAAUGCAUAUGACCUGCCAUUGAAGAAGUCCGUGACGAGUCCAUAGGUAGAAGUCCGCGGACGUGGGGCAUGAUCACCAUCUUCUGAGUGGCCGGUGGACUAUAAAACUCCACAAGCAGUCCUGGUCUCCUAGCUGACAAUGAGUAAUGGUUAGCAGUCUUGGUAGUCCACUUUUUAAGCUAAUUUCUGGGAACCGGCCAUGGACCAUUCUGGCAUUAUUUUAGGCGAGUGCGGUUUUGCAGGUGAGUCCGCUUCUGGGUUCCUCCACAGGCCCCACUCCUUGAUUUUGCUAAAACCAACCUCUGGUUCCAGGACUGUAUGAAGGGAACCAUUGCGCCAAAUCAGCAGCUUCGUUGGGAAGCCCCAGUGAUACAGGAUCUUGUGAUUGCGGAGGUUCUUUGUUGUUGUAAGAAAUCCCCUCCUCCAUGCCAUAGUGGAAGCUGACAGGUCAGCAAAAAGGUUGAGAUGCUGGUACGGCUCCGGCAGCAUUUGUAGCUUCCUGGUGGUAUUCAGUAGGGCUGCCUUAGACUUAUAGUAGUGGAAGGGUGCCACCACAUCCCUCGGUGUGGCCGCAGUGAAUCGGGCAGGUCUCAGCAGACAAUGCACUCUAUCCAACAGCCAUGCUGUGUCCUGCAGCUCCAGUACAAGUGCCUGGCACAUUGUGCAGAUGUAGGGCGAGAGUUAAUCUAUGGUGACAGAGUCAGCAAUGCCACUAAAGUGGACAUCAUUUUGAUGGGACCUGUCCUCCAUGUCAGCAAGUUUGUUUUUCAUCAUGGUGUGUUCCUCUUCUAGUCUCUUGAUCCUAUCAGCCACAUCAUUGUGCACAGUGCACAAUUCCUCUGUUUUAUGUUCGAGGUGGUUUAUCCUCUCCCCCAGAUCUGCAAGGUCUUUGUGAAUGGAGGAAGUAAUCUGCUGGAAAUCCUUCUGAAUUGUUGAUCUUAGGUCUUGGAGCAUUUUAUAGACGCUUUUUUCUGAUACCGGUUUGUCCCCUAGUGUGUCUGGGGUGAGGUCAGGCUCCGAGGGGCCUUUCCAAUAUCAGAUUGUGCGGCCGAGUCGGUGCCAUCUCGUUGCACCUUUUGGCGGUCUUUUCUCCCAGGUCGGAAUGGCUCAGUGAGUUUCAUUUGUUUAGAAUAAGAUAUUAGUUGGUAGUAGGACACUGUGCGCUUCAUAGGGUUAUAUUUUGUGGAGAAAAUCCGUGCUUAUGUGGAGCUCUGGGUUAGGUUGGAUACGGAGCCCUUACUCCAUGCAACCUUCCGUACCGAAAGUCAGCCGAGCCGCUAUUUUGUCCUAAAUUAGUGAUUUUGUUAUUAAAACCGAGUUUGCUUGGGAUUUUAUUUUGGCCUCAUAGUAUUUCCUUAUUCAAAUCAUCUACUGGGCAGCUGUAGAUUACAAUAGUGCUGUAUACCAAAACUAAGUUAUUGGUAAUCUCAUAAGAUCUUUGUACAGAAAAAAAUUAAACAACAGAAACCCUGUAUUUCCAGGUCACUGACGCUGAAUGACAGCAUUCACAAUUCGGACAAUCUUUAAAUACACACUACACUACAGACACAGAAACACAUCCAAACAAACACUAAGACAUGAUUCACAGCGUGUUCGUAUACACAUGCCAUCAAAAUCUAGCCUAGGAGGAGCUAGCAAUGUGGCUUAGAAGGGACCACCAAAUUUUGCUUUGUGCUCAAGCCCCAGGUGUUUUCAAAACUUGCAACGUCGUUGUGGACAGAUCACCUUUCUAUGAAAUUCUACAAAAAUCUGGGUACAUUGCCAUGUAUCCUGGUAUUUUUUGGCUAAUGUUGGACUGGAUACAUUGACAAAUGUUUCCAAGAAACCAGAAACAUGUCCUAAACGUUUUCUUUUAUCGACUCUAUAAAACAGUUAAACAAAAAUAUAAGAGAAAAAAAAAGUGGAGAGAAUGCAUGUGUCCUAAAGUGAUUACAUAGUUAUAUUGUGUUGGAACAUGUAUAGGGUGUAGAUUAAAAAUGCAAUUUUAACAUGUAUUUUAUAAGAAUGUUAUUCACAGAAUCAGGAAACAUUCACUCAAUGUACUCUCUUGUAUAUAGGUCUCUCUUUACGUAUAUCCUGCAUUGAAAUGUUUAUCUGGAAGCGGUGAUCUUGAAAACUUCCCAUCUGUUCUCCCAGAUUAUCAGAAUCCCAGAACAUAGCUUAUUUUUUACAAGUACCAUCAUACACUUAUACAUUUGUAUAUUAGAUAAUAUUCAUUGACAAUAAAUCCACACUCUCCACUUUUGCUAUUGAUGAAAAAAAAUUCUCUUUUUUCUUGCCAAAAGGUUCCUUUGAUAAUGUAAAGGAUCCUUUCUGAAAAAAUUGUUACUUGCAGUAAGUUUGACCUUCGUUCCCUGUAGC